AGAGUUCAUCUGGGAUUUAGGACUCGUACUUUUUUGGGCACACACUCGCCUUCUGGAAAAGUUUGUUAUUUUAAACAUUUAUUCUGCAGGAGUUUAUCUCACCUUGAAUGAGUUUUAUGUAACUAAGAUUAUAAGGAGUGUUUCAAAACCCUUGUAAAAGUUUGGGACAUCACCAUCCAAAUCAGACCGACCUUUUUGGCUUCAUUUGUUCUCCUGAUCAUGAAUCUCUUGUUCUGAUUAACAGUAAAUGAAACAAUAAUUGAUAAUUUUACAGAAGUUGGCACAGUUAAUCAUUAACAAAUAUGUUACUUUUGAUGAUAGUCUGUAAAUCACGCUCAAAAUCAACAUUAAAACCUGUCUAAAGCCCUUCUGCCUGCUGCAAAGGAAGGGGUCUCCACAAUCCAAGUCCAAUAACAGACUUAAUCUGAAUACAUUUAAUCUAUAAAGAUCCAUAAAGAUAAAGAUCUAUAAAGAUAUAGAGUUGCUUAACCCUCAGGGAUCCUUAAAAAAAAAGGUACGUUUAGGUCCUUAGAUGGACAAAAAUGUCCAUCUCCUAAAAGUACUAUAAAAAUAUUAUUUCUUUUAACUUUUUUUUUGCUUAAAUCUUUAAAUCAACCCCAUUUCUGAUCAUAGCUAUCAAAUAUUAAUUCAUUUUCAGAAUUUUAACCCUUUAAAUGCGGAUUUGACUCUCUUUUUUCACAUGGAAAAAGAGGAAUUUAUCAGAUGUUGGGCAUAAAUUUCUUUUUUUUUUAUCAAGGUCUAUUAUGUGUUAAUGAUUAACAACAACAUUAACUUUGAAGCAUUGUGUUUGAUAUAUCGUCUGAUUUCUAAAAAAGUUACGUUUAGGUCCUUGGAUGGACAAAAAUGUCGAUUUCCUAAAAGUGCUCUGAAAAUAUUAUACAUUAAUGUUUCUUUAAACUUUUUUUUGCUUAAAUUUUUUAAUCAACUUAAUUCCCGAUCAUACCUAUCAAAUAUUAAUUCAUUUUUAGAAUUUUAACCCUUUAAAUGCCAGUUUGACUAUGUAAUGUUACUGUUAUUUUUAAUGGGACAAAAGGAAUUUUGAGUUAUUUUUCAUAUAUUAGAUGGUGGGCAUGAAUUUCUUUGUUUUUUUUUUGUUAAGGUCUAUGAUGUGUCAAUAAAAGGCUAUAAACUCUUACUCAAGUUGUCUGUGAUCCAUGUUACCACGGAAGAGCAGGGUUUGGAUCUCUCUACUUUCUCAGGUAAACACAGUAACUGUGGGUAAACCCAGUAUGUCUUCAUUGUUGAACUUGUCCUGCAUUUUUAGUUGUGAGAGGGGCAUUGUUGGCGAAAAAUCGGUUCUCUGUUCGUGCUCCUCACUUCAGAAGGGCUGGCAAUUUUCACUUCAGCAACAGAAUCAUCAGUGGACCCAAAGCCCAUUUUCUCACAACCUUGGUCUGACGUCUCAUCUCGACAGAGUGUCAGGUUUAUACGAGGUUAGAUGACUCAGGUUGGCAGUUGGAAAAAGCCAAGUUUUGCAGAGGUUUAAGAAUUUGGUGACUGUUUUAGUGGAAACACUGACUUACCCAUGCAUUGACAUGUAUUGCGAGUGCAUCAUGAUGGUGGGUUUCAGGUUUCUUUAAAUGAAUAUCCACCUAGUAACCUCAAUGUUCUUUAUUGUACCUCGGUGAAUGGAUGUAAUUGUAGUUUUUUUAUGGCAGUAUGGAGAACAGACCUCCCAUCUGCAGCCUGUUCGCUUAUGCACAGUGUUCUCCUGUGGCAUUUAGACGUGACAGUCUGAUUACACAUUAUCAUGACAAACUGGUCUAGUGUGCUUAUGUUAGUGUUUCAACGAUCUCUACAUUGUUAGGUUAGUUGUUUUUAUUAGACCAUUACAGCAUGCCAAACGUAGAUUGUAAAGAAGGUCAAGAAGACCUGUUCUGCAGAAACAGCUUCACAGAGAUUCUACCAUGAGGAUUUUCCUUCUUGAGUUCAUACGUACACUAAAGCAUUUUGUGUCUUCUACAUUUUUGGCAGCAGGUUAACCCGUCAGAGUUGAAUUCAUACUGAUAAUUAUUUGCUUUCAUGCUACUUUACCUAGACAACAAGGGUUCAAGUGUGUUUCCAACCAGCUGGUGUAUCCUUGAACGAGACCUUAAAUUCCUGCCAGCUCCUCGGUCCUCCUGUCUUCCUGACCCUGACCUUUGCACCCUCUGAAAGAGACCCAGGAGAGAAAAGGCAAUUUUACCAACUAAUGAAUAAUGUAACAAACUUUUAUUACUUACCCCACCAAUCGCCACAGGUCUGCCCGUCAGUCUGACCCUGACUGAACAAUAAGGAGAGGUCAGAGGUCGUCUGUGCACUCAACGCCUUUAUUUACUCAGAUCCUGAGGAUAUGAGGAGGGUCUGUUGACAAAGACGGCGAUUUAGACGUGUGUUUAUUAAGGCCAUGCUGUCUCGGAGAAGUUCACUUUCAACACAGUGGUACUGGUGAUGAUGAUCACACACUCGCCACAAUCAUGCAAAGCUAGUUCACACAUCGGCAUGGGUAUUACAUGGAUGACUCCUAUGUUGUGUUCAAACUUGAUGAUAAUAAACAUACAGCAGCAAGUUUACUGGACUGAUGCAUCAAUAAUUCAAAGAUGCAAUAGUUCUUGUUGGGUUAUACUUGCAAACAGUGUGAAUUUGGGCUGUGUUCAAUGGGCUACUUAAGUUAAACGUCAUAGAUGGUCCUGAAAAUGUGCUAUCAACUGGAAAACUAAGGACAUAGUGACUGUGUUUAUAUGCAGCUGCUUGUACCUUUGCAAAGGGACUUUUUUUUUCUAUUGAAACAAGAGUAUAAAGGGGAUUUUUCCAUCUGAAAUCCAAAACGUCUCAUAUAAUUAGAUUAAAAGUCAAAGUAAACAGGUCCCGCCUUUCUUCAGAUAAGUGACACUGAAGUGUUCAGUCAUUUUUGAUUUUUCUUAUAAAAUUUGGCUUUACUAUCACUCUGUAGCUGCUCAGGAAUUUAGAUUUACAUCGAGCCGUUUCCCUUUUUCCUCUGAUGUUGCUCAACAUCACGGUCAGAAUACAAUGCAUUCAAAAAGGAUACAACAAAAACAUGAGGUUAUGAGUCAAGGUUGUGUUCAGAACUUUAGUUAUGACUGUUCUUUGUCCAUUUUAUUUUGUUAUUUUGUGAGUUUAUUGACUUGCAUGUAUUUCCUUCGAUGACUGUGUUCAGGGCCACAGCAGGUCAAAGGUUAAACUCAGGGCUGCAAAAACAUUUUUAAGAUAUUCAAGAGUCUCAAAAGGAUCUUUCAUCCUGUUGUCUAACAGUUGUGAUUUACAGAUUACAUUUGCAAGGGGGUUAUUGCUGAAUAAAACUGAAUGAAAGGUUUUCUACUCAACAACUAACCUGAUGUCAAAGCUGUGUAGAUUUGAUGCUUGUCUUUGUCUUUGUUGCUGUGAAUAGUUUGAGAGCUUUUUGUUAAUUUCUAAGCUGUAUUAUUUUGAUUUUGCCUUCUUUAAGGUCUUAUUUGGGUGAAGAUUAAAGUUCUUGCAGUAACUUUCUUCAAGUGUUCAUUGAAAAUUUUUCAGUCUAUUCUUUAUCCAGGUGUUUCUAAGUUUUAAAAAAACAGUGACAGGGAGAGAAAACGGUUCCUUACAAGAAUGAAGUUCAGUCUCCUCUAGAGCUGACACUCCCGCCUCGUGGUCCCAGUGCUCCCAGUUUCUGCUCUCUGCUUUUAUACAGCAUGAAAAAUCCCCCCUGAGCCCCUGGGUCUGGUCUCUCCUCCAAUCAUCCUCUCUGACUACAUCCAAGUCUCCCGGCGGCUGCGCGCAUUGGCCUCCCCGCGCGUCACUCAUGAUUCCGGGGCAGCGUGUGGGCGGAGCCGGGCUGAGGGCUGACGGGAGGGGUGGCGGGUUAGAGGCGGUACGACUGUCAAUUGUGUUCCCUAUUCUCGUCAAAAGUCGGCUGUUUGUUGCUGUGAGUCCAGCCAACAGGACCGCGUACUGUGUGUUCAUUCGGAGCAAUGCGCUCCGUGAGGACACAUGAACGGAUUCCUUCUCCCUCUCACGCCAAACGCAGCGCAAGUUCGCUCCUGUCUGCACUUUGACAUCGAUGUGUUUUGGGCAGAGGAGGAGCUUCGAGCUUCUUUUUCUCACUAAAAACACCCUGUUUUCGUUAUUUCUCACCACGAAGGGGAGCUUGGAGCGAUUUUGGUGCGCGGACUGAACCCGGAGCCGCCCCGAGGACUCUCAAGACAGUGUAGGAACCGUGAAGACUUGUUGCGCGCAUCCGGGGGAGCGCAAGAGUCCGGGUUUCAUCCAACUGUACCUGCGUGAGGGGCUUUGAUUUCAGGGGAGGUUGGCUCAGUGGAGCGGGGGUGCUCGGUGGAUGUCAGAUUAGACCCUCAGCCUGAAGUCAGCACGGCUCGGUGCGCUUUGGGAAUCUGUUCUUCAUUAUCCAAAUUGGGGUGAUUAGUUCCCUCCAGUCUGACAGUCAGAGCUUCUGAUGCUCCAGGAAACCAAGAACCUAUUUCUCCUGCUUUAGAUGGAACCAACGCAAGAGUCAAACUUAAUUCGGGCCACAUCCUCUUGAGUUGAUUAUUUUUUCCUCUCCGCGCGUAUUUUUCUUUUCUUCUUGUCCACAAUGUCUGAGCGAGAUGGAUAUGGAGACACCGACGGAGCGCCGGACUGCAUCCCGCCGAGAGCGUCCCGUGGCCGGCGGAGUGGAGUCAUCCUCCCCGGUGGCGGCCAGGACACCGACACCAUCCUGCUGGAGUCAGUGAAGGCAGCACCUCGCCGGAGCAGCAUCAUAAAGGUAAACAAACCUUACAUGCUGCCUUUUUGGGGGACUGUAUAUUUAAAUCAAAAGCCCCAAAGUUUGCUUGACUUUUCUUUGUUCUAAAUAGCCAGACAUUUUCUUCACACCCCCAAACUUGUGUUUUUCUGCAAGAUGUUGCAACAGGUGAAAAGUAGCCAAAAGAAAAUCAAAGUGAAGCUUGAGUAGAAAACAGAGGAUCGUGUUUCUUCGCUUUUUUUUGGCACUGAAAUCUGAAAAAACAGCAUUUAUUUCGCUGAAUCCUUCUUUUUUUGUAAAUCUCACCUGGAUCCUCAGAGGUCAGCUCCUUGUGACAGCAGCGCGUCUUGUGGCACGCGUCACAUGUGCGUAAUCUUUAAAUUCCUGCGUGUCCGUGUUUCUUCCCUUUGUCUGAAGUUGACACACCACAUUCUCAGAUGAUGGGAUAGCUGUGCGAGGUGAAUGAGAAAAGUUUUGACUCAUAAACCAGGACUCUGUGUGUGACACUUCUCUGCUGCAUGGGAAAUCAUGGUGAAAGCUCCUUCAGGAUUAGUUUUCCUCCAUUAAAAGAGCUUGAAGACAUUUUUCCGAGGAUUAAACACCAGUGUAGGAGAGAGCAGAGAGGAUCAGUGAUUCUUAGGGAAUAUUACAGCGAUUCUCCUGCAGACAGGUGCUAUACAUAACCUCAGUCUGUGGAGGAAUUUCAUUAGAUAAAGAAACUAUUCGUUGAGGCGCACAGUGUAGUGGAGUACAUAAAUAAGAAGAGACUGAGUUAAGAGAAGUUUUGUAAAUCAAGACUCACCCAGUGCCACACUCAAGGAGAGUCAUUCAGGGUUAGCAUAGAGGCCAUAAUGAGGAGUGAGGCGUGAACAGCCGGUGACAGUCCUCGAGACAUGGUGAUGAACAGUGUUCAAAGACUGUGAACAUUUGGUUUAAACCCUCAUAUACAGAACAUCACCAUAAUCAAAGGCAGAAAAUCUGCUGAUACAAGGAGGAAGAUCUUUUUUUGAAACUGGAGGCCGAGGUUCAUCCUGAGUUUAGAGAUUAAAUUUGGCGCUUGGGUUUCAAAUAUCAGCUCCUGAUCGAUAAGCAAACUUGAGAACUUUUAGUCUUAUGGGAUGUUAAAGCAGCUGUAAGGAACUUUUGGCUUGUGUUGACAAUGGCAGCGUCCUCUGUGGACAAAGUGAUGCGUCCUGUCUCUUGUUCUGUGUUUAUGAAAUUCGUUUUUUCAUGUAAAGCCUCGGGCGGCACAGUGGUGUAGUGGUUAUCACUGUCACCUGGUCCUGGGUUUGAAUCCAGGUCUGGUUUCCUCCCACAUCCCAAAAACACGCAGAAGUGGGGUAAGGUUAAUUGGCCACCUUCAAAUUGCCCGUAGGUGUGAAUGUGAGCAUGGGUGGUUGUUCGUCUCUGUAUAUCAGCCCUGAGAUGAACUGGCGACUUGACCAGGGUGUCCCCUGCCAUUGUCCGAAGAUGCUGGGACAGGCCCCAGCCCCUCUGCAACCCCUUGAACGGGAAUAAGCGGUAGAAAAUGGAUGGAUUGAUGUAAAGCCUCAUCCUGUUGUCUUUAAUAGUGAAUUUUGCCACAAUGAUGAAAACUAUCAGCUUUGUUGAUGAUGGCGUUGUUUGCUUAGAGGUGAGCCGUGCCUCUGAUUUGCCAACCUUGCCAUCUACUUCGAAUCAAAUGCAAAAACCACCCCCCCCCCCUCCUCUGUGGAUCCCUUCAGACCAAUACAGUUAUUAUGAAUCAGGCUGCAAAUGUGUUUGUUUUUGCUCUAGAAAUGAGCAUUUUGAAUUUGUGUGUAUGUGUGCUGUCUAGUGCUUCUGAAGACAGCCUCAAGUGGACACUUGAAGAACUGCAGUUUAAAGCGCCUCUGUUAUUUAUUUGGUUGCGGCUUGAUUGCUAAUACCUUGACUAAUUACUAAAAUUUUUAAUCACCUUUUGAGACUUUUUGAUGACAUUAUAAUAUAGUGAUGAUAAGGCAAACUAAAGGCGGUGGUGGGAAAGGCAAAAGGGGGAGAGUGAGAAUGAAAUGCAGAGAAAAAAGCGAGAGUUUCAUUAAACCCAGACUGGUCUUGUAUAAAAAUGACACUCAUAACAUUUCUGCGCACAGUAGAGGAGGCUGUGUGACUGAGGAGACAGACUGGGUUGACAGCUAAUCAGAAGAAAGGUCUUUUGCAUGUUGGAACAUCCCGGAGCACGAAACUGAACACCAAAGUGCUCCUGAAGGCGUAGCCAACAGUGUGUCAGCGCAUGUGUGUGCCUGAGAAAGAGUGUGCAUCAGAGCAGAUCAUGUUGGCAGACACUUUGCAUGGCAGUCUCUACCAUCAGUAUACACACACAUACAGCAUGCUCAGAUGGGUGAACAUGACAUGUAAUUAAAAGCUCUUAAAGUGGCCCGAAGACUUAAAAACUACUAAAUAAUUACAGCCUGUUUAACUUUUUGAGCCCCUUCCCAUGCCCUCUCCUCAUCAGAGUUUAUUUUGCAGGUUAAAUCACGCAAUGGCUUUGUUUUCAUUCUGCACUGUUGUGGACAAAAAAUAAAAAUGAAAAUAACAUGGACAAUUUUUAAGAUGAAACUGAUGACUCUUCAGCCUAAUUUCUAUCCAGUUCUAGGAGUCACUAUACCUCUCCAAAGGUUCACAGUAUAACCUGAGAGGUCUUGAGAUUAACUUCAACUUCAGCAUAUUUCAUUAAUAAAUGGAAAUGCUGUUAACAUGAGAAGUACAGACUUACAAGACAAUUAGUGUUCAGGGAUUCAAUAUGUGCCUCUAUUUUUCAGGGACAUGUGAAUGAUGUAAAUACUCAAUGCUUUCAAGUAGAACAGAUGUACAAAACAGACAGUAUGUCACCUUAGAUAAAACAUUGACCCUCAUUUAUACAGUUUAUAUCCAUAUGUUCAUUAUAAUUUUAACAAUACACAGCCUUUUUUUUGAUACAGUUUGUAAAUUUGUACCAGAUUUUUGUGCCAGAUGCUAUUAAGAUUAUAAUUAAUUAGUCUUUUCUCAAAACACAGUGACUUUAUUUUGUUGUAUCGUGGCUUUACUUCAACUUUUUUCCCAUUACAAAAUGGCUUGAAACACUACUAGUAGAUUUUCAUCAGACUUUAUUCUUGCAACAUGAUGCCUUUUUUCCUCUAAAUCUUAAAAAGUAUAGUACAUAUAGAAUAUAUCCCCCCGUAAAAUUGCCAUUUAUUAAACUGUGAUCCUACAUGGGGAUUCAUGUUGCAUUGCCAGAUUCAUACCAAUGCACAACCCCAAUUUUUUUAUACAUGUAUAAACUCUUUUUCUACAAAUUUGGCCAUCAAACACUUGAGAGUCCACCAUGAAGGAAAUUAAGUUCUAAAAAGGUAGAAAUAUUAAGUUUUAGACUAAAGGGCGCAAGUUUACAACAUGAUAUUUUAAACCCAUUGGGUUCAGUUUCUCUUUGUGCAUAAUACAACUAUGUAUCAAACUUGUAUACUGUAUCAUGUCGUAUGUUAUCGUCAUGGAUCUUACCACCAGAUUCCAAAAAGUCACAUUACACUGUCUACAAAGUAAAAACAUGAAAUGUCUUUUUAUUUUUGUCUAGUUGCUCUGAAACUUUAGCAGCUUUAAUUGUGAUGGGAUGAAAGUCCAAACAACCUUCAAUGGUGCUCUUUUCUAACUUUUUUUGUUUUGUUUUUUAGAGGUAAUUGUAUGCCAUCUCAGGUGGAAAGAUGCCCCAUCUGUCAAACAAACAUGGCAGGGUAGAAAUAUUAAGUUUCAGAAAAUAGAGGUACUUCUGUAGAUUACACGGUCCUUAAAACUAAACCUGAAGUCCGGCACUUAACCCUUCACCUGCUGGCCAAGUGACACCAGGUGAUACCGCAGUUUUCCACCCUCACCUGUGCUCAGGUUGCAGGUUGCUGACCCUCCUGAUGCAGAGGGUGGAGAUCAUGUUUUGGGAUCAUUUCCGCUCACCUGUCUUCAUCAGCUUUUGUGUCACUGUGUUUCGAGGUCACUCAGCCGAGCAGGAAUCAGGCAGGAGGAGGCUGACUGCUGACGUUAAAGACGCAUGUAGGAGGAAAAGAUUCAGGCUGUGUGACCUUCUCAGCUCAUUUCACAUGUGAUGAUAAUAUGACGGCUCCAUAUUUCAAGUUAGGGGGGGAGGAGAUGAGUUUCUGUCAGGAUCACGAUGUCCGUACUGAGCAUGAGUCAGCCCUGAGAGCCCCAUCUGGAGGACUCAGCUGAACAGAGACGCCUUUGACUGCUGCUGGGGAGGAAGUGGAUGAAAGGAUGGACAGAUGAGGGGGAGUGAUGUCAGUGACAGGACCGAUCAGCUGUAACAGCCGGGGAUGGAUAUCAGACCACAGAACCUCAUGAAUUUGACUGAAGAUGUCAGAAUAUCAGUAGCUGUUACAAACUGAUCAUUAGCAUCAAAUUUGUGCAAAAAUUUCAAACUUUCUCAUAUUUCAUCCCCAAUUUAUAUCAGGAUGUACUUUCAACUUUUUUUUACACAAACUAACCACAACAUAAGUCCUACAGGCGCCACUGAGGCACAGGAUCUCCACUGUAUUCUAGUGAAAUCCCUCCCUGAGGCCUUACACGUAAUUUCCCCUUUGACAAUCACUCCAAAAGUGGCAAAUCCAAAAUUGCUGUCUGCUGGCAGUGGAAUCAAAGAGUCCUAUUCAAGACUUAAUCCAAGAGGAAACCGGACUUGUCAGAACUCUAGAAGACUCUUACAAAUCCUUUUAUUAUGGACUUUUGAAGUUGAAGUUUUAAGGUUUUAUAUUAAGUUAGAAACAGACGCCAAGGAUCUGUGACGCCAAGUUAGUGUCAAAAGGGCAGCUGUGCUUGAUACUGUUGAUGGUUUCCAGCUCAAAAGUUGUCCAAUGUCUGUCAGAAUGCUAAUAAUAAAUUAACAAAAACAAAUAAAGUAUUUAAAGGUGGGGUAGGCAGGAUCUGAGGAAGUGCCAGUUUUUGGGAGAAAUCUUGAACGUUUUCCCCUCAGCUCCUCCUCUCUGCUCCAGCAAGCCCCGCCCACAAACAGAUGCUCCUGCUCGCUCGAAUUGUUUCAAUUACAUUCAGAUAUAAUGCAGAUAAAUACUUCAGAUACUUACAAAUGGGGCCCAGUCAACGUGAAAGUAAAAAGCAUUGGUGCUACUGUAGAUGUCAACAGACUACCAGCAAACACAAUGUUUGCAGGACUUCUACAACUAGGAUAAAGUGACAUAGUCCAGGACCCGAGGUCAACAGUUUAGCGGCUCUAAAACACGCAGCAGGUCCCGUUUGAUAAGAAACUCUUCUGUUACACUUGGCUUACUUUGUUAAAGUGGUUUACCUGUCGAGCAGAAAGGUUACAGGGUCCAUAAGACCUCGAAGCGUUCCUAAUCGUUUAUGCUGAUCGUUUGCUUCUUAGCUCUUGUCCGGUCUACCUCCGUUUUAAGCACCUGUUAUUUCGCCAGGGUCUCCUGUAUUUAUUUUGCUUUACUGCUUGUAUUUUCCAUACUUUCUGGUUGGUUUCUACUGUCCAAUGUUGUAGCACACUAAGGGCUACAAGAACGUUAUUGGAGGACGUUGAGCGUGCCUCACAACACGAGGGAGCAGUGUCAUCCUCAAAACCAAUCAGGUUGGAGGAGGCAGAGAAUGACUUUGUUUACAGUCAGAAAGAGCAGGCUGCUCAAAUAAUGUUAAAAUGUUGACUACACAGACAUAACAAAACACAGCGAUAUCGUUAAAUUACGAAAUAUCCUCAAUAACUAAUAGAUAUUGACUGAUAUUAAAAGUUUUUUUUGUAUAUAAACCACAAAAAAAGAUGCUUCUUUAAUGAAAUGUUGCCUACCACACCUUUAAAUGUUUGUUUUUUAAACUUCUAUACAUCUUACUUUGACAUCAUCAAACGUAAAGCUACGCCAAUGGAUAAACAGAUACAUCAGUUUUUGUCUUUUUGCAGUGAACAGGCUUUCAUGAGGUUUUCUCUUUUUACGGCUCGUCAUGGAUCACGGCAGAUGUUACUCUUUGUUUUUCAUAUUUAAAGUAGAUGCUAAUGCCUACACUUUGAAGCCUUUGCAUAGUUAAUGUCCAUAUCUCUGCAGCGACACAUUUCCUUUUUAAGAUCUCUGAAGGUAUGUAUAGAUGGGGUAUUUUUAAGCUUUUACCCACAAAAAGGGCGAGGUGAUUUCACGCAUGGCUCACAUUACUAUGACAACACACAGACGCCCACACAUAACAUGGUACCUCACGCCCACAUGCUCACACACCCCUGUUUAUUUAGCUCACCCCAUCAAAACACACACACAUGCAGGCAAUUAAAGCAGCCCUUGUUCAGUCCUCCGUAAUUAUAUCCUCAGCCCAAGAGCCAAUAUUUGGUUAAUGGUCGAGAUAAUUGACAUCAUCAACAUUUUGAGCAUCAGCAGGGUACUCCAUACUACCUCAGAGUAUCAUAAAUAAUUUUGAUAUCCACUAAAGCUUUGUGGUUUUACAUGAAGGAACUAACACUUCGUUGUAAAUGUUAAAUUAACCUGAAAUAUUUGAGCAUCGUCUGUGCAAUUUGAGACAUUUCUCCUGAGUUCCACCUCAGACAAAUCGACUUUCUGUAAGUAGCUGAAAACAAGAAGUCAGUCACGGUUUCUACUCAGGAGAGCAGUAGAAUUUCUUAGUAAAUGAAAGUACCGAGUUUUGAGGUAAAAGUAUUCUGAUGCUUUGAAACAUCUGUGACCUACACUAGCAAAGGAAAAGUUGUUCAGUCUGAGGUUUGUUGUAGAGUGCUGCCAAAGAUUUGCCAGCGUGAAAUAGAAGAAAUUCAUCAAGAAUGGCACUUAAGGGGAAAAUUAAAAAUCUGUGACAGUUUCAUGAUUCCUCGUACGUCUCCUCGGGCUCAUUUUUGCUCUUUCAUGCUCGGUAAUUCAGGCCAUGGCCACUCAGACGAGCUGCUGUAGGGUCUCCUCCUCACUGUGUAUUAAGAGCAAGUUUAAGGGACAUUAAUCUCAAUCAAGUUAAACUGUUAUAUUAAUUUUCCCCCGCAAAACCAUUAGCAAUUAGCUCAAAGCAUCACAGCGUAGGAGGGCAGGAGGCAAACAUGGUUUUCUCCUUCAGUUGAAAAGGAGUCGUGCAGCAAUAAUGAUCAAUUUGUACUCAAUGAUUGAAAACACGUUACUUUGUCACUGAGCUCCACAUCCUCAGUCAGGUAUACAGAUUAUAUAGUUGCAAGGUUUUGGACAAAUCCUCCUUUUAGCUGUUGAUGAAGUUGUCUGUCUUCGGUCGUGUUCACACCAGCCUUGUUUAGUCCAGUUGAACUGAACCCUGGAGCGUUUACCUCCUUAGUGCGGUUCGUUUUGGUUGGUGUGAAUGCUGGCCUCCAACUCUGGUGCGAGCCAGUCAACCGCUCUCAGGUCCAUCUGGUAGGGGUGGUCUUGGACCGUUAUCAAGUGGACUCUUUAGCGGUUUACUUCUGGUGUGAACCCCAUCCACACCAAUCAGAGGAAGCGCAGUGUUUUACUCGUCAUAUCCUAUUUUGGUCAGAGGGAAAGUUAGCAAAGUGCGGCUAAUGUCUAAUUGCUUGUCGUCUUCUUUGAUUUGACCAUUCGAAUGCAGAGCGUCUCCUGUGACGUGUAUAUCAAUACAUUAUUCAAUUGCAGCAGUCUUCCCAGCUGUUCAUAUGCAUGGUCCGUUGAAGUCUGCUGAUGAGCAGUCCAGAUCAACACCAGCAUAAAAAUGAGCAGACGAUGCUCCAUGAUAUUCAGUAAAAUUGGGAGGGAUUUGUCGUCUACCCGCCUAAACUGUAUAAGCAAUCAUCGAACGGCUUUUGCUGCCACAUGACAAUUUUUGGACUGUUUGAAUUUGGUCUUUGUGAACACGAAACGGACCAGUUGAGAUGUUGCCUCACUUUGGUUUGUAUCAGAAAACUGACCUUUUGGUGUGAACACGACCUUAGCAGUUCACGUUUUUACAGGUAACACCAAACUUUAGUGAGCACUGUUGCUGACUAGAUGCUAGAGGGUUCAUCAGCCCACUCCUACUCCACACUAAGUGGUUUUGGAUGACUCCCUCACACUGAGACAGACUCAGGUUUUCCAGGAUGAGACUCUGGGAUGGCACGGUUGGCGGUUUCCCUCUGACAGGCCGGUGUGCUGCCUGAGUGCUCGCCAUCCAAGCGCUGAAAGAUGUUGUAGUGUUUGGAGUCUGACUGUGUGGUAUUACCGCAGGCUUCCAAGUGUCCAUCCAAGAUUUAUGGGAACUUGAAUGGGAAUCAGGGCAUGAUCCUGGAUUAUCUAAAUCCUCGUCAUGACAGGAAUACAGUGACAAGACUCUCAUCCUUCGCUCAAUCACUUCUCCUGUAACAGAUACCCUUAAGAGGACUGAACGUAGAGCAGUAAAUCAAGAUUUCAGGCAUGUUUCAAUCCUUGAGAGGUGUGAUGUCAUAUAUCCUCCAGCAGCACAAUUCAGUGCAUUGAAUCGCCAAAUUAGAGGCAAAGAAGAACAAAUAAAUUAAUGACAUGCACACGACUUUUUUGUCCCUUAGAGGGGUUUUUGAGGACAAACACUGAAUGAAUUUUAAAGAAUUCAGACAUUCAUAUUAUUGGAGGGUAAAUUUAAUUCACUGUGUAGCCUCAUUUCACUUUUGAAUAGUCUUCCUGUGUUAGGAGGAUCCUAACAGAGUGAAAUGAAGAGGAAUUAGCGAAGCCUUGACCGUAAUGGGAGCUGUUUGAAUUGUCUUAGUGCUAAGAGAAAUGUGCUCCAAGGCUUCCUUUUUUAUUCACUUUAGCCUAAUGCACACUGGAACAUCCUUUACAAAAGAGGAAGAUACAAUGCAGACCCACAAUUCCUUUCAGCAGGUGUAUUUAAAGCAUUGCAAUUCAAUGACAUUUGCUCGGUAAUAAAGCCUAAGUGCAGUCUGAUUCUCUUGGCACAAUGGUUGCGUUUUUCAAGCAUUUUAUGGGCUCUCCUUCACAUCGUACCUUGACCUUUUGAUAUUUUUUUAAUCUAAGUGACGAACAAGCAUUCAGAAAAAUUUAGAAAUAAGUAAAAAAAGGAAGUUCAGAGUUCAAGCUUCAACAGUCGUGUGUACACUUCUGUGAGGCUGGAUUUAACGGCUCGAUGCAAAUAGUGAAACAAGCUGACGACUGUUAUUUUUCAUUAUUAUUAUUUUUUACUCUUUAUUUACAGAACAUGAGGUCAUCGCGGGUGAUACAGUUGAAAUGUAAAUAUUCUUUUACACAAAAAUACAUAAUUUCACACUAUUCAAGGUGCAUACCUAGUCCAAUUUUUCCCAGCAUUUCAAACAUUUCUCCAGCUGAAGUCUUCAAACAAAAGUAAGUCUCUCCAUACAGUGAAGUUCUUGGACAAUGUUCAAUGUUGGGGAAUCUGGUUGCAACCACUUUCUUGUUAUGGCUUUCCUACCACUUCCCAAAAAAAUCUUCAACAGGUACCUGUCCUUAUGUAGGACUGUCUCCGGGAUUUUACUGAGAUAUAAAACAACAAAAGAAAAGUCUAAAUCCACCCCCAAUAUUUUAUUUAUCUCAGUUGACACCUCUCUCCAAAAUGACUGGAUUUUCGGAUAGGCCCAAAAAAUAUGAAAGUGAUUAGCCAUAGGGGUUCCACAUUGUCUCCAGCAGUAGCCUCGGUUCUGUGUGCCUGUUUGCAGUGCUGUUAAUUUAGGGGUUAUAAAAAAAUCUCACCAUAUUCUUCCAGCCGAACUCUCUUAAAGAUCUUGUCGCUUGUGUCUCACAUAUUUUUGACGACUCUUAUUUUGACUGUUAAAAAGUACAAAGUGACUAUAAACAAAGUGAAAAUCCCAGAUUGCAAAAAAACUCAGAUUUUGAGGAUUCAUUCUCUGGGGACCAUAUAUUUUUGUGCAAAAUGCAAUCAAAUUAAUUGCACAGAUUUGUGGAGAUUUUUCAGUCUGGACUAAAAUUUGAUGUUUAUCUUCCACCGUCUACAUAGACAUGAUACCACGACUUCUGUGCUACUAUCCACACUGGCCUGUAUUUUCGUGCUGCAGGUUUGCAGCUUGUCUUGUAAAACAGGUCACUUCUGCUUUUUAUGAAUCCUCCUGAGCAGAGAAAAAGCUCAACAAACCAUGACAGCUUAAAAAUUAAUGGUGCACAGUUAUGGAAAAUCCUGGAGAAGUCCUGGAAUUUCAAAACAAGGCUGCACUGGGAAUCCUGUUUAUGUCUGAUCAGAGUCCCUGAGGUUAUUUUGGUCUUUUCUCAGACACAGAGCCAUGUUUCCUCUUUCUCCCUUCCCAUCUGCACUCCUUGCUCUGAAACUCUGUGUUUUAUUUUGUCUUUGUCUUUACCAAACCCUGUUUUCAUCCCUCCCUCUUGUAUUCAGUAACCCUCUGAUGUCUUUUUGGUGUUUUUCCGCACACUUUGUUCCUCUUUACUCUAAUUCCCCGUCUUCCUCCUGCUGUGCCGGGGAACGAACAACGAUUUGUUGACAACACACUCCUGGAAACCGAUCAAGAGUAAUGACAAUGUGUCCCCUGUGAUUUUAUCUGCAUGUGUGCGUGCGCUUGUGUGUAUUUGUGUUAAGUGUGUGUGUAUGCGUGCGGAGUCAUUAGGGCCACUGAGGGCCCUCUGUCUCCCAGUAUCACUCUGCUACUGGUGCCACAUCUCUCCGGGAACACACAGCACCUCAUCACAGCUGCUGGUCAGGAGUUUGUGUUUGUGACUGCAACAGAGACAAAGCACACACAGCUCUCAAACACCUCACGCUGCUGUUUGUACGAUAGGCAAAGUGGGAUUUUAAAACCAGAAGGAGGAUACGAGGAAGAUACUUUUUGGGGUUUAAGUUUCUUUAGCUCCCCUUGCAUCACUCCUUAAAUGUACUUGUAAUAAUGGCCAAUCAAAAGUUAGCCAUUGCAUCCAGUAUUUCCAAAUUUCUGGUAUUUGCCACUUCAAUAAUUUUGUCCUCCAGUGUCGGGAGAAUCUCAGUUCUUACAGGUUGUCAUGACACUGAGAGACAAAAAUAUUUUUCAAGGUUGUGCAGCUGCAAAUCAAUGGUAUUUGUGCUGGUUUAUACUGGUUUUGCAUGUUAAAAGGAGCGGAAACUUCACUAUUUGGACGGGGAUGCAGGACGCAGUGUUCAAAUUUGAGAAUAGAAAACAGGUGAUGGUCACCACGAGCUCCUUUUAAAGCAUAAAAACAAUAACAGCAACAUUAAACCUUCACAGUGAACAAUUCAGAAGUUUUCACAUAAAAGGGGCGACGAUAACACUGUUGAAUUAGUACCUUAAAAUGAACUGGAUCAGUGUUGAGUUGGUGACUUUUUCUGAUUAAUAUAAGUCGACAGCCCUCUUACUGAGAUACAUAAAGAUGCCAAAACAGUUUGGUGCAAAGUUUCUUGUUUUAAAUCAGUCAUUAAACGAAACUUGAAGAAGUUCUAUAUCAGAGAAACAGCUUAAUGCGAAUGAAAAUCAAGAAUAUAAACACCACAGAUCUGAAACUUUUUGGAAAUCUCUCUAAAAACAUGAGCAAUGUUAAAGAAAAGAAGACCUUGCACAGAGAUUUCAGGACACGUAACUCACUUAUUGCUUGAAUGUGAAAAUGUUUUUGCAAAAUUUUGCCUUUUGUGCAUCAUUUUCUGUUUCUGCCACUGUUGUUCUUCGUGCAAAUUCAACUAGAAAGGAGUUUGCAAGUUCGUUGGUCACAAACCACAGAAGCUUAAAUCUUCAUCACUGUAAAAAUUUUUAUGUUUUUUUAAAAACUGCUGCUCAUGUUGUGCAAAGUUGUGAGACUUUGUAUAUUUUGAUUGUUGGUUUUUUACUGUUAAGGUGUGAAAUUGGUAUAUUUCCUCUUUGUAUGGAGUUAGUAUAAGAGUUUCAUAAGACAGAAGGAGAAAGAAAGGCAGAGCGACUUCUCUGAUGUGAGAGAGCCUUUAUGUCAUUAGCGUUAAUGCGACUGAUGUGGGAUUAAAACAGUGACCUUCACUCCUGAGGCGGCGAGAAUUAAAAACACCAGAGCAUAAAGAGGAUUUGAGAUUUGAAUUACUGCAAACACUAACGAGGUUAAAGCUGAUUGGCUGCCCAAGGACAGAGAUCAGGUCCACAAACCACCUCGGUUUUAAACCCAUCACACCUAUAAAAAAAACACACCCACUCCUGCUUCAUCCUCCUCACGCUGGUGCUCUCUCUGAGUUUUCACCUCGAAACUGGAAGUCGAUGACAUUUCUGCAGGCGGGGGAGGAGGACGCUGAACAUGGCUGACAGGUCGUGUAAACUCGUCUUGAGGGGAAAUUCAGAGAAAGGACGAUCGAGGAAGAGAGAGAGAGAAAGAGAGAGAGAGAGAGAGAGAGAGAGAGGCAUCCAGGCAGAGAUAGUGUGUUUGUGUGUGUGAGUUCGGUAGUGCGUGGUGUUCACCUCAGGGUGCAGGGAUUGCUGAAAACUCCUGAGACUGCAUGUCAGGUUGUUUUGCCGUUUUAAGCUUCAGUCUAAGAGCAACAAACACAAACACACACACACACACACACACACACACACACACAGGUCCUUAGUGUUGUUACAGAGGAUGUUUUCACUCUGUGUUUACCGGUUUGGGGUUCCCCGAAACCUCAUAGGUCUGCAUUCACAACUCGUGUCAUUUCUCUGUUUUUGAAGGUGCUCAGGGAAGUUUACCAGCUUGUUUGUGUGAAACGCGCUUUGAUAAAUGUUUGGUUAAGGUCAAAUAUAAGAAAGCUGAACAUCUUUUUCUUAUGAUCUUGUCGAAUGCUGACACCUGACCAUGUGGAAUAGCUUAAGUCACCAUCAUUAAAAGACGAAACAUUGCAUGAUGUUGCUGCAGGAAUGCAAGAUGCAUGCUUCACUCCACAUGCACACACACUAAACUGGGAAUCCCACUGGAUCCAGAAUGGCUCUGCUAUGCUCCAGACCGGCAGGUGGAUAUGCAAGCAUACGUGAUCUGAUCCGCCGCCGCCAUCGGAGGAGAAGCGCUCGCGAGAUUACCGCGAUAUUUCUCGCGAGACUGGACAAGAUCUCACGAGAUCUUGCAUGUUUCCCCGGGAGUCAUAGAAUGAGAUCCGUCGAUUGGUGUAUAUAAACACCCACAUCCCACAACCCUGGCCUCUCCUAUUAUCAAGUUAAGAACAUAUCAAUGUAUUGACUUCAUUUUAUUUCGAAAAUUAACCGGAUAUUUUUACUCUGUAAUCGCAUACGACUUCCGCUGCUGCUCGUGCUGCGCUGCACUGGCGUCCAGCAAAAUAGAAGCUUUGCGUAUCUGAUCUGGUCGCGGGAGCCGAUCCGCAGCAUUGAUUUUAAUGCUUUAGUAUUUGAUCGGCCUGCCGUGCCCGAACGGAGCAGAGCCGUUCCGGAUCCUGUGGGUUUUGCAGUUAGAUGUGCAGACACACACUGUGCUGUUCUGCCCUGCUGGCUCUGAUGCUACACAUCCCCCUUUGUCUCCCCUGUUACUCCUCUGUUGAUUGAGAGUCAGAGGCAGUAGACUUUGUCUAACCAUUACAUCUCUAUUGCUAAAGUGAGACAGCAGGGGUGUAAAUAUCCUGCCUUGAAACAGCAGUAUGUAAUCGGCUAAUCAUAGAAAGCUUGUUUGGUUACUUGCAUCCCUGACAUUUUUGACAAUCAGCUCACAGAUUUUGUCAACAAAGGCAGAGUUGGUUUUUACUCUUUGCCUCUCUAAUGGCAUAGAAAUUAGAGUAAUUUAAGCUCAUAAAUCAACAGAUAAAAGCCCAUAAAGUCAUGGUUUUACUUCUGUUUUGUGUUGUUCCUUUCUGUGAUUUUGUGUCCACCGCUCAAAUUCCCCUGAGGCUUUCUUCCAUUUCUGUCCAGAAUUGGACUCUUCAUUUGAAAAGGGGUUUCCUUAUUUUGAGCCUGUUAGUCUUUAUAUAUAAAGAGAGAGGACAGAAGUAUGGAAAACGAGCAUAUGAGGGUUGUCUUUGGUUCCACUAGAGUGAGAGAAAUGUUGUGUCUUGUGUUGAACUGAGUGGCAUUUUAUCUCUGGUUUUAUUCUGCCAGCAGCGCAGGAAUGUCACUAAUGAUGUUAUCAUGAUGUGCAGUCUGAAUUCUUCUUCCUAUAGACCUCAUUUACACAGGAACUGAGCCCGGAGCUGUUCUUUGAGGGCUUUCCUCUGUGUAUAAGAGUCAAAAUUAACUGAUUGUAACAUUAAACACUGCUGGAUCCAGACUAAAGGAGCAGUCUGUAAAAUUUUCCGUCAUAUUUGUCUGUUUUUUUGCAGCAGCUCCUCAUCAUUACAGUGUGAUGAGUAUAUCCACAUGAAGCUGAGGGUGUGUCCCCAUUUACCACAAAGUUUAGCCCCUGUGUGUGUGUGUGUGUGUGUGUGUGUGUGUGUGUGUGUGUGUGUGUGUGUGUGUGUGUGUGUGUGUUUCCCUAAUGAAUGUUAAUUGAUGGUUUCUAAAAACAAAAACAGAUUUUGGAGCAUUAAGAGCUUCUGUUUUAGAUUCAGUCAGCUCCACAGUGUGUCACUAACAUGUGCGUGUGUGUGUGUGUAAACGUGUGUGCGUAAACGUGUGUGUGUGUGUGUGAGAGAGAGAGAGAGAGACAGUAAUGUUUCGGCUUUUUCGGAGUGCAGGAAUGCUGAGCGGCUGCCAGGCUCGGCUGCUGUGACUUCACUGGGACGAGCGGAGAUCCCAGACACCACACACACCUGCUACCAUGGCAACCACAUACAGGACCCAUGCCCCCAUCCAAACACACCACCCUCUUAACCCAACCUAAAACACACUGAGUUUAAGUGUGUUUGGACACAUGAUAAUUUUUGAUUUGCUUCAAGAAUAAUUAUAUAGAAGUUACCAUGGAUUUUAUCCUUGUGUGAUUGUGUGUGUGUGUUUGUGUUUGUGUGUGUGUGAGUGUGUGUGUGUUUACAGUGUAAAUCCAGAUGAGAAUGUCCUGUUUACUCAGGACUGUAAUUACAGCCUGUGUUUGAUAUUAAUGAGCCUCUCUUUCAUCAGUCUGACGUCUUAAACUGGAUUAAAGUCACGUCUUCUGAGACAAGCCAAGAAAAACACACUUGUUUUCCGCUUUGUGUUAUGAUGAUGAUGAUGAUGAUUAUGAUGAUGAUGACUUUUCUUUGAAAGCAAAAGGGUUGAAACUAAUGACUGUAGAUAAGGAUGGACGACACAUUUCCACCUCCUCCUCCUGUCGAUCCAAAGUGAGGCCAAAGCAGUCAUGUGACGGUGAUAACUGAUAACUUUAUCCAGUCAUGACUUAUAAAUAAAUGUGUGACACAAUAACGGAAAAUUACCUUCAAACUUCAUGAAAACAGGAGUGGGACCAGUCUCUUACUGGCUACAUAAAUUGGAAAUAGCUAUUAUCUGGCUGAACUAUUAACUUGAUGGUGAGUGGUCAAAACCCUGGUCCGACUAUGAUUAAAAUUCAGCAGCCAAAGUGAUGCCAGGGAAAAACUGAUCAUGUCAUAUUCAUAGACUGUAUAUAGAAUGGAUGCCGUCAGCCUCCUCGCUGGGUGAAGCCGCCCCAAGAACAGCACCCUCUAGUGACGGGCUGCAGUAUAGGUCAUAAAUCCCGCCUCCGCCAGCAAAGCUAAUGGAGCUGUGGACAAACUUUAGAAAUUUUUUACACAGAACAUAAUUUUUUUCCUCCCUGCUUGUGAUGUUGACAUGUAGUUAUUGUAAGACUGGUCUGUGAAGCUCCAUUUUUAAAAGUUAUUAAGGGGUUCAUGUUUUCUAUGAUUGACACUUGAUACAGCCUAUGGGCGUACGAAGAUUGCGCAGCUCACCCGGGGGAUACGCUGUUUGAGCUUAGCGUCAUCACAGCGACUCUCUGCGACUUUCCCGCCAAAUGCCUACAACGCUACUGCGAAAUGUUGGUUUCAGGAAAUGGAGAGAAAACUCAGAACAACCGAGAGCUUUUCGGCUUCAAAUCCGUAUACUGGCGGAAGGCGGAACCAAGUUAUCCAUAAUACAGUCUAUGGUCAUAUUAAAUCACCAGGGUUUGUAAAGCUUGUAAAGUAAGCGCCAAUAAGACAAUGACUGUCUCUUUUGAUGAUGACUUAGUUAGUCACAGUCAUUAAAAACUAGGCUUUAUAAGUGUCAGUUCCUGUCUGUAUUUCCUCACUACUAUUAAACUAUUAGCUGAGUCAACAGCUUUAUUACCCAGAGGCGUCAGCGUUGGGUGUGUUCACCCGCUGAACCUCUGCUGUAUCACCCAGGUCCACUUCUUUGAAAAGGAGGAACCAACGUCACUGUUAAGAACUCUUCUUUUUCCACCAAUGAGAGCAGGAUCCUCUCUUUCCUGUUAUGCUGCUGCCCUCGUGUGUUUCCAUGGUUACCAAAUGAUGGCGCAUUGAUGUACUGAUUGAUCGGGAGCUUGCCUCCUUGACAUUUCUGACAAUCAGCCCCCAGAUUGCAGAAAUAAUUACAGGAUGAUUGUUGCCUGGCAUGUGUCUACAGACCAGCUGUUCCGCUGUUUACAGUCCUUAUGCUAAGCUAGGCUAACCGACUCUGUCCUGAAAUGAUGCAAAGAAAUUAAAAGGAUGAAAUCAGGAUGUUCAAGAAAGAAAACAAUUUGGAUUUUUUCAUAUAUUUUUUAGAAUAAGAUAAUAAAGUAGAAAUGAGGAGAGAGAAGGCUAGAACUGAACUCUGGCUGUCCAUGUGAGGAUCUUAACCUUGUAGAUGGGACACACUUGGACUGCUAGGCCAGCUGUUCCCCCCAAAAAUCUGUCAGUGUUGAACUUAAAUUAUCUGUAAUUUUGAUGUCAAAUUUGACAAGUUAACUGGACAAAAUCAGCUUGUUUUAAUCUUUGUGGUCUGCCUUAAAAAAGCCAAACACCUCAGUGAAAUAUCAGCCAUAAAACUUUCAUUACAGGCUUCAUCUUCACAUCGUUUCAGCAAAAUUCCCCAAGGUUACCCACCUACAAUACACCUGAUCUGUUCUCUCUUUAUCACAUUAACUAACACACAAAUUAGCAACUCUGUAACAGACAUGUCAGGAGUUUUGUUGUCAGUCCUUGAAGCGUCUGUCUGUGGUCUCUAACAGGAUUACAGACUAAUCAUCUUUCUCUUUGAGUCCUUUAAGGACAAACUCUCCUGUUCGUUUCUAUCACAAGCUUUCUUUAAGUUCACGUCAGGUGAAAAGGUGUGUCACCUUUAGGUUUACAUGCAAUCAGGACAGUAUGUAUAGAUUUACUUCAGAUAGUUUUUACAUGUAAAUAAUGAAGUUAUUCUUAGUUUAUCACCUAGCUGUGUUUAAUGUCUGACUCUGAUUGGUCAAAACCUCAUUAAUGCUGUGAUUUACACUCAAGAGCAGAUUCAAGAAUAUAACCUCUGCUGUCAUAAUGUCAAUGUGUAGAGUCAAAUUGUGGAUGGUGACCUGAGCCAUGCUCCCAUUCAGUUUUGGGGAAGGCUUCCAUGAGUCGAUGGCGUCUGUUGAGCCGCAGGUCAAGCCGCCAUCACAGCGGACAACGACUAUGAGUGUGGAAGCGUAUGAGGAGAACACAGCAGAAUUUAAGGCUGUUUUGCAAAGUGUUGACUCAUGGACAGGUCUCACCAUGGUGUCGUACAUCACCAUCACUUGUCACUUCAUGCGCAACUUCAAAUUAAAGACCAUUCAAAGAUGUAUAAUUUGCAAGUACUUGAUCAUAAAGUAGUUUGAUUUCUCGAACAUCGGAGAGUACUGCCCUAGUUGAGCUGUACAAGUUUUUCUACAUAUGUCUGUUUGUGAAUGUCGUCAAAGUGACUCAUCUUCUCCAACAGAGUCACUGUCAUUUCUGCUCAGUGGGCUAACUCUUAAAUGUUACUUCCUGUUACUUUUAUGGCUCUCAAAUACGCCUUGAAUGUAAUGAUUGACUAAAAUGCAUAUGUCAACAUCGCUUCUGCAGUGAGUGACUUCCAUCCUGUGAAGUGAGUGACGGCACAGUAAACAUGGGACUCAGUAAGAGGCUAAUAAACGGUAAAAGUCUGCGGCGAGCUUUCCUGUCUGAAAUGACAGUCGGUGCGUGAGGAUGUGAGAGCAGCCCGGGGAGCUGCUGAACCCCGACCAUCAACCCUCGUCUCUCUUCUUCAACCUUUCUGUCCAUUUUUCGGCCUUGCAGAGCAAAUCAUUGUAGAGCGAGACAAAAGAGGACAAUGGUAAUGACAUGUUGUGCUCAGAGUGCAGGAGACACAGGUGGACAAGAGCUGGCAGGUGCUUUUGAAGGCUCAAAUCACUGCGCUGAACAGCGGCGAUAAGAUUUAGAAAAAAAGAGGAAUAGCAGACUGGAAAAGACAUUUUUACAACAUGUGCUCCCACUUGGUAUUUUCACUUUUCUCUAAGGUUGUCAGGAUUUAUUUACUGAAUUUUUUAAAAUGCAAUUUGGCUUAACAAGACAAAAAAAAAAAGUACGACCUUGAUGUUUUCAAACCUCAAAUGCAAAAACUCCAUUUGCAUCCACAAGCCACUGGAUGACCUGUUCUUUCUUUGCAAGGGCACUGAGUGUGUGUUAAUUUAGAUCUGAAAUAGUCUACAAAAGUACACUUUCUCCUCCUCUCUGAUGACUCAGCUUGAAGAAAUUAAGAUCAGACAUUUGUGAGCUGUUUGCAAAGAUUUAGAGCCUCAGUGGGAGCAGAUAAAAAAAGAAAGCAUUUAGGGACAGAGUAAUACUGCGUCAGUUUUGAUCUUUUCAUGGGAUUUACUGUCAAUCAGAGAAAACCUGAACCACAUCAGUUUUAUCUUUUAAGCCUGAAGUGAAGCUUAACAUCAUAGGUAACAGAUUUAUCUCCCAUAUUGUGGUCAUGACGGCUUUUGUUUGCACUAAAGCGCGAAAACAUUUUGUACCUCAUUGGAUCGAGUGUUGUGUAGCUUUUGUUAUGUAAGGUGAAAGAGAAUCGAGCCGGACUUCGGUUUGAUGUUUUCUGUCGUCUCUAAUCCAACACUUCUGACAUCCCGACAAGAAUUUGCAAUUUCCUCCUUAGCUUAUGCUGCAUGAUUUAUAAUUUUCUAUAUAAAACCUCCAACCGAAACCCCAGCUGAAUUCUUUAUAAAACCUUUUACAUGGUAUGCAGCCAGGUGACGUCGCGUAUAGUAUGUGGAAAAUCAGGCACAGCCAAACUCUCCUUUUUUGUGUAAGAUAAACACUGAGGUUUGGAGUGAGAGAGGUGGCAGCUGGAGUGUGAAGAGGCUGCAGCUUCUGUGUCUCGAGCAAGCCAAAGCUUCAAUUUAUGCACGCAGAUUUACCCAGAGUGCUUUAGUUUUGAUUCCUGUGAACCGAUUGUUGAUCCGAUUCUUCACCUCUUGACCCUAAAAGGAAUUCCUGAGAGUUUUCCUCAGUGAAAAUCUAAACAAGUCUGCAAGAGAAGCAGCUCAAGCAUCCUUUUUCUUCAUGUGUGAUGCCAGAUGGACUCUGGGGAUAAAAUUAAGACAGUAAAUAUAGCCUUAUGUGACACACAUUAACAAUGGUGUACUCAAGCAGGGGUGCAAAACAUAAAAAGGACGCCUCCUGUAUGUUGCACUGAAGAUCUCCAGCAGUAUUUGUAGCUCCUUUCAGUCUCUUCUGUGAUCAGAAUGUAGUUGUACAGCAGAACCAGCUCCAGCCUGUCAAAAAAAAAGGCGAGUUUGUAAAAAUUUAGUUUUACUGUCCCUGGAUAGCAGGCACUGUAAAGGUUACAGAACUGGAACACUUUGUGGAGCACUUGUAGCAACAGGAGGGACAUCAGGAGGUCUCUUUUAUGCUACAAAUGUACCCAGAGGGCUCUUUUUUAUCCUUCAACAACAGGAAAGGCAGCCAGAGGCCUCUUUCUUAUACAGAAAGUGCAUCCAGAGGGCUUUUUAAAAUGCUGCUUUACCUGGAAGGGCAUCCAGACAGCUAUUUUUUUGCUGCAUUGAUAGGAAGAGCAUCCAAGUGGCUCGUUUUUUCCAUACCAACAAGGCAGACAUCCAAGAAGGGACUUUUCUAUACUGAAAAGGGCAUCCAGAGGGCUUUUUAAAAUGCUGCUUCAGCUGGAAGGGCAUCAAGACAGCUCUUUAUUGACAAAGGGGGGCAUCCAAGGGGGGAGUUUUUAAUGUUUUCUAUACUGAAACGAGCAUCCAGAGGGCAGUUUCCCAUGUAUUAUCCUAUAGAAGAGCAGAAAAGGCUGACUAUAAGCAUUUUAUGUUUGAUUCAGGUCAGGAGCAUCUGAGAAGACACUUUCGUGGCGUUUAUUCAGACUUUCGGGCAUCAGGAAGGGUCAAAGGUACCAUGAAGAUACCAUGCUCAUAUCCUCAUAUGCUCAUAUCCUCAUAUGACAGCAAAUGAAGUAAAAAAAAAAAAACUGCCCCUGUUUUUAAAGUUAUAUUUAAUCUCAAAUUGUGCAUAAUUAGGUUAUUUUAUUCCAGUAACAGAUGGAUGCUUCUAGCUGUUUGCUAAGAGUCAUCUCAGCUAACUCAUCUACUGAAGUUUAAUGCUCGGAUAUUAACCCUCAUCCAAAUAAUGUCACUCCAGUCUCUGAAAAUCAAGCUGGUACAGUCAAAAUGCAGAUAAAGUUAAUUAAGUUAAUAAAGCAAAAUAGAAAUAUGAGAUAACAUAAGUGAUAAACACAGACAGGAAAAUAAUGAGAUGAGUACCAUUUGCUGACGAUCUAUAUUUGGACACAACAUGACUGUAUUUUAACAGCAUUCAUGUUUUGAGAGACCUGUGACUGCGGGCACCAAAACAUGUACUUUUGAAAAACUCAACAGUAGCACAUAUUUACUUCCAAACAACCAUGCGCCAUGCUGUGAGGACUGAACUUGGGCCACAAUAACAGUUUUAAUGAUAACACUCCCCUUUAGAGGAACCACAGGACACUGUCUGUGCUGAGUUCAUCUUUUUUUUAUCGUCAUUUUUAGUUUCUUUGACCCUCAGAAAUCAAACAGUGACCUUCACAGACCCGCAGAUAAUGUUUACUUAAUUAAAAGAUGAUGCAUUUUUUAAAUAUAUAUACAGAAAUAAUGAAAUAACUGUCCAGUUUUAGGCCUUGAAGUGUCUUAAAGAUAAAGAUAUAAGGCCUGCUGUGUGAAUCUUUAUUUUCAUAAUGAACUUGUUCCCUCGAACCCUAAAUUCUACUUAGAAGUGCAACUAUGUCCCAGCUGAGGCUUCAAGAAACAGCAAGUUUUCAUAUCUAUUGUAAAGGAAUAAAAAUCUGCAAGAACUCUUAACUUUUUGGACAGUUUUCUGCAGUUCCCGGUCUUUUAUUUAACGCUAUCUAUGCUCCAAAAGUAGAUAUGAACUACAGGUCCUCCGUCCAAAACAUGUGACUAGUUUAGCUCAGUUGUUGCAUAUUUUGUCAGCGCUGAGGUCACUUUACUCACAGACUCUCUGAGCAGAGUCCACACAUCUCUCAUUAGCCAUAAAGUCCGUUCUCAUUACACUCCAUUGUAUCACUUCAGCUAAAACGGCGAAGCCAAAUCUCUCCAUCGCUCCUUCCUGUACGUCAGCUGUGACCUUUGACCCUGAAUGACUACAUCUCUGCUUGGUUUCCUUGGCUACAGAGAGGGGAAAAAUAAUGGCCUCCCUGAUUCUGUGUCUGGCUCUCUUCCCCAAACACACACACCCGUCUUUUUUUUUCUCUUUCUCAGUUUCGGAGGGUCUCAGCUGUGUUUAUGACUCAACGCUGAACCCAAACAGCUGAUGACUACGGCGGCUGAGACUCGUAAUGGUCGACUUCAGAGAUGUAAUAACGGAUGUUCAGGGUUUUAUCUCCUCAAUCCUUAUGAAAAAUCUUCUUAUAGCAGUUUAGAAAUUAAAGAAAAACAUGAUGGGACUGUUCUAACCUUAGCUGCUUUGUGAAUUUGAAUGGCAUGUCUGUGGUUCAGUCCCAUUUCACACCUCUUUGUUAUUGAGUGUCUUUGGCCCUGAAAGUGAACUGCACAAACAUUUCAUGGCGUAAAUAAUAGGGCCCGACCGAAUUAUCGGUGAGCCGAUUAAAUGGGCCAAUUCUAGCCCAUUUGAGACUAAUCGGUAAUCGGCCAAAACUCGCCAAUAUUCGCCGAUAUUUUCAGAAAUAAACAGCGGAGAAUAAGAUUCGGUUUCACUUCGAAAAUAUUCCGCCUUUUGAAAAGUCCCCCGACUUAUCCUGUAGAUGGCGCAGCGACCUCAUGACAAUCUUCAUCCACUAACUACCUCACAGCACAGCAGAGUGACAGAUUUGAAGCAGGCAGCUCAGGGACGCACGGAGGAGAGUGGUCCACCUCAACGGUAAAUAAACCAGUUUGUGAAGUACACAAUAAGUCAACAAGUUUCAGUUCAACCAACUCCAUGAUCUUCCCCGCUGUGCUGGUCUUGGUCACACCAAGUAAACAGUGAAGCACUGUGUAAUAAGCAAGCUAAAGUUAGAGUUAGCCACCUGCUAUUAGCCUUGCUACACUGUUAGCCGUGCCAGUAACGGUUGAAUAAACAACGGUACACAUUACGUGAUCGAGCUACUUCUCUUACUGAGGCAGCUGCAUGUCUCCAGAUGAGACUGGACCGGAUAUGAGUAACAUGAGUUAAGACACAAGUAACGUGAUAUUUUUUAUAACUUAAUAAAAAAUUCAAAAAUCGGCCGAUUAAUCGUUAAUCGUAUUCCCCCCCCCCCUAAUAAUCGGUUUUGGUAUUGGCCCCCAAAAAUCCACAUCGGUCAGGCCCUUGUAAAUAACAUUUUGAUUAAAGCAACAACUGUUCCAUCAUCACUAUCCUACAUAAAAAAAUAAAAAAAUUCACAAACUGUAAAAUUACUCCAAUAAAAAGUUGUAAAACAUAUAUAUCUUUGCAUGGCCCAACCAAUGGAUCGAAAUGUGUUAAUUGCAGCUUUCUCUCGCAGAUUUACUGUCAGAUCCAGAUUUAAACCUGAUGAUUGUGACACUAGAAGCAAACUCUGAUGAUCCCCGAGCCCAAAGAGCAGCUGAGGCUCCUGUUCUCACUGAAUGAUAUUUUCUCCGUCAUUAAUCACUCCGUUUCUGCGGCUGUGACAUUUCUGCAGUGAUGGACAGAAGCUGAUAAAGCGGCGUGUUUGUUAAUGAGCAGUCAGGGAGACGGUCGGUAACCCGGCUGGUAAACAGUCAGUCAGAGAGGACGUUUAAAAACAACAUUUAGAGAAGCAGAGAUCCACAUGAGGAUAGUCAGACUCUCGGGACACACACACAUGCACACACACACAUAUAUGAAUCCACAUCCAGCUUCAGGCCUGUGUUCAGAUUCAAACAAGGGCUAAUUAAAAUAAUUACCUCUUUUCUAGCAUGAACAGAUCUCCUCUUUUACCCUUUGUUUUUUUUCUCCUCACUGCUGCAGGAGACACACAGACAUCAUUAGGACUCUAUUCACUCCAGAAACACUCUUUUUUUCCUCUCUGAGUUAACAACUCUGUCUUUGAGCUUUUCUUUUCCUCACUCACUUGUAAUCACCAACAUUUCAUCCUUCCUCAUUGCAUCCUUUUGUCGUACACGUUGUCUCAUUUUCUUCAAGGUAAAAUAACUGAAUGUGUGAACUCUUAAUUGUGUUGACUUUGUCUCUGGGCACAAAAGCUUCUUCCAGUGAAAGCGCUGUUAUGUAACCUCGCCGAAAACCCAAGUAUUUGAAAUCAUGGAUUCCACACUCACAUUUACAGCAGAAAUAACUUGUUCUGGAGAAUGCAACUUUGUUGGAAAUAGGGGUGGGAAUCACCAGUGGCCCCACGAUAAGAAAUUAUCACGAUACUUGGGCCACAAUACGAUAUUAUUGCAAUUUUUAGUAUGAGAAUUGAGAUACAAUAUACUGUGAUUUAUAAAAAAUUUUUCAACUGUUUAGCUAAUUUAGCACUUGCCUUCCUUCAUGAUCAUAAAUGUUCUUCCUUGAGCUGCGUCACCCCGCUGUAGUCUGUAAUGGACUGGCCUGAGUUCUCGCUACAAGCAAGUGGCUGCUGGAAGAGAGUUGGUGAGUUGUGUUUAGUCUCUUUGAUAAAGAAAUCAGGCAAAGUUAAAAAGAUGUUUGGUGGCUAGUGCUAUGGCUAGGACCCUAUUUGUACUGUUGAUGAAGUUAGGUGCUGUUCUGAGCAUUAUUUGUGGCUAUAGAGUGGCGUUUUGGUUGAGGUUUGUCUAUGGUUCCUCAGACCGCUGUGUAUUGCUAUCAUGCGGUCGUUACUAAGGUUGGUACAACUAGAGAAGCAAACGGUCGGCAACAUUCAUCUCUUGACGGGGUGUCUAACUGUGUUUGACUAGCUUAAUUUUACACCAACCUCACUGGACAAACAGUUGAUUUUAUUUUCCCAUUAUCAUAAAUUUGACUUUUCAUUAGUGAUUAAUUUGAAAAAUUGAUGCUUGGUAAAUGAGACGAUAUGAUCACCUGAUAAAAUAAUUGGAUUCUGUGCUGUAUCGAUUUUUUCUCCCACCCCAAGUUUAAAGGCUUUAAGAUUUAAAGGUUAGACUAUCAUUAAGAUAAAAUGAUUGUAAAAUCCACAUAUUACAUAUAUUUUGAUCCUCAAUAAGCACUUUAUCUGUUUAUGUGUAAAUUAAAUGUCAAGAAUUUAACAUUAAAAAUUCAUUUUUUUUCUAUAAUGUAAGUUAAAAGCACUCUACAGUAUCUGAGCACUCGUAUAUUACUGUUGCACACUGUAAACCUUCUGUAUCUAUUCUUGCCUCAUGCCUCUCCAUCACUGCGCAGUUAUUGAUGGCUGUCUGAGACGGCACCUCGAGCAACAAUGCUGAAGAUGAUUGAUCCCCCUUGUUUAUCAUAUACAGUACACAACACAUUAAUGCUUGAGUGAUUGAUAAAUGACUAGAUUCAUCAAUCAGGGAAAAAACAGUUAACAUCAGAUGGUUCAAAGUGGAAAUAUUACUCUGUCAGUGGGAAUGGAAAAGACCUCUCUUCGCUCUGUCAUUAGUUUCUAUAUGAGUGAAUGGUCUGUCUGUGUUGAUCUGUCUGUGUGACGGCGAGCUAAACAAAGCAGCAGCCCGUGGCUCUUAUAUCCUAUUAGCCUUCUUCCUCUCACACUUUGACCUGAGGAGCAGGGAUGAUAAUCUGCAGCAGCUAACUCUGACAGGAUUACAGGAACACUGGGUCCAUCCAUUUACAUUGUCCACCAGAUUAUUCCUAUUCAUGGGUAUGCAUAUGACAGGAGGUGAAAGGUUAGACGUCUGCAAGGUGGGCAGCACGUAGGCAGUGCAUGACCAUCUAAUAGUAAUAAUAAUAAUAAUAAAAUAUCUAAUCUAUUAGAAAUUGUAAGGAGUUUUUAAUCCAUACAAUCUGCGCAAAUAAUCCUAUAUAUCUAAAUUGAGUGAGGUGGUCUUGACACGGUGCAAACAAGGAAGCUUUUACCCACUUGAGUGUCUUAAAACAGAUCAUUUUGAGAUCAUAUCUUCAUUAUUUUUUUUCUUUGUUAACAAUUAACUCUUAAUUUUAAGAAAAUGUUAAAAAUAAGGCUGUUACUACAAACUCGUAUUGACCACAACCACCCCCCCCCAAAAAAAAAAAAUAAAAAAAAAAAAUAAAAAGAUAAAAUAAAAGGUAAUUUAUCCUCUGUGUUUCUGCUGACAACCAGGACUUUUAAAAAAUGCCUUUGGAUACUGGGAAGGGGGCUGGUGGGGGGACUUGUCCACUCACUCCAUCAACCUCAGCAGUUUUACAUUCUGGGAGUGAAAUGGAUGUGGGACGUUUCCCAGUGAUAGACGAUGCCCCCCGGAGGGUUUUGAAGUUAUGGCUGUCACAUUUUCCGUCUGGCACCAGAUUAGGCUGAACAGUUUACCUGUGUAAAGACUGAAUUUACGAAGCAGUUAUAUAAUGAUAGGUGAUGGAGAAAGGGCGAGCGUGUAAACUCUGCAGUAUUGUGGCACAGCAGCACUGAUGACACUUAAAGGAAUAUUCCGGCGCAAAAUUAAUUUAGGGUCAAACAAAAAAAAAAAAAAACUAAAUCCACUUCCAUGAGAAUCAGUUUCUGGAAAACUGACAAUUGCACAGCCUGACUCUUGGUGGGAAAUUGUUGCCUGGUUGACCCGAUUCACGCAACUACUGGAGCUGAAUUGCCAUGUCCGCAGUAAAGCUGUGGAGUUUGAAGGUGCUGCUAAGUAAAAAAAACAAGUAAAGUUCCAGAGAAACUAGUCACCAAAUAACCCAUACUAAAGAGUGGUCUCAGGGUCAAGUUACUCUUUAAAAUUAUUUGCAGGCCGAGCUCACAGUGGGAAAUAUGAGCAGAUAAACACAAACCAGAACGAGGACAUUUUUCAGACGCAGACUCGGCAGACGUCCUUCGUAGCUCUCCCAGAAACAUGCAUGUGUUUGCUGACGUGUAUUUUAUUCUCUGGGUCAAGGCUCUGCUGCUCACGCUGACACACAUCAUCACUCCUCGCCGCCGCCGCCGUGAUGUCAGCUUAUCCAGAAUGCACUAAGUGUGGGUGUUUUAACAAGCACCUUUAGACACGCACACAAGCACUUAACUGUGUUCUUUUGUCUGCCUUACCUAUCACUGAUCCACCUACACGCUAUUCUCUCUUUGGGUUACAGGCAGAUGGGCUUCCCCUCCUUCUCUCUCUCUCUCUCUCUCUCUCUCUCUUGCUCUGUAUCUGUCUGCCUCUCUCGCCCCGUCUGUUCCUUCAUUAUGCCUUUGCACCGUAAACAUUUCAGUCACACUUAGUUGAAGCGCUGGUUGAUUUAUUUAGCGCUGCUCCAUGUCUGCCUGCGCACAAAGCUGUCCUCUCCAUCUCUGCCUCCGCCUGUCACUCCCGCUCACAUGUACACACUAACACAUAAACACACGACAAACACACACUCGACUGUCUCCUCUUUUCCAUCUUCGCCUCAUCGCUGCUCCUGUCCUGCUGCCAUUGUGUCCCACCUCUCUCUCUCACAGCCUCAGAGCUUAUCUUAUCCGAAGGCUGUGCUUGAAUACAGCCUCCCCCUGCUCUCCUCUGCUCGCCAUCAAGUCAGAGUGACGAAUGGUUCGCUCCCUAUGACAUAUUUGAUUUUUAGAGAUGCGGGAUUCUCUUUUCAUUUAUUUCUACCUUUAACAGAUACAGAUGCCACACCUGAACAAUGUCUGAACAAUGUGUGGAUGACAAACGACCAAAUUUGGCGCAGUGCGAGCGCGAUGCCCUUAAGCGUGAAGGUGGAACCGUCACAUACGAGCCGGCUAAUUGCUGCUAAUUGGUGACAUGAUGUCGCUAACAGUCGUUUUUAAAUCUACGAGCUGUGACCUUACUUCUGUAUGUCAUUAGCGUUUGAAUUUAUCCCAAUUAGCGUCACGUGUGCUCAAUCAGUCAAAGAAGCAACGUGCGAAAGGAACCUUGAACAAAACGCUCAAGAGCAGGAAGUACAAACUUCAAGUACAAACAUACUUCACAGCUCUAAAAACCUUCAUUGUUUUUUUUUAUAUUUAACAGGCUCUGAUGUUUAAAGCAACACUAACAGAGUAAACACGGUUUUAUUUUAUGAAUUGCAUCGUGUAAGAUCAAUCUGGCUGUGUGCAUCAUGAACUGUAGCUCUGAACGUAGGCAGUGAGACCUCUGUUGGCGUACGCUCAGUGGGAAGUUUACCUCGACUUGCAGUUUUAAUAUUUAACACAAAAUGCAUUUUUAAUGAAGUUUCGGGAGAGGACAUGGCGAAGAGCAACCUUCACUUCCAAGGGAGGUCCAACUUCCAACUGCACUUACGCCCGUGGAGGUUUUAACUGCGCCCAUGUUCACGGAGGCUUGUUGUGUCUUUAGUCUGCUCGAUAAAUUAAGCCGAUUAAUGGCAUUUUGGCACAAUCAGCAUCACAUCGGCAUCGGCCCUCACAAGAGACAUUUCACUGUUAUCUUUCCAACUCAAUUUUCUAUGUCCCUAAUGACACUAUUUCUAUGCAUCACCAUGUUGUCUCUAUAACUUUUGUUACGUCAUCAAUAAAACCUCUUUUAUGCAAGGCUCCCCAAAGAAUAGAAUUAAAAUUAAAGCGUUUUGAAACAGAUGUUGUGAUUUCUGAGCGGCUUCAUAAAGAUAAAACAGAUAAAACAGAUUUAAAAAGGAGGCAAAGACCUUAGCGAGGGGUUAAACCUACAGUACUUUGACAUUUCAAUUAUUCUUACACACUUUACUGCAAAGAGUAAUCACUUAUAAUGAAUGAAGCUCAAAUGUGAUCUUCAUAAGCAGCACAGCAGCACUCUCUCUCCCUCUUUCUCUAUCUCUCUCUCUGUCCUCUCAUUAGUGCACAUUGGCAGGUGAGCGACUGACCGUGGUUAUGUGAAAACUCUGAGUCUGUCAUCAAACUCUGUCCCAACACCUCUAUGAGUGCAGCAGGGCUAAAACACUGUAGAAACAAACAAAACAAAUGAAAUUGAUGUCAAUCUGAUCUCUUAAAAAUGUAAAAAAUUAAUGCACCAUGUAUGAAAAAUCAAUCCUUAAUGAGCCGUGGAAACGCAGACAGCGGUAGUACACACUGUAGACACACUGGGCUCCACAAAUCCAAUAAAAAGAGCAUCUCUUGUCUUUAAAGGUCAAACUUUCAUUCUUAUUUUAAAUCGCCUGUUCUGAUUUAAGUACAGCUCAGUGGUUAAGCUAAUUAAACGCUCUCCUUUUGUCCGUGUCUGUCAGCAUGAGUGAGAGAUGAGCUCAAGUUUCCCACUGUCCCUCAGCUACUGUUAUAUGAUAAUUGGGGAGGUAAAUGAAGCCACCCACUGUACCAACAUAGGCAGGUUUCUAAGCCUGUACUUUUUAGAUUUUGACAACAUGGCAUCAUGAAAAGUUUGCAGAAUGACUCAUCAAAUUAUUGAUACUGUAAUACAUAAAGUUAUAAAAAUGUUAUUAAGUCCUUUAUAACGUGGAGACUUGGACUUGUCCUCAGUCCUCAGUUGUAAAAAGGUAGAUUCCCUUUCUGGGUCGGAGGGGAGGUCCUGUAUCAAGUGGAGGAGUUCAAGUAUCUUGGGAUCUUGUUCAUGAGUGAGGGUAGGAUGGAGCAAGCAACAGGUGGCAUCAGCAGUGAUGCAGACGCUUAACCGAUCUGUCGUGGUGAAGAAAGAGCUGAGCCGCAAGGCGAGACUCAAUUUAUCGGUCGAUCUACAUGCCUAACUGUUCAGCCUAACCUAUGGUCAUGAACUUUGGGUAAUGACCAAAGGAACAAGAUCGCGGAUACAAGCGGCCGACAUGGGUCUCCUUCGCAGGGUGGCUGGGCUCAGCCUUAGAGAUAGGGUAAGGCGCUAGAACUGCUGUUCCUCCACCUCGAGAGGAGUCAGCUGAGGUGGCUCGGGCAUCUGGUUAGGAUGCCUUCUGGACGCCUCCUGUUAGAGGUGUUCCAGACAUGUCCCACCGGGAGGAGACCUUGUGGCCGGCCCAGGACCAGGUGGAGGGAUUAUAUCUCUCGCCUGGCCUGGGAGCGCUUGGGAAUCCCCCCGGAGGAGCUGGUGAAAGUGGCCAGGGUGAGGGCCGUCUGGGCUUCCCUCCUGAAGCUGCUGCCCCCACGACCUGGACCCAGAUAAGCGGAAGCAAACAACAACUUGGGCUUGUAGUUAACUGGGACUCAGAACAAUCUCUCUCACUUGUUAGUUUGUUAGUCGUGGUUUCUCUCAUUCCGUCCCUUGGCUUUUCAGACACACUCCUGCCACCUCCUGCUCCUCUCCCUGCUCUCUUCUCUCCACCUGUGGCUGCCUGAUAGUUUUCACCACUGUUGCACAAGUGGGAACCACAACUUCUUGGUGCUCCCAAAUUUUGUCAUAUGUCUGUCUAUUUUUUCCCUGCUAGUCCAUUCAUAUCAGCUGUUUCUGACACAAACUUCCUCCUCAUCGCUCAGGUCUUUUACUUUUCCACCUCUGCCUGAUCUUUCUUUCUUCAUUCAGCCUCCUCAAUAUCUCUGUCAUCAUAUUUCCUUCUCUUUUGCUCGAGGGUUUCUUGUCUAGACGUCUUAUUAAAGUAAAUAACAAGGACCGACCAGCAGUGACGGAGUAAUAUAGAUAGCUUCAGGGUCUUUUCCUUUAUGAGCUCCCUGUUUGUGUGUCCGUGCCUGGAAAUGUGUGAAUUCAUGAAUCUGCGCGUGUCAUUUACAUUUUCUAAUUUGUUUUAAGCGAUUACCUUCACAUUGAGAGCAGUCGGGUCUUAUCUCGCCGCCGUAUUAGAGAGCGAGUCGAGUCCUGAGCAGGUCAGUGAGGCGUGAAACUGGGCUGAAUGCAAAUACUCUUAUUGUACACCUGAGAGCAGCAGGCAGCAGAGAGAGGGAGCAUGUUUGUGUGUGAUUUCACCCGGUGUAAUUGAAAUUCGGGACGGUGUGACCCACAAUGCCAUCCUAUUGGACCAUUAGGUGUGCAGCAGAGCGCUUCAGCUUCAUGUUCCUUCCACUGACUGCGGUUUAACUCUGCCAACCAAUAGCACCUCCACCUUUCAAUAAACAAGAAAAGCAGAUCCUGCCAUCAAUAUGUUUUCCCAUUUCCUCUCCUCUCUCUCUAAAUUGGCUCAACUUUGCCCGCCAAGCUGAAGAAAUGUCCCUCACGGGGGAUUCAAGGGCAGCUUUCUGAACCUCACUGUGACAGGGUGAAGUCAGAGUCCAUACAGAGGAAAAAAUAGCCUGACAGCAGCGGUGAGGUACUUAUUUUUACUAUUGAUCCAUUACCUACCUACAAAACCAAGCUUAUACUCAACCCUGUGUAUCCCUCAGUAUUUUAAUCUGUUGGCCGCUCUUACUGAAACACUUGUAACUCCUUCAUACAGUCUGUUUGAUAUAUCAUGUAGAUUAUCAGGGUACACCCCUGAACACGUCUAUUCAUAGCGCCCCUCUGUGAUAACAUAGGGUGCCAACUGUUUCACAUUAUGUUUGGUCAUAGUUGUAAUAAUGAUGCCAACCCCUACUUACUGACUUUGUUCAUAAUCAUAAUGCCAUUUACAGAAGACAGGUGGUGUGAACUUCCAUAUAAGUUUUUAAAAGGCCUUAGUUUUCAUUCAUGUACCAUUAUGAAGAGCUCUACUGAUGGUAAUUUUGUCCAGUUGUAGCCCCUGUACUGGGAAAGACCAGGCUAUGCUGUUUGCUGCCUGGAGCUGUAAUUUUGAAUUUUGUUGUUUAAAGGGAUAUUCCGGCGUAAAAUCAAUUUAGGGUCAAACACAUCUUAACACUGAGUUAGACACCCCCUCGAGAGAUGAAUGUUGCCGACCACUUGCUUCUCUGGUUUUACCGACUUAAGUAACAACCACACAAUAGCAAUACACACCGGUCUGAGGAGCCACAAACAAACCUCAACCAAAAAGCCAUUCUAUAGCUACAAAUAAUGCUCAGAACAGCAGCUAACUUCAUCAACAGUACAUAUAGGGUCCCAGCCAUAGUACUAGCCACCAAACAUCUUUUUAACUUUGCCUAAUUUCUUUAGCAAAGAGACUAAACACAACUCUCCCAAUCUCUUCCAGCAGCUGCUUGUUUGUAUCGAGACCUCAGGCUAGUCCAUUACGGGGUGACACAGCUCAAGGAAGAACAUUUAUGAUCAUUUCUUCAUGAAAAUGCAAUCAGACCGAGAUGCUAAGGCAGAAGAACUACUGCGUCUGCAGUGCAAAAUGGCGAAUAUGGUGAUUAUUACUUCAAGGAAAUUGUAAAGAAAUGUGUAUUGCUAUCGUGCGGUCAUUACUAACGUUGGUAUAACUAGAGAAGCAAGCAGUCGGCAACAUUCUUCUCUCCACGGGGUGUCUAACCCAGUGUUACGAUGUGUUUGACCCUAAAUUAAUUUUACUGACUGAGACCAGGUGUCACAAAAUUGCGGUGCGAGUGUCCUCUUCCUCCCCCUUCUCCUACCCAGAAUGCUUUUGCAGCAGAGAGUUUGCUGGCUCCUUUAAGCAACUGCUGGGAAAUAUUCAGUAGAACAUCUCUCCCAGCAUUUAUACUGUUGUAUACUAGUUGCAGCAGUGAACAGGGCGUCCUAUUCACCAGAUUCAGUGGUAUUAACCUUGAGCACACAGUAAAUCAUAUUGCAGAUGCAUAUUAAUGUCUUGCACAUAUAAAACUACUAUUUUUUGCAUCUAAAGUAUAAACUUGUGAGUGCGAAAGAUAGAAUUUGUGACUUUUUGGAAUUUUUAAGGUCUCUGUACUUGCUAAAAGUUUUAGUGAGACCUAAUUUGAGCACAUUUUGUCAAUUGUUCACAGCUUUUAUCACAUCAGAUGUCACCUUUUUUACAGGAUUUAAUUAUUCUAUCCAUUUUUUUAAGCACGAGUUUUGAAGCAAUUAUUAUUUAGCAUGCUAAGCUGAUGCCAAAGCUUUCCAAUUAUUUUGCUUAUGUAUUAUUUUUACACAACUUUAUCACAGUAUUACUCAGGGGUGACAACUGAUUUGAUAAGUGAAUUAAUUUGAAGUUAAAUUAUUCUUGACAGUCUCAACAACACCCUCUUGGUAAAUGGACUCAGGAAGGACUUAGUUUUGAACCUGUGUUGAUAACUGUGUGUAUGAUAUACCACUUUCCUUUCUUUAUGGCUGGACUGACAUUGUUUAAGGUUAUCUAUAAACCCUCUCACUGUAUUGAAUGACAUUUCUGUCCCCUAUGGCAUCAUUGUGCUCAGGCUGUCCCCGCGGUGACGAACCGUUCAGAGUAAAGAUUUUUCAAUACAUUUGCCUUCUGGGGAGUCAAGAGCAUCUCACCUCCGUCUAGAAGAGCGUGUCACCACAGUGGUACUUAUUUCCAUGGUUACCGUGAUCCAGGAUGGCCUAUGAAAGCGUGCCUCCUGCAGACAUCGUUGUGUGCUCUCAUUACCGCCCUGCGUGCGUCCUAUCCAGCUGUGAGAGAGGCAGAGAGGGACGCAGGGGGGAGCGAGACGACAAUGUAGAGCUUGCGACAGAAAGAUGCAUGUAUUAAGAGUAAAAAUACCGAGGAGAAACUGGAACAGGAGGGGAUGAAGGCGGUGGGAGGGAUAGAGAGUAGCUGAGGAUGUGCGAGGCCUCCCAAGAGAGAGACUUAAUGACAACGGAGGCUCGGUGAUGAAACCACAGCAGAGACACGGUUUGUGCUGAGUGGAGAAGAAAAUGUUCAAAAGACACUGAGAAGAACAAACCAAGUCUUAAGAAACGCUUUGAGUGUUAAUUGUUCAGUUCAGGGAGUUUUGCUUGUAAUCUUCACAGCAAAACCAAACUUAAAAGUUUAGAGUACAGGAAAAGAGUUUGUAUUGAGAGCAAAAGCAGGCUGAAUGUGAUGACACCCCAGCUCCGAUCUGCAGAUGCAUCAAUGAGAGUUUUUGAUGGUUUGAUUAUAGGCUAACAACUAUUGUGCAUUUAUGAAUGUCACGUAAGAUCAUUUGAACAUGCUUUAAUAAUAUAAAUCCUAGUCCACACAUAGACAGACUACAUUUUCUCUGCUCUUACACUCAGUUUGAUGAGGACUUGUUAUAGUAGCUUAAAUGUUAUUUGUUUCAUAUUGCAGUGGGUUUAAAAACAUGCCAUAAUCCUCCAAUCCCUCCUGUUAAUAAGUGCUUUUCACUCUGUGCUAAGAGCCAAAGAAUAACACAACCAUAAGCUGCAUUUUCUAUGAGUCAUGUUAAAGUCUGCAGAGAUUAUUGAAUCAUAAAAACACUCAAUGGUGAGUCGCCUUGGCUGUAUUAAUUUGACAUCUCAAUUGGCAUUUAUCUGGUAGUUUUUGGUGAAUUAGCCACAAGACGUCACAUUGAAUUGGCAGUUGUAGUGGUGAAGCCCUCGGAGAUGCCUUCUGAGAUUUUCAAGGGAAAGUAAUGAGCACAAAGAAAUGAGGAAGCAUCUUGAAACAGUUAAAGUAUAAAAUACAGUUUCUCUCCUCUGGGACUGAGUUAUUUACAGAGCAAAGUUUGUAUCCUGUGGCGUACAAAGAAAGAAGCUGGAGGGAGGGAUAAUGAAAGAACAUGCCUCCAUUUCAGAGGUCUGCUGGAGGUUGUUACUGUGGGAAUUCGGGGAAUAAUGUCCAUUGCAAUCAUUUCAGUGAUUUUUUUUUUUUUAAGUGGCUUUCAGAACAGGAUUAUUAUUCUUGGACAUUAAAUCUCUUUCACUGGAUGUUCCUCUUUCUGCUCUGCAAUCAGUCCCCUGCUGGGAUUUGGGGAUGGAGGUCAAACUUAUCUGAUUAAACCACUUGUUAAACCCUCUUACAGAUUUUCUACUCGGCUUUCUUACCCUGACCGCACAAAUAUACGGCUACGAUUAAGUAAUUGAAGGAAACAGCUGGAGAGGAAAAGGUGAUGUGUUAAUGAUGCUUCUUUAUGGCGGCGUUGUGAAACUUUUUAUGAGGUCUGACUGAUGUGUCUGUUAUAAAAUAUACUGUGGAUCCAGAAAUGUUCAGGUAUUACUUUUAGGAUACAGAGAAGUCUUGGAAAUCAACAUCAAAUUAAGUCGAAUACUUUCUGCUUAUUGAUUUGACUAAAGUUAGUGUACUGGAUUGAUUUAAACUGUAUCCAUAGCAACAGUCCGUUCUUCACAGCAUCAAUCUGCUCUCAAGAAAUAACAGACUGUCGCUAUAAAAGGGUACUUUGUAACAGCCAAUCAGAAGCAAGUGCUCAACACAACCAAGUAAUUAUGUCAAUCAAGUUUUUUUUUUUUUUUUGGGCCAUUUUUGCAAAUCUUAAAACAUUUUGCUUUUGUUUGUUUGUUUGAUUUUGUCUGACUAUGCAAUAUCUUAGUAUUUCUUACAUUUCCUUUUUUAACUUGAUUUAAACAUGAUUAGACAUUGAUGUUCUGUAAAUAGUAGAAGACCAUAGUCACAGUUUGUUUUUGUCCUUUUCAGAUUUUUCACACCAGAUCCUCCGCAAAAGCAAACCUAUUUUUUCUUUUAGCCUUUUUUCUCUCCCUCAUUAUACAAUAAGUACAAAUACACAUGUUAUAUGAGGUCUAAAAACUUUUCAGCAGAUGAAGUCUUAUCUGACUUCUUCUUACUCUGCAUGUGUGUGCAUGAGCACUAAAGAGGUCUAUAUAGGAUUUCCUGUGAGACUGGUCUGCCUUCGAGGACCUGGAACACGAUGGUCUAUAUAUAGCAUUAUCUGUGAGUAUGUGUGUGAGAAGGAGCAGAGACAAGUGUCAGUACUUAAAAAAAAAGAAAGCCUGUGUUGCAUAUGGAUGGAGGUGUUUCUAUGAGACAGAUUCCAUGCUGCUAAUGAGUUUGAGGCUGAUAGGAGGUACUCGUUGUGACAAAUAGCUCUUAUAGAGGAUGUCGUAUAUGUAGGACAGCAUGAAAAGUAUGCUGCUCCUCUAAGUGUGUCUGUGUGUGUGUGGAUGUUUAUGUUUUAAUGGUGGCAGAAGUCCAGAAAGAGGGGGACUUGUUCAUUAUUUGUCCUAAGUUAAACUGGUCUUCCUCUGUUGAUAAAGUCAGUGCUGUUGGGUAUUUUUAUCCGCUGUGUUUCUGCAGAAAUUCAUCAAGUCUUCUGCGGGUCAAGAGUGUCAAGUGUUCCAGGGAAAGCAGAGGCUCCUUGUUUGUAUCAUUUGUAUUUAUACCAAAGCAAGAUUGUUCUUGAUUUAGGAUGAUAUUGGACAGUAAAAUAAAGUAAAAAAGUGUCAUGUCCCGGUGUGACCAGUCUGCUUGCUCAUUGUUGCCUGGCAUGACUUUGAAAUGGGCCUCCACAAAUUGCUCACAGUGUCUGUUUCCCACACGGACCACAUUUUGUCAGCCAGGAAGAAAUCAUAGAGGACAUUUAUCAAACUUUCUCCAUUAAAAACACACCCCAGAGGGCAACUAAUCACAAGUUCAGAACUGGAAGUGCAACUUUUCGCCUUUUAGGGCAAGUUAAUACAUUUUCACCACUGUAAUGCAGAAAUAGACUACAGUUUCUCAUGUUCUCAUGUGUAGGGUGCAGUACAACAAAAGUUUUCUCUGCUGAAAUAGACACCUAAUCAGGAAUGUAUAUGUUAUCCAAGGAUAAUGCACUUAUAAAUGAUAAUUUUCUCUACUAGAUGUGCAAAAUAGAGGUCACUUGAUCACGUUUUCUCCUAAAGCAGGGCAUCUUCUAAAUCUUGUUUUCUCCACUGGCCUGUCAUGUCACUGUCAGGCACUUUAGAGGGAACUUAAAAAAAGUUUUCUUCACUAAGAAGUUAGUGCAAGAGGCAUCUUUUCAAAUUUAGGUCACACAAAGUCUAGGUAAGAUCCAUGGCGAUACUGUAACAUCCCUAUAAUGGGCACAUUUCUCACAAGAAAUAUGAUCUACACAAGUACGUAAUCAUGUUUUCACCACUAGCAGGGCAACUUCCUGGACAUGGGAGGGAAUCUUUUUUACAUUUUCUCCACUGAAAGUGCAGAAAUAGACUACAGUUUCUUAUUUUUUCCUGUGUAGGGCGCAGUACAACAUAGGUUUUCUUUGCUGAAAUUGAACCUAAUCAGGAACGUCUAUGUUAUCCAAGGGUAAUGCACUUAUAAAUGAUAAUUUUCUCUACUAGAUGUGCAAAAUAGUGGUCACUUGAUCAUGUUUUCACCUAAAACAUUUUAGGAGAAAAUCUUGUUUUCUUCACUGACCUGUCUCGUCAGUGUUAGGCACUUCAGAGGGAACUUAAUGAGGUUUUCUCCACUAGAAGUUAGUGCAAGAGGCAUCUUUUCAAAUUUAUAUCACACAAAGUCCAGAUAAGAUCCAUGGCAAUACUGUAACAUCCCAAUAGUGGGCACAUUUCACACAAGAAGGAUGAUCUACACAAGUACGCAAUCAUGUUUUCACCACUAGCAGGGCAACCUCCUAGAAAUUGUGGUAGAGGCACUGUCAAGUUUUCUCUUCUAAAGGGCUAUCAAUCACAUUUUCUUCUCGAUAGGCACUAAAUCAACAGGUUUAGGGUACCUUUUGACCUUUCCUCCCUUAGAAAGGAGCAUUUGGCAUUUUGCCGGUAUAGAGAGCCCUUUACCUUUUGAUUUUAAUGAUAUUUUAUAACUUCACAUUUUUUUACUGCUUUGAGGACAAUCUUUUAGAGCCUUAUGUAAUGGAUAAAAUGGGUGAAGGUAUUUUAUUCAGUAAGUAGAGACAGUUUUCUGCCAUAGCCACAUAAAUAUGAGUAGAUUUAGGCCUCAAUUUCAAACCCGUUUGGCUUUCUCUGCAGAAAAAUAAUUCAAGGAUGAGGACAGCUGACAGACUGAUUUGGCAAAUGUGUGUCAGAUUAGCCUCUCAGCUCUCAGCCACGUCCCUGAGCUUUUUCAAUGGGAUGUUUCUGGCUCUGUCUUCCUCACAGUGAAGGAGAGAGUCCCAGAGGAGGCUGAUGCAGCAGAGCUAACAUGGAAAAGGCAGGAUUUUGGAUUUUUGUACAGUCAAAAUGUAUAAAUGUUUGGAUGUGAGUCAUUCAUCACCGGAGUUUACAGCUAAUGAUGUCUCAUGUUCUUGAAAAACUUAGUGUGCGAUGCUUAGAUUAAAUAAAAACAAAAAGACAAAUGAAUUAAUAGUUAUAAAGGAGUUAACUCAUCGGUUUGGUCAUGUUGCAUGCUGACUAAAAGUUAUUUUCUUUUACUCUCAUGGAUUGUUGUUGUAGCGUUCCCCAGUUGCUCUCCAAAACACACCCAUAAACACACACAUACAUCCUGUGGGCUGACAGGGUCACACACAGUAUGUUUAUAUUUGCAUGUGUGUGUGUGUGAACUGUUUGGAGCACAUUAAUGAAAGAAAAAGUCAGUGUUCAUCCGAGAAGUUCCUGCUGUGUGUUGUGCCCUCUGUUUGUGUGUUUGCAUCUGCUUUACAUGGAACUGACCUCCUGUCCCGCAUUCAUCAGAACAGUGUGUGUGUGUGAGUGUGUGUGUGCAGAUGUGUGUAGAUGUGUACAGUCUUUAGUUUGUUAUAUAAGAAGAUUAUGUUAUAUAACAUUUUGGUUUUUGAUUUUUAUUUCAAAAGCAGAUCAAAUAAGCAAUUUGUGUUUCAUAAUGGGUGUCAUUCUAUACAUACAGUGUAUCUGUGUGUGUGUUUGUGUGAGUUUUUGUGUGCGUUUGUGUUAACAUACCAUUAGCGCUGAAGCUAGAAAGCCUCAAGCAUCCACCUACAACCCCAGGGUGUUUUUUUCCUGUUGUUUUUGUAUCCCAGUUUGCACCCGGGCAUGCACAAACGCACACACAAACACAUGCACACACAAACACAUGCACACAUACAAAGAAGCACAGAUACACACAUGAACACACAGUCCUGCAGUUAGCACAGGCUGUGCAGGGUGAGGCACACACAGCUGGACGCUCAGUCUUUCUCUGCUCCCCUCACUCUCUCUCUCUCUCUCUCUCUCACACACACACACGCGCGUGCACACACACACAGCCUUAAAUCCCUGUCAAUCAUCGUGCCUGCUGCUUCCUCUUUCAGUCAGAUCUGCAGCUCUGUUGGAAACGGUCUGAACUGUUAACUCCACGUCCAAACACACACUCGGUUGAUCCGGUUUCAACAAAUUCAAGCGAACAAAAACAACAUGCACAAGUCUGGUGCUGCGCAAAGAACACAAACACACUCAGACACUACUACCUGGCAGGUGUAAGAAUCACUGUCUGUAAAUAAACCCACUGACUUGCCCUGAUGUCUUGGUCGUCUUCAUGUAGUGACUCCACAGAGGCUGACAGUAGAGCUGCACUGUGAAAAUCCGUCAGGUCAAAGUAAAUCAUCAUUCGGUUGUCCUCAAAAGAGUCCUGUCAUCCUGACCCUCCAUAAAUUGUCAAGCAGAGUCUUAAAGGGAUAUUCUAGGGUAAAAUGGAGUUAGGGUCAAACACACCGUAACACCGAGUAAGACACCUUGUUCAGAGAUGAAUGCUGCCGACCGCUUGCUUCUCUAGUUAUACCAACUUUAGUAAUGACCACACGAGUCCAUCGACUGCAGCGGGGUGACACAGCUCAAGGAAGAACAUUUAUUAUCAUUACUUUAUCGUUUCCUUGAAGUAAUAAUCACCAUAUUAAUCAUUUUGCACUGCAGACGUGGUAGUUCUUUUGCCUCUGCGUCUCGGUCUGAUUGUAUUUCCACAAAGAAAUGAUAACUUGCCUGGAGGUCUUGCAACAAACAAGUAGCUGCUGGAAGAGAGUAGGUGAAUUGUAUUUAGUCUCUUUGCUAAAGAAAUUAGGCAAAGUUAAAAAGGUGUUUGGUGGCUAGUACUAUGGCUAGGACCCUAUAUGUACUGUUGAUGAAGUUAGGUGCUGUUCUGAGUGUUAUAGAGUGGUGUUUUGGUUGAGCAUGAGGCUCUCUGUAUUGCUAUCUGUGGUCGUUACUAAAGUUGGUAUAACUAGAGAAGCAUGGGGUCGGCAACAUCCAUCUCUUGAUGGGGUUGCUAACUCUGUGGUAUGGUGUAUUUGACCCUAAGUUAAUUUUAUGCUGGAAUAUCCCUUUAAAGUGUUGUUGUAUUUGGAUUUUUGAAUCACUUUCAUGCAGUUGAGCAGCAGCGUUUCAUUUCUGCAGAGAAAACACAACCAGUGUUGACAUCGGCGUCUUGUGACCUCAGUCUAGCCGGGAUGUGUUUCAGUUUUUAUGUCACACACUCCUGGACGUACUGCUCCACUAACCUCCAUCCCUCUACCUCUCACUCCAGCCGCUCUGUUUCUCUUUCUUUCCCUGUCUCACUGGCUAUCCUCUUCUCCAACCUUCCUGCUCUGAAUCUUGUUCAAGAAAUAAUAAACGACAUUUAUCAUGAUCAGUUUCUCAUUCCCUGUAUCACCUCCGCCCAUCUACUCUCUGCUGUCACUUCACCUCCUUUAAAAAACACGUCCCUUCGUCUCUCUCCCGCCCUCCGUCAUUUUGACACUGAUUCGGUUUGAGGAUCCCUGCAGCUCCAGUCCAGAGAGGAUUAACUGAAAAGAUGAUUAACUCAGAUCUACUUGAUUAGCGACGACUUCCUAUAAUGAAAUCCAGUCGAGCACAAAUCGCAGCGUCAUGAUUCAAGGUUGCACAGGGUGUCAAAAACCAAAAAACGUCCUGCACCAGAGGCGACCCAUCUGAGCAUGUUUAAAUUGAAGACAUCCAUUUUUCAGUCAUGUUGAGACAUUUCUCUGAUAUUAAAAUUCAUAUCCUUCAGCCAAGGGCUUUGCUUUUUAUCAGAUUAAUUAAAAUAUCCAUUGAUAAAGGAGUUUGUGUUAUGGUUUGUGUGGCCUCAGUUCAGUGUUUUCUUUUCAUGCUGUUGAAAACUUCUCUUAUAAAAUCUCUGAAUAUGCAUGAGCAUCAGUCCAGAGUAUUAUUCACUUUAUAGGCUUCUUUCAGGCGCCCAAACACGCGGAAAUUCAGCUGAUUAGAAAUCUUUUGGGCCUUUUUUUCCCAUAAAUCCUUGAGAUUUACUGCAGGGUCAUCACCUCUUUGUGGAUUGUUCUCCCUCUUUUCACUGAGCUCUGUUUUUCCUUUAAUGAGACUAAAAUCUGCAGUUCCAGCGAUUAUUAGCUGCCACCUGGCAUUGAUCUCACCUGCUCAAAGAGACCAAAUAAACACAAAAACGCCGGUCUCUGGGUUCAUUUCAAUUACUGCAAACAUGUUCAGUGUCAGUGGGCUUUUACAAAACGUCAACACUAUAAACAACCUGUUUUAAAGCCAAUGCAGAACUGAAACGGGUAGAAAACUGAAGGAAAACCUGCAAAGCUGAUCAGCUUCAAGUAAAAUAUAUCCUCACUUUGGUGUAUUUGAAAUGUAGGGCUGCCAAUAUAAUUUUUUUUUUGUGUUUUGAUGUGUCCUCUUACUGUUUACACACACAAAGCGCAAGUAAAAUCAUUCGCGCGACUGAAUUACAUGUUAAGUCAAUGCAAAGAUGCGAUAAGACGCUCGUUGUUGUACUCUGGAGGCGUGAAUGACGCGAAUUGGACGGAAGCUGAAAAUGUCUCAACUGAAGACAGUAUUGACAUCGCGAUAACCAAUCAGCAUGAAGGUUGCCGGAUGAUGGACAUUUGUUCACCGGUAUCUAAAAUGGAGGACAAACUGACAGUGUCGGUGUGUGGGUGCACUGAAUUAUAUGAUACCUUUUCCUUCAAUUACCGAAACUGGAAUAAAAAGGAGCUCGUCUGAAGGCAAAUGAAUGAGGAGGUCGGAUUACCUGGUAAAUUGUAAAAAACCUUUGUCUAUCACUUGAUCCCGCCAGUUGAGUUGGCAGGGAUUACCGGUGAUGUGCAGAUGAAACAAGUAAAUACUAUUCAUUCAUGCGUCUAGAUUCAUGCGAAUUACUCGCACUUGGUGUGAGCGCACCAUACAGUGCCACAAUCAUCAACUCCCAGAAGUCCUGAUUGUGUUAUUCACAGCAUGUGGAGACAUAGAUUAUGUAGUAUAGCUGGGUGAUCUGUGGGCUCAGGUAUUGUGAACAGGUUUCUGAGAUUUGUGUGUUGGAUAAUGGACAUGAAUUUUGUUUUCUAAUGGUAGCAGAAGUCUCUCAGGAUUUAAGCUCAGAUAGAGUUUUGGAGGCCGCAUUUGUGUCACUUUCACCUGUCAGGACCUGUUGUGCUAAUUUAUCAUUACAUCAUCUGUAAACAAAGUUGUGAGAACAAGAUAAUGCCACAAAAGUUUGACCCGACUUCAUUGAAAAAAGACCAAAAAGGUGUAAAAAAUUAACAAUAUGAAAACAUUUGCUAAAAGACAGCAUUGCACAGCUCUUUGUCUUUUUUAAUGAUCGAAUUGUUCUCUGUUCUGGUCAACACUUUUUCUCGGCACAAACUGAAAUGUAGCACUGAAAACGAGAAAAAUUUAAUGGUUUCUUGUUACAUGGUCUCAAAGCUGGAUUUUUGUUGCUGGGAAAGUUGAUUUAUGACCUUUAAAAAGAGCACAGCACAAAAACAAACUCUCAAAAAAUCCAUGUCCUGCAUUCAAGUGUAUUUCCCUCAUAUGUCCCUCUCCGGGGCGUAUCAGGACACAUCAGUCUAUAAAGGCUGACAGAUUUGUGGUGUCUGGGCGACCUCAGAAAGUGGAAUAAGUGAAAUGAAUAAAAUGCUUCUUGGUGGUUAGUUAUACAUGUACAGUGCAUCUCUCCUGAGACAACUGAGAAUAAACACAGUCUAAGAGCUUCGGCCUCAACUGCGACCUCACAUACAAAAUUUCUGAAGACAUUUCAGCUCGUUUGUUGGGUUUGUUCCUCCAGUUUCAGAAUUAAAAAAGGAGAAAAAUAAACCUUCCUCUUCACUUCAGGGUUCUGGGUCCUUCUGCCCAUUUCUGUGAAGAUUUCCAAACUUGGACUCUUUAGAAAUGUUCGCUGUCCUCCUGAGACCUCAGCGUCUCUCUUUUUGUUGUUCCUUGUGUUUAUCAGCUCAGCUGCUCUCAGUCCUUCCUCUAUCUCAAGGCCUUUUCUUUUUUCCCCUCUCUCUGUGAUAGUAAGGGUCAUCCUCCCUCUAUCUCUCCUCUAUUUUUCAUUAAAUCCCCUCCUGACUCUCAUAUCCUUUCUCCCUCUUGUUUUCAUGUUUACUUCGAAGUUUUUAGGGUUGUAACUUCACAUUUGAACAGAAAUAGUGAGAAAAACAGCUUUAGAUGCAGUAUUUAUACCAAAAACUUUGAUUUUUUGGUCGUUUUCUGCGUUUUCCUCUCCCUUUGCAUGUGUUUAGCUUUUAGCGCUCUGUUUAUCGAGUGCAGCUGCUCUGAUUACGUUUCUUACACCACCUGAAGCCUCAGACGUGAUGAGAUCCUGUCGCUUAUGUUAGCUUUACCCCCUUCAUUCCUCGUUCCUCCUCCUCCAUCUGCCCUCCUCAUCUCUCAGUCUUUAUAUCACACCCUCACAGACCUCGGUGUGUUUGAUAUAAAGCGAUAACUUCACACAAACACCUUUUUAAAAAAACAACACAUGCAUGAAGCCUCACAAAGCUCCCCCGUCAUCGUAAAGGCGUUUCACAGCAGAUAGUGUCAGUGACUCUGCAGCUGUGCAGAGGGCAGCUGGCUCCAUGUUUGACCUUGCCGUUUUGAGUCAUGUGAUCAUAAAUCCCUGACUUGUUUGUGCCGUGGCGAACACACACGCACUCGGCACACCUGGCACCGUGAUAAUCAGCGCUCUGAAAUUGAAAUGAGAGCCUGUUUUGAUUUUGACAUCAAAGUUUCAGACCCGGGGUUCGUUAGUUUGAGUCUCCGGUGUUUUUCUGCAUCAGGUGUCUCACAUUAGCAUUUAGCAUCAGAGAUUUUUGUCACCUCAGCGCAGUUUUACUCCCACGCUGCUUUGAUGUAGGGAAACAAAGUUCACCCACACUGAUGUUUGAAAAUGACACUUCAGAGGAAAAUUUCGGUGAUAAAACCUCUGAACUCAGCAAAGAAAUCAUCCUCCAGCGUCUACACCGGUGUCUUUGCUCAUUUUAAUAUCAAGUCUUUGUGUUUUGUGAUAUUUAAUGUCCCUAAAAACUGCAAAACACAAACAAAAAGCCAUUUAUAAGUUUACCCAUCAAUAGAUACACGUAAUGCUGAUAUAAUUGUUUUGCUCAUGGCUUGAUACUCUUCAUAUCCCCCAAACAAUUGUACUUUAAGCUCUAAGAAAAUGUAAGGUAGGGCAAUUCAACAUUCUCAACCAGGUCAGAUUUGAAAACCGGGACAAACGACAACAGCUGGUGAAUGAAUCAAAAUUGAAUUUCAAUUAUGAUUGUUUUUUAUCCAGGAUCCUAAAAAUAUGAUAAUCAAGACUGAAUGAUGUUGUGCCACCAGCUGUGUUUCCUCAUUUCAUCCUUUAUGUUGAAUGAAGAGCCCUGGUACAAACUAUCAGUUAGCCACAAGUGGAGAGAGGAGAGCAGGGAGAGGAGAGCAGGAGGUGGAAGGAGGAAGAGGUGGAGGAGGAGGAGGAGGCAGGUGCAUCUGUUUUUGCAUGUGUCUGAAAAGCCUAGAGAAGGAGUGAGCAUUAGGGAUGUCCCGAUAUGAUAUUGAUAUUGGAUAUCAGUCCGAUAUCAGCAAAAAAAAAUGAAUAUCGGAUUAUACUGGCCUACAUCAGAUGCAUUUUUUUUUUUUUGUAGGAUGGUAGGGGAAGGUCCCGCCCUCCUUCCCCUCUGAAUGGCUAGAAGUUCUUGGCUCCGAUUGGUUAUUCCUAAUGGCUGUGAAAUGUCACCCUCUGUCUGGUUCGGGUUAGGGUUAGGGUUAGGGUUAGGAGAUUCAGGAGUGCAAUAAUGCUCUGUAAUGUUCUGUUCGAUGUACAGAGCUGACAGCCUGCGUUUGGCUUGAGUGUGUGAUGACGUUUCCAGCUUUUCUAACUAAUCAGAGGUGAAGGAGGCGGGACUUUCCUCUACGGUCCUACAAAAAAAAAAUUGCCUCCUGGAUCCAGCACACUGAGCCCUAUAAUCACAACAACAGUGUGUACUAAGGUACUAACAAAGUAGCAAGGAGUAGGAAGUCCAAAAAGACGUUGCAGCUGAGUGAAAAACUUGUCGUGCACAAGUUUCUGCCAAUAUCUGAUCAAUAUCUGUAUCGGCCAAUAUUGAAGGCUACAUUAUCAGUAUUGCAUCAGAAGUAAAAUAAGUUGUAUCGGGACACCCCUAUGUAAAAAAAAAAGAGCUAUAGAGAUGAUCAUGCACAAGUGUAAAUGAGGUAAUAACUGUGAGGGUAAAAAGCGAGCGACAUCAAUCUGCAUCAUAAUAAAACAUAAACUCAGUGAAAGUCUGACAUUUGAUUUAGUGAGUAUUAUCAUCAAAAUGAGGUCAAAGCUCUUAAAAUGAACCAUGAGUUUAUGCAUGGUCUCUUUUAUUACCACAUGUGGUUUUUUAAGUCAAUGAUGCUCAGUUAGACAGACAAAACAGUUACUUUUUUUCUGACUUACUCAUGCUGCUGAUGAUUCAGAGGGUCUAAGAUAGUAGCAGUUAUGGUUUUUGCCAUAAUAGAGCAGCAGUAGUGUUUUGUAUCGCUUAUCUGAAAAGAAGAGUCCAAACAGUUUAUGUCUGAUGUGUCUGCAGAGAUGCUACCAAAACCCUGGAUUUUCUCUGUGGUUUGUAUUUUUGUGAAACUCUCCAAUUAUUGCAACUUUUUUCAAAGUUUGUUCAGUUUCUUUCAGGAGACAGUUUGUUUAUCUCUAAUAGAAAACCCAACAUGCAGCUGCAGAUCAAAUUAAGAUCAGUGAUCGAAUUAACCCCGUAAGUUUAGAGAGGAGCACGAGGACCAAUAUGAGGGUGAUAGUAAACAGAUCGAAAACAGGAAGGCUUUCAAGCGUGCACACUGCAGUAACUUUAGUAAAGAAGUGAAACUGAAAGUUGUCCUUUAAAAGAGGCCUCGCAGUGUGAGAAAUGAAAGGUAACUCAGUCUGAAAUCUUGAUGUCUUUGUUGAUGUUUGAACCCAGCAGCCUCUAUGAGUCACCUCCAUCACUCCAGCCAGAGAUAAGAUGAAGAAAACAAACAUCUUCAGCUUGUUUAACGCACCGACUCUUACUCAACUGUGUGCAGUAAAAAAACUUUUUUUUGCACCAAUUAGUCGAGAUGUUAAGGUGCGGAAAUCCUCUUCAGCUGAAACAGGAAAUGGGUGUGACUGAACCGUACGGAUGAUACACACACACACACACCCACACACACGUACGUACGUGCGCAAAAACACACACAUUCUUCCUCUCUCAUCCUCCUCCUCCUCUCUUUGUGUUUAUCUAGGAUGCAAAAAAUAGCGAUUGAUAUUAUUAUGUUUCAUUAUCUCAGUGUGUCCUUCACCUUGUUUCCAAGCAGCAGCUGGAAAACAGACCUGUGGUUGUAACAGUGUGUAUGCAACAGUGUGUGUGUGUUUUUGUGUGUGUGUACUUGCAGACCGGUCAGUGCUCUGACAUUUCUCUUUUGGAUUUUUAGAGAUGGUUGCAUAACGGCUGUCUCGACCAGAGCGAACUGCUGUCGGAACCUUCUGGAGGCAUUUCUGCUGCUUGAGACAGAUUGUCACAGACACACACACACACACACACACACACACACACACACACACACACACACACACACACACACACAUUUUAAAUCACAUACUGUAACAUCUCCCUCCACAGCUGAUUUUGUGUGUAGGAUGCAGCAGGAUAAACCUCUGGCCUGAAUCUCUCUGAGGCUGAAUCAUUUUCAAACACCAGCUGAAUAAAAAAACAAAAAAUUAGGAAAAGAUGUGAAAUGACGAGCUGAUAUUUUUUUGGCACUUUAUAAUAUAUUCCCCUCGCUUUAGUUGAUUUGGAUUUAGAGCUAAAGAAACUGUGGUUUAAGCUAUCAAGCAGCCACAGGUGGUUUUGUAGAAAUCUGUGCUUUUGGCUCGUGCUGUAAAUAUUUGCACACAGAGGACAACAUAGGAAUCACUCACACAGAAACUGAGAUGGUUAUGAAUGAAGUGGAGGAGAGUGAUUCACGCAGCAUUCAUGAUUCCUCAGUGUUUGUGUAUUUUACAGAUUUAACAUGAAAAAUCAAACCGAAUGAUGUGAGGAAAAACUGUAUCAACAGGGUGAUAGUAAACAGUUUGAUCCAAAACUGCACCCACUGUUUCUUUAAUCCCUUUUUUUUCUCAGUUUGUACUUUCCCAGAUCAGCUUCUUCCUCUCCGUUUCUCCUCUUCACCUUAUUUUUCCUGAGGAGGAGGUGAAUCACGCGCACACCUCUCCUCUCUGAAAGAUUCAUCAUCCCAUUUACCAAACAUCUCCUUUCAGAGGCGUGCAGAGCCGUUCUCCUUUCCUCCUUUUUCAUCUCCUCCCUCCUCAUCUCUGUUUUCUCAUCUUCUUCCCACAGCGAGAGCAGGAAUAGAGCUCUCACAUGUCGAACUUUCUUUUCCUUUUUUCCCCCUCUGUUUCAAGCUGAUUGGAUCUCUGUGUUUUAACCGAGCGCUCCUGCUUCUUCUCAUUUUUCUGUCGCUUUCUUCCUCUCCAUUCAUUUAUUUUCUCCCUAUAAGGCUCAGUCAGGGUUUCCCCGGCAAUUUCCUCCACCAGCUGCCUCCCCCUCUCCUCUCCUCCUCCCCGUCCUUCCCUCCUCCUCUCCUCUGCUUCCAUCUUCUUCUUUCUUAAUCUAACUCACUUUAUCCGUCUUUCCUCCUUCCUCCUGAUCUUGGUUCAACCUUAAUCUCCCCUCCCUCUCUCCCUCUCUCUCCCUCUCUUUCUUUUCUCUCUCUUUUCUCUCUGUGCACAUUUGUCGAUAUCAGCUGAGGCCCACCACAGAGGAUUUAAGCUGUUACGUAACAAACGUCCUCUUGACUUGGAAGUGUGUCAUUGUGUUGGAUAAGGAGCCCCUUGUGGCCGCCGCCUAAAGACGCCUCUGGGCCUCCCUUGAUAGCUCUAAUGCUAUGAUGGAGGGAUGAAGACAGGAGGAGGAGGAGGAAGAGGAGGGUGGACAGAGUAAACUUGGAGUGAUGGGAAAGGGCAGAGGAAAGAAGAAGCAGAGCAGAUGAGGUUUAGAGGGUCAGACGGACAGAUAGAUAGAAACGGAGGAGAGGGAGGAGUGAGACAGAAUUCGUCUAGACAUGGAGGAGAAGAUCUGUCCUGUCCAUCUGGGCGCGUUCAGUUUGUCCUCUGGUGUCAGAGCACUUGAAUUUAUGUGCAGUGAAAUGCAGAAGGCAGUGAGCCUUGGAGAGAGAUCUGUACGCUCAGACUGCUGGAUCGUAGCUCAACGGCCCAAAACUCUGAAAUAUGAAACCCUAAAAUACUCCAUCACAUCAUUCCUCUUUGCUGUGUGCUGUCAGUGUGCUGUCAGCGUCAGGUGGCGCAGAAGAAAGGCUGCAAAAGUCUGUUUUUUGCAGUGUUUGGGCGAUUGUUACUGAAAAUAAGUGACUAGUUGCAUGAACUAGUAAAUGAAUUACAAAGUGAUAACAUUACUAGUUAAGUUACUGCAGUAUAAAAGUGUUGGAUGCAUUACUUCUUAUUUUACUUAUAUUUUUGUUUUGCACAUAACAUUGUGAAAAAUAGGGUUAAACAGCCCGGCUCAGAAAUAGGGAGACAACGAUCCAGUAUUUUUAUUUUUUAAACAUAAUAUUUAGUUUUAUUUUCAUGUGGUCAAACAUAAAUCAUAUUAUCACACACAUGAAUUCAGGACAAAGCAGAAAAAAGAGAAAGGAAAUUUAAAAAAAAAGUAACUAAGUGCAUACAUAAAUAAAUAACACUCAAAGUGUACCGUAGUGUGGCAGGUUUGUCAGUCUAAUCAACAUCAAAAUCUUAUUUAUACAAUUUUUCUUAUAGUAUUUAUAGUAAAAAAAAAAAAGUAACACUAGUUGAUUUGGUGUCUGGUAGUGAAAUAAAUAAACAUAGGAAGGAAAAAACAAGAGAGGAAAAAAAAGAAAAAGAAAAAAAAAUCUAUUGAUAUAGUAUAUGCACGUACGUACAAAAAAAUUACAAUUAAAAUAAAAAAAUAAAUAAAUGAAAAUAAAAUGUUUAUGGCUAUAUAAAUAUGAUGCAUAUCAAGAAAAAAGAUUUGUAUUAUACUAAUUAAAAGUAAAAACACAAAUAAAUUCAUUGGCACAGCCCUGUCUACAUAAAUAAUCAUGUUCAGUGGAAAUAUACUUCCCACAUUCAACAAAACCAAUCAAUUCUCUUCUCCCUCUAAAAAAAGAAGAGGUAAAUAACUAAACAUGGAACGACAGGGCAUCAUAUAUUCGGCCUCAGUUAACAAAGUUAAAGUCGUAAUUCAAUUAACCGAUCCGAUAUUUGGAUCAGAUAUCGGCUCCGGUAUUUACAAAUUAACUGGAUCUGAUAUCUGAUGAAUGACCGAUCCAGUCUUUUUUUUUCUUUUAAUUAAUGUCAUACACAGCAACACAGCGAUUAUGUUUGCUCUAUAUUCCAUGUCUGUCUAUCCUGAGGCACUAAAUGUUUACAUGGAAGUCUUACUUCCUUUCGCCCUAAUGUGCUGAUGUACAAUUUGUGAUUUGUUAAUAAAUAAUAUGAAAUACAUUCAUAUCUGUGUUAAUUUGUUACCUUUAAUGUCAAGCCUGAUGCCUUCACUCACAGAGAAAGGUAUACAGUUCAUUCAUUCAACAGUAGUAUUUGAUUGGUAUGGUAUGCUUCUUCUUCUUGGAUUCCUGUACACUGGGGAGGAAAGGUGAUGACCUCCUUUAGUCUGAGACCCCACAAACACUGGUUUAUUUGUCCACAGGGUCUGUUUGUGUCCAGAAGUUAAAAGGCUGACAGGCUUUCUUUGUGCAACCUGUUGCUGGGCUUGUCUGUCCCCGUGUCUGUGGAUCUCAUUUGUAGGAAAGCAAAAGGUUCGCUACUCCUCUGGCAGAGUCACAGAUUACUGGUGAAACCUCUGGCCCUGAUGCAAGGAGUCUAGAGACUGUAGAAAACAUCAAUGUGGUUUCAGUCACUUAUUCGUUUCUGGGAAAGAGAAGAGUUUCAAAGCUCAAAGUUGGAAAUCCAGACUCUAACUGACUGCUAGCUUGACUGGAAACAUGCAAAACUGACGUCUGGAAAUCAGCUACAGCGCACCCACCUGUUGGUCAAAUCUCAAAUAUGCAAAUUUAUGCAUAACCCUAAAAUAAACCAGUGCAAAACAUGAACCAAUCCGUCUUAGUUUAUAGCAUGAUCGGACCUCGCAGGCAUUCCCAUGCAUGCACCUCUUUCCCACAUGUCACUGUCAUGUCUGAAUAGGCACCUAAUAAAUCCUGACUGAAACUCUGUAAGUUUAGUAUCACUUUCAACAAGUCUGAACCGAGACCAGACAGAUUCAAAUCUGCAGGAGCUUGAGGUAAAACCAGCAAAGAGAGAAAGGGAGAAGGAUUAAUAUAAUCAAAACCGGUACAGAAGACAUCAGGUUAAAGGAAAGGUACACGAUGAACGAGUAUUUUGAAUGAUGCUUCAUCUUUGUGUUUGCAGUCUGUUGUUCAGUUAAAGGAAACAGGGAACAGGAUGUAGAGUUGACUUACAAACAAAUAACCACUUGAUGAAAAUUGAACAGGAGAUUGACCAAAAAUGUUGAGUUAACUUCACUCUGAAAGGAAAUUGUUAUUAAUCACGGUCUGGGCAGCAAAAUAAGUUUGAAAAUCCAUCUGUGAUGCAGCCCCGUGAGGGAACAUGCCGUCUCUUUUCACUCCUCUCUUCAUUCUCGCUGCAUGUCGAAGUCUGGAUAUGUCUGAAUGAAGCGAUGACGCUCAGCAGACGCUGUCAUUUUAACACUUUGAGUACUUUUUGUUCACUUAUGUUUUAAUUUUGCACAGCCAGAACCUGCAAAUGAGUCAGCUUUAAACAUGGUCUCAGAAGUCAUCAGAUAGCAUUUGCCAAAGAUAUUUACCUCUGAAGGUGACAUAACUUCUCAGUUUUUGCAGUAUAGCCAGCUGUAAGGGUUUAACUAUUAUGAUGCUGGGAAGUAAAAGCAACUCAUAAUACUAUUGAGUUAUUUUCUUGGAGUAUCUAUGCAGUAGAGUUGUCAUGAUAUCAUACUAUACAGUACAGUUAGGGCUGGACGAUAUGGCCUCAAAUCAAUAUCACUAUAUAUCAAGCAGUUCACCCCGAUAGCGAUAUAUUGACUGUAACUACUCCACAAGCUGCUCACCCCUUUCCACAUUAACUUCGUCUACUUCAGCCGCUCCAACUUUUGAACCGUCCUCCAUCUCACCUUUCUUUCCCUCUUUGUUACGGACUGGAUGGGGUGGAGUCACGUCUCCGACGUAGGACAGCGUCUUAAAGGGACAUGAGACCAUAGCCUACCUACACACAUCCAAAACCAACUUUUAUUUAUUUAUUUUUUUGACACUGACUAUAAGCAAAAUGACGUCAGUUUUUGUCGUAAAUUUCGGUAUAGGUAAAUUUUCGGUUUAUCACAAGCCCUAAGUACAAUACAACACAACAUGACUUAAUACAAUGCAAUACAGUGCAGUAUGAUUUAGUAGGGUAUUAUAUGGUAUGACACAGUCUGAUACCUGUUGAAAUCAAGUGGUUUCAAUACCUGCUUCAAUAUCACACAUCAGUGAACUCCUAGGCAUUUAAAAUAAUUAGUUUUGUUAUUUUUAUUUCCAACCUGUUUUAGAUUCCGGUAGAGAAAGAAGUCGCCAAACACAGACCAAGAUUUGACACAUUGUUAAUAUUUCUAAAAGGCAAAUUAAACAUUUCGUCUUAAAAAUAAUACUUAACCAAAGUUAAAUGUUUUAUCUGAAUUAUCAUUCUUGAUCCAGAGGAGACGUUUGUUUCUGCGGGGAGUGCUGUUUGCAUGUAUUUUACACCCACCUCAAUUUAUAGAUGUGUGUCAUUAUGCAGGGCUGUAGGGCUCUCCCAGUCUUGGGCUGAGGCUGCAGCAGACAUCAACAGAACAUGUGCUUCUAUGUUCGAUACUAAAAGGAUUUAAUGAAUGUUGGUAUUUUCGACCUGUGAAUGAGUAGAGUUAGUGUUGUGUUGGCUGUGACGGAGGGCGGAGCAGAGAGACACAGCAGGCAAGAAGAAGAUUUUUACGACCUCACGAUCAUUUACAGUCGCUCGACUUUGUAACUUCAGGGUUAAAAUUUGACUAAAGAUCUGUUCCUAGAAAUUCUGUGGUCUGUGGUCGACAGCUCUUGUAGUUGUGAAUGAAUGUUUUCUUAAAGGCUUACAUUUAGACUCAGUAAAUAGAAAAUUGUAUGCAUCAUAGCCGAUCAAAUGCAAAAAGAAGUGUAUCUCUAACUGCUGCACCUCCAGGUUGAAGCGUCUUCUCACUGCUGUGAAAUCAACAGGUGAACGAAGCCGUGUUACAUAUUCAAGGUCUCACACGCUGAUUUCCUGCACUUAAGCUGAACUUUUUUUUUUUUUAAACCUGUUGCUUUGUUUUUAAGUGUGUGUGGGCGGCUGAGUGUGUGUGUGUGUGAGGGCUUGUUUUUGUGUGUGUUGAGAAGCAGUCAAAGCAGAGUUCUUUGUUGAAAUCCAUGAGAGAUUUUCUUCAUUAUGAGGCCAGACAGAGAGAGGUUUGGCAAAAAUACCUCAUUUUUUUGUUGUCGCACCGCCUCGAAAUAUAAAAAUAUGAGUUUAGACAAUAAGAUUUAUGACACACUUUGUGUUUCGUGGCAGAAAAACUGAAAGUUGAAACCUCUGCAGACACUUGUAAUGAGAUUUCUUUUUCUUCCAGCUCCAUAUUUCUACAGAUUCAGUGCUCACUGUCGCGAAGUAGAAAUGUUAUGAAACAUUUGACCUUUGGCUUUUUAUGCUCAGUCAAAGAUUCAAGACCUUGAAAACUCUGUUUUUCUCUCUUCCCCGUCUGACUGAACACUCAAAGAGCUCAGAGUCACUUUCCUUUUUAUUGCAAACAAGACGAAUAAGCCGAAGAAUAAUUUCCUCCCACAGUGUGACUCUGCAUGUUACUCAGACUCUCUGCAGGUUCAAGAGGCUUUGUCAAAGGUCUGGAUGUUGCAGCUCAUUUGACAUGUGUGUGUGUGAUAAUUGCUGUGUGUAUGUGUGUGUGUGUGCAGUGAUUUAAAUUGAUCUGCUGUGUGUGUGCUCGCCAGAAUCCAUACAGAGGAGGACGUGAUGAGCAGAAAAACACUGAAUCAGAGUUGCAAAACCUUUAUGCAGUGAUUCAACCAAAUACGAUCAGUGAGCAUGCACCAAAUGAUCUAUAACACACACAUAUACACACACACACACAAACGCACACUUCCACCCACAGACUCUCCCUGUCACAGAUAUCAAUUCAUCAUUCUGUUUCGCACGACUCCCUCAAAGUGUUUGUCACAUCUUCUUCCUCCGUGACUCGCUCUGCUCCUUCACAGCGACUCUUUCUCUCUCUCUGUCGAUCUUCACUUCAAUAAUUGUCUUCAGAGCCCAGUGUGUGUGUGCGUGUGUGUGUGCGCGCGUGAUACAAGAGGAAGUUAAUCAGGCUGUAAGAGACACAAACACACACAGACUCGGGUCAAAAGAGCAGCGGCAUCCUCUAACUGCAGUGUUAGACUAAUCUGCAGCCUUUAGUCUCUGUGAUUGGAGAAGAAAUGACAUCAGGGUUUUGGUUAAAUUAUAUUUUUUUAUUUCAAACAUGUGUCAACAUAAAAAUAAAGCAUAUAAGUCUGAAUAGUAUUGCUUGAUCUCAUAUCAUCAGGCUUUGGUGUCUGCAGGACAGGAAAACAGUCUGUAUGGCGAGCAAAAGCAGGCAGAACAGCAUCCACAAUGACAACAUCACAGUUUAUUUCUCUUCAUGAACACAUAUCUGUACGCAAGGGCAACUCAAAAUGAUGAGGAGACACAAAUCUGCUUACAAUUAUCCUAUCAGUCUGCAAUUGCUCACUAUUUGAUGCCAGGACUCAGUUUUAUAAAAUUGUUCAAAAACAUCUCUGCACAUUUUGCUCUUAUUCCUCCUCACAGAGGCAUCUAAAUUAUCCAUAAAGAAUAAUCUGUAAUAUUCUCAGUUUACUCUGAUAUAUGAAUGAGUUCUAAGGUUAAUUGUAAAUAUAUUCUAUCAGCAUGCUUCAGUUUCUCUCUGCAGAGUUUUGCUGUGCUGCAGAUGACACACAGCGGUCUGUUCUCUGCCGUGGAUUAACGUCUCUAACUCUGAUGAUUCAGGCAGCGGCUCAGUAAUCUAUUGUGCUAAUCUGCUGCCGAUGUGCAGACAGAUCAUUACCCAGAUCAGGAUCAGAUCUGGAUUUAUGCAACUGCCAGGUGUUCAUCCGUGUGCGUGCGUGUGUGUGUUUGUGUGUUUGUGUGUGGGAUCAUUAUGCACACGGUUAACAAGUUGAAUAAACAUGUUAGUCAAUGGAUGGAAAGAUUGAGGCAGCAUGUAGCAGCACAGAGGAGGGAUUGAUGGAUGAGAGUGAGUGAGUGAGUGAGUUAGUGAGGGAGUGAGUGAGUGAAUGAGUGAGUGAAUGAGUGAGUGUGUUAAAUGGAUUUAAUGUUCAUGUUCCAUCGCUUUGCGCAGUGAAGUUUAUUCAGUGUCUGUGUCAGCUGUUACAGGUCGGAGUUCAUGUUUCCUCUCAUGUUGGAAGGGUUAAAUGUCCGUCUCCUGGUUUUUUAGUGAUUUUUAAAAAGGAUUGGUAUUUAAAAUUUUAUACAGAUAAUUCUGUUUAAUUGAGAAGGAAGGGUUACUAUGGGAGAGAGAAAAUGGUUAAUUAAUUCAAAAUCCAUCUUAACGUGUUAUUGGCAUUAAGUUUUGGCUACCAGCUGACCUGCUCUGUGAAUAUCAGCUUUGGUUUAUACCGUUAAAAAACACAUAUCAGUCAAACCACCGGUAACCAUGCUGACUUUGAAAAGUGUGAGUACUGCAUGUGAUCUGAGUAGGGCUGGGUGAUUUGUCCUCAAAUCAAUAUCACAAUACACUCACCGGCCACUUUAUUAGGUACACCAUGCUAGUAACGGGUUGGACCCCCUUUUGCCUUCAGAACUGCCUCAAUUCUUCGUGGCAUAGAUUCAACAAGGUGCUGGAAGCAUUCCUCAGAGAGCUUGGUCCAUAUUGACAUGAUGGCAUCACACAGUUGCCGCAGAUUUGUCGGCUGCACAUCCAUGAUGCGAAUCUCCCGUUCCACCACAUCCCAAAGAUGCUCUAUUGGAUUGAGAUCUGGUGACUGUGGAGGCCAUUUGAGUACAGUGAACUCAUUGUCAUGUUCAAGAAACCAGUCUGAGAUGAUUCCAGCUUUAUGACAUGGCGUAUUAUCCUGCUGAAAGUAGCCAUCAGAAGUUGGGUACAUUGUGGUCAUAAAGGGAUGGACAUGGUCAGCAACAAUACUCAGGUAGGCUGUGGAGUUGCAACGAUGCUCAAUUGGUACCAAGGGGCCCAAAGAGUGCCAAGAAAAUAUUCCCCACACCAUGACACCACCACCACCAGCCUGAACCGUUGAUACAAGGCAGGAUGGAUCCAUGCUUUCAUGUUGUUGACGCCAAAUUCUGACCCUACCAUCCGAAUGUCGCAGCAGAAAUGGAGACUCAUCAGACCAGGCAACGUUUUUCCAAUCUUCUAUUGUCCAAUUUCGAUGAGCUUGUGCAAAUUGUAGCCUCAGUUUCCUGUUCUUAGCUGAAAGGAGUGGCACCCGGCGUGGUCUUCUGCUGCUGUAGCUCAUCUGCCUCAAAGUUCGACGUACUGUGCGUUCAGAGAUGCUCUUCUGCCUACUUUGGUUGUAACGGGUGGUUAUUUGAGUCACUGUUGCCUUUCUAUCAGCUCGAACCAGUCUGGCCAUUCUCCUCUGACCUCUGGCAUCAACAAGGCAUUUCCGCCCACAGAACUGCCGCUCACUGGAUAUUUUUUCUUUUUCGGACCAUUCUCUGUAAACCCUAGAGAUGGUUGUGCGUGAAAAUCCCAGUAGAUCAGCAGUUUCUGAAAUACUCAGACCAGCCCUUCUGGCACCAACAACCAUGCCACGUUCAAAGUCACUCAAAUCACCUUUCUUCCCCAUACUGAUGAUCGGUUUGAACUGCAGGAGAUUGUCUUGACCAUGUCUACAUGCCUAAAUAUCACAAUAUAUUGAGCAGUUCACCCUGAUAAUGAGGUUUCGGACACCCCUUAAAAUGGCGUUCACCCCCAUAUAGUCGCUUACAUAGAGGUAAGGGAUCCAUUUCGGACACAGCCUUUGUCUACUUCAGCCGUCACUCCAGCGGCUACAACUUUAAGCAUAGAUCAAAUGUAAAUGGCAAAUAAAUAGUUUAUUAAUGUAAGUUAAUAGUUAUUUUACCAUUAACAAGCAAUGAAACUAUGAUUAAUAAUUUUUAUUAAUUAUUAAUGGACCAUUUAUUAAAGGUUUAUAUAGGGUUUAAAUAUUGGCUGUGUAACAUCUAGUUUAAAAUAUGUGUCAGUAGCACUUUGUAAAUCUGUACAUUUUCUGUUUAUCGCCCAGCCCUAGUUCUGAGAGUGCACGCUCAGUUGUCUGUUUUACAAGUCAGUGGAUGUGAGUGGUUUCACCAUGACCCGAUUGCGAGUAUGCAUUUUGAAACAAUCUUUUCCAGCUCUUGUGCUGAUUUUGUUCACUCCAUCAUUUCUCCAUCUUCAAACCUCUCCACAUUGUAGUCCUGAGUCUCAGGGGAGACUUUGGUUUUUGUCAGUCAGGAGGGGUACUCUCAAAGUGACACUAUCUGUGGUAACAAAUACUGAGACGUAAUCACUAAAAUCCAGGUACAACUCUAUCCAUGUCUUUCAGAUAUGUUUCGAGGAAAAACAAACAUCCUAUAUUGAGGUUGAGAAGGUCCUUUAAAUUUAUGCAGACAAUAAGAAAGGCUGAUGAAUGACACAGUGACCAUUGUUUGUCUUUUUUAAGGACUGUAUUGUGUUGAAAGACUGAGAGCGGCUGUAAACACUUCACCUGCUUCCAUGUCUGCUCAGAACAAUGACCUUUUGUUUUACAUCAUUUAUUCCUCUCUACUCUUCGCCACUUGUUGCAUCUCAAUCCUCUUUUCAUCUCCUGUCUGUAUUAUUUUACUCCUGUUUUCCAUUCACUCUGGUUUUGUUUCUUUUUUUUCAUCAGCUGUCAUCUUUUUCUCAUUUUCUUAAUUCAUCUCAUCUGACCUUUCCUUCGCGUCUCGUCUUUUUUUCCCUCCAGCUUUUUUUUCGUCUUUUCUCUCCAUCUGUGCUGAGAUUUUUUUUCCCUGGCAGCGGCUCAGCGAUGGAGAGAAUGAUCAAAUCGGAGCUAAAGAGAGGAAAAAAGAAGUCAAACAAACCGGAGGAGGAAAAAAAAAAAGAGAGAGGGAGCUUAAAUCAGGCUGUGGAUUAUGACUGAUGGAGGCCAAACAGAGCGCUGCAUGAGAGGCUUUCUGACGAGGUCACGCUCCUGGUUUCCUGGACGGCGUUGACAUGUCAGUGCGACUGUGGAAAGAUGCACAUACGUGACACACACAUACACGCAUGCAUGAACACAACAUCGGAUUAGUUACGACAUUUACGGGGAUGUCAGUUUGCCCAAAUGUCCGUGCCCCCCCGCCUGACCCCGCCCGCCUGGCUCCGUCCACCUAAAUACCCGCUGACCUGCUUUCUCUAAGCUCCGGCCUCCUCGCUGACCAGCUGAAAGAAAGAAAUGAUUUGUGGAGCAGUUAUGUGAUAAAGACGAACAGCGUCCACUGGAAACUGUGACCUCACCAUAACUGUGUGUCGCUCUGUCUGUGCGUGUGCGUUUGUGUCCUGGGACCUGUGGGAGUGUUGGAAAUGGAAAUCAAUACGUGUUUGUGUUGCGAACAGGACGGAGGACAGUUUAUCUCCCUCUCUGUCUGCAGCGUUUGUCAGAUCCCCAUCUGUGUGCUGUGAAGUGGCCUCAUUAGUUUUGAUUUUUGCAGUUUUGUGCAGCUGUGUGGACUUCACCACGGGCAGCAGAGGCAUGCACACGCAUCCAGCUCCUUAUUAACUGUCCCUCCUUAUAAUUUUGUCCAAAAUUUAGAAUAAAACAAUCAGAUCUAAGAGUACACAUCUGAGGCAGCUGUCACUAAUAGUCUCUGCUAAUACAGAAUCCAGUCUGCAGGAUAGUUUAUAUGCCUAACUGAGCUGCAUAUCCUGUUGUCAUCCUAUGUCCACAACAUUGUCUGUUUAUAAAGAUGGACCUUACACCCACGUCUCUUCUUGAAGCCAAAAUAUGCUGUUAAUGUGCAGUUAUCCUGUGGUGGUGAUGGUCUUUGAGCCAGAGACUGAACAGCAGAGAUGCUGACUGAAUUGACACCCCGCUAAGGCUGCACAAUAGUGGAAAUAACUAACAUUGCAAUUUUUUUUCAACCCUGCGAUAUAUAUUGUCAUAUUAAAAAAUACAUGAAUUUUCACCAGAUGACCUGAAUAGCACUUAAUGCUAUGCUGCACUGCUGAACUCUUGUGGACAAUUAGCCUGGACACGCAUUUCUCGGCACAACACAGGCAGUGCCAGCGACUCACUUUAUGUGCAGGCCGCAAAUUUUUUUUGUAGGAUGGAAGGGGAAGGUCCCACCCUCCUUCGCCUCUGAUUUUGAAACGUCAUCCUCUGUCGGGUUAGGAUAAAGGUUAGGGUUAGGGUUAGGAGAUUCAGAAGUGCAAUAAUGUUCUGUAAUGUGUUUGGCUUGACCAUGUGAUGACGUUUCCAGCUUUUGUACAAAAAAAGGAGUGCAGGCCAUGAGCAGGGGCGUUGUUUCCUCCUCUGUGAUUUUGAUUGACGGCUGGCAGGGUAGUCUGAUUGGCAUUUGAGUAAAGAAUGAAUGUGAUUGGUGGAUUACUGCUCAGCACAUGCAGAGUCACAUGCAGUGUAUCUCAGUCAGCUACCCUUGAAAUUAGAUGAGUUUAUUCAUCUCCGAUAUCACAGGCUCUGCAGUGUCACUAUUGUGCACACGUGCAUCGUGAUGACAAUGCUCAAACGAUAUCACGUGCAGCUCUACGCCCCGCCUCUUCUUCCAACGAAAAAACGCACCUCAGACGCCUUAACUUAAUCAUUUCAGCUGAGAUUUAUUACAGAUGAUCCCCACAACACUUAUUGUAUUUUUUAAUUCUAUCUUUCCGGCACUCAGUCCAUUCACCACAAAACCUUCAGACUCUAGUCACAACUGGUGUUCCACAGGGUUCUGUCCUCGAGCCUUUUCCAUUCAUUAUCAAUCUACUUCCCCUCGGCAAUUAUUUCCAUAAACAUAAAAUGAAUUUUCAUCGCUAUGCAGAUGACAUCCAGCUCUACUUGUUCUCCUCCAACUUCCUCCAAAACCAAAACUACAUUUUACUGUUAACAUACUGUGAAAACAGAACAGAUACUAUUUCAAAAACACAGAAACCAUGAAAAAAUUGUGCAACAAUAUGUGUUUUAUCCACAUCGUGAAGAACACAAUAAACCUGUCACUCAAAUUUGUGACAGUCUGUUCAAUAAAAAAAAAAAGACAAACACCGUACAACUCCACCAAAGAUGAUAAAUGUGAUUUCUUAGACAUGUACAUUCCGACCACGGACCAUAAUUUAUUAAAAACAGGAAACACAGGAAACAAAGCUUCAUGGUCAUUUCUCUGUUUCGUAACGUACAGCAUAUAAUCAGUGAUGAUGCUGGAAGUUGGUAUGGACGUAGUAUCCUGCAGGUGCUCUUACCACCUUUAUAUCAAUUUUUUUUCCCUCCUUGCUCAAGGCCGCUUAUCUCUGCAGCCAUUUCACCCUCUGAAGAGCUUUUCCCGCAGAAACAUGUCAUUCUUCUGUGAGUUCGGUAUCCUUGCACUGAACAAACUCAGCAGCUGCUGAUGGAUGGAGGCAGCGGCACUCAAAGCUUCAUGUAAUUACUGCCUUCAUCUCGGCUCAGACCAUCACAGCUCAUUACAGAGACUGAAGAGCUAUUAUCUGUCAGAAAGACACGCUGGGGCGCUAAUGAAAGGUAACUUAACAUUGACACCUGCACACCAAGCAGAGACGGAGCUGUCAAUCAAUCUGUCACAGGCUGCAGAGGCCAGAGGCGAAAAAUGAGCAUAGAGCGGGGUUACGAAAGAGGUUUGCAUCGACUGUAUACAGCCUAUAUAUAUGAGUGUGUGCAUUUUGAAUUGUAAGGCUUCAUGUAGCCUUUGAACUCUGACUCCAGGAAACCAACUCAACAGGGUUUCUACUUUCCAAUCUCUAGAAUAUAGAAAAAAGAUUUGUGCCUAGGUAACAUUUAUCGGCUAGGUUUUCAACUUUUUGGAUUUAGAAUUAAGUACACUAAGAAGUCCAUGAUUUUCCAUGACCAGUUUGUCUGAUUGGUAUUUAUAUGAUAUUAAACAGUAUAAUGAAGUUGAUUCAAUAUGCAAGAUACGACACAUCAGCCUCUUGUGGGGAAAUUCACUUGCUUCUGCACCUCACAAAAAAGAAAACUAGAGAAAAAGGUAAAAAAAUUCAAAAUAAUACGAGUUGAAAAAAAUAUUCGGAGUGAAAAAGAAGAAAAUUAGAGAAAAAAGUAAAAAUUUUCAAAUAAUAAGAGGCGAAAAUGAUAAAAAUUGAAGUUUUUAUCGUUAAGAAAAAUGUUAGGAUGAAAAAGAAGGAAAUAAGACACAGUCUGUGCAACAAUACAAACUGAUUCUACAGUUAUUCAGAACUAUUGUACAAUAUGAUUGCAGUUUUUCUUCUUCGAUUCCUCUCUUUGUUACUUUGACACUAGUGUUUACUUCUUGAGGCACCUUUUUCUCUCUGAAAGAGCUGAGUUUCCUUGUUUUUCAUGAAGUUUCUCAAGGUUUUCCUCCUGAAAUGUUCUCAGUAAAUGUUUGUUGUAGUCUAUUAGGUUGAUCUCCAGCAUCAAAACAAUGCUGGGCUUGUUACAGAACCCCCCUUAGAUGGCGAGUUGACUGGAAUCAAAAUAAGUCAAAGUGUAAUUGUUCCACUUGACUUGUAGAAAUGCUUUUAAACUCUUUUGGUCCUGUGUUUGUGUUUUCCCAGGAUCCCUCAGUGCAGAAGAUGGGUGGAGGCAGAAAGAAGACGGUGUCCUUCAGCAGCAUGCCGUCUGAGAAGAAGGUAAACCUCUUAUGACAGAACUGGAUUAUUAAAAUUAGAUUUUACAAACCUGUAUAACUGAGCCAAAGCUGAUUUUCUGUCUCAGGUGAGCAGCGCUGCAGACUGCUUGGCGUUCAUGCAGGGCGGCUGUGAGCUGAAGAAGAUCCGGCCGAACUCGCGGGUUUACUGUCGCUUCUACACGCUUGACUCAGACCUGAGCUGCCUGCGCUGGGAGCCGUCGAAGAAAGAUGGAGACCGAGCUCGACUCGAUGUAUCCAGCAUCCGAGAGGUUCGAACGGGGAAGAGCACAGAGACGUUUCUCCACAAUGGACCUCUGUCUGAACACCUGGCUGAGGAGGCGGCUUUUUCUGUCAUACAUGGAGACGAAUAUCAGGUACUAAUUUCCAGAUUGAUGCUUUAAAUCAUCAGAAUAUACUCCCCUUCAUCCAAGAUUUGCUCUGACAUGUAUCCUCUCCACAGUCUCUGGACUUGGUUGCAUUGUCAGCAGAUGUGGCAAACAUCUGGGUAACAGGUCUCCGGUAUCUUCUGGCCCAUCCCUCUGUGAUCGGAGGAGCGGGAGGAGGAUGUGGAGGCGGGGGAGUCCUGGGUGAAGGUUUGGCGGUGGAGGGAAGCCUGGGGAAUAAGAUGAGGAGUGAGUGGCUGGCGGCAGAGUUCGCUCAGGUGGACGAAUCUGGGAACGGCAUCGUGACGGAGGACGUGGCGGUCGCUACGAUCUGCAAACUGAACCCUGGAAUCAAGGAGGCCAAGGUGAGAAGAUGCUAGGUCUUUAUAGUGAGAGUAAACGGGUUUAAAUUGAAUACAGAGGAACAUAACAAACAUGGAAAAUAAUAUAAGAGUUAAAGGGAUAUUCCAGCGUAAAAUUAAUUUAUGGUCAAACACACCGUAACACUAAGUUAGACACCCCCUCGAGAGAUGAAUGUUGCCGACCGCUUGCUUCUCUAGUUAUACCAACUUAAGUAAUGACCGCACGAUAGCAAUACAGAGAGCCACGCGCUCAACCAAAACACCACUCUAUAGCCACAUCUUUAUCAACAGGACAUAUAGGGUGCCAGCCAUAGCACUAGCCACUAAACAUCUUUUUAGCUUUGCCUAAUUUCUUCAGCAAAGACACUAAACAAAACUCACCUACUCUCUUCCAGCAGCCACUUGUUUGUAGCUAGAUCUCAGGCCAGUCCAUUAUGCCGCCCCUGAGCAUUAUUUGUGGCUAUAGAGUGGCGUUUUGGUUGAGGUUUGUUUAUGGCUCCUCAGACCGCUGUAUAUUGCUAUCGGUGCGGUCGUUACUAAAGUUGGUAUUACUAGAGAAGCAAGCGGUCGUUAACAUUCAUCUCUCAAGGGGGUGUCUAACUCGGUGUUACAGUGUGUUUGACCCUUAAUUAGUUUUACGCCGGAAUAUCCCUUUAAAUAUUUUGAUAACUGACAUUCAAUUUAUAUAAAUCAAAAAUGUUUGUUGUUAUAUAGCACAUAUCAUAGGAUCUGAGGAAGUCUUGCGGUACUACUUUGAGAGAAAACAUUGACACAGCCUGAAUAAAGUGACCCAGCUGUCUUGCAUCAACAACACUGACACACAUCAUCAUGGCAGCGUGUCAACACAGCAGACGACUCUAAGUUUGUGUUCGGUGUAGUAACAGCCAGAGCAGGUGUGUUUUAUUCCUGUUUCUGUCUGUGUUUGGCACAGCACAACAUCUUAAUCCUCUCCGACAGACUCUCUGCUCGUGUUAGUUUGGUCGUCUGUUGUGUGGUUUCUCAGGUCAGGUUUAUUUCUCCCCUCUCUGCACACUGACACAAAGAGAGCUGUGGAGUCUCAUACAGGUGAGCUGACUGCAGGACAUAUUUUCUCAGAGAUAUCAUCGUGCUGGCGGAGAGGAAAGGGGAAAAAAAAGGAGAGAGGGGAAGAGGAGGCAGACCUAAACCAAACAGAGACAUGAAAAAGGAGACAUGACAGAUAACAGAGAGGGAGUGAGAUUAAAAAAGUGAGUCAUACAUCGUGUCGUUCGAUUAAUUUGGGUCACUUUAAUAUCCUCUUUGAAAAAUGAUGAGCAAAGUUUAAUCAAGACUUCUCUGCCUCGCAGAAUAAAAAGGGAAAAAUCUCUGAGAACUAAUUUACUUUAUGUCAGUUCAAAACGAGAAGCAACCUUUAGGGCGGAAAAGGAGCUGACAUUAAAAUGUUCAAAACUGCAGUUCCUCCAAAGUCCACUAGAGGCUUGAUCCAAAGGUGAAUCAGCCCCAUACAGCCUGAUACAAAAUAGAUAAAGUCUUUAAGGCACAUUUCUCUAAAAUCCCCUAUUUACAUUAGAUUAAAGGGAUAUUUCAGAGUUUUUGAUGUGAGUUACAUGUCACAAGUAAGCUAACACUUUAUGAAAUCGUCUUUAGGAGCAACAUGAGCCACAAAAUGAUCAGACUUUGGUAAGAUUAAAAGGUUUAUUCUGAAAAAGCCAGAGCAGGUUUCAGAUUCAGAUGACCACACUCUCCAUUGUUCACACUUACAUUUUUCUGCACUAAACAUCAUGAGAGUUGAAUUUGUUAGAGCGUAAAAAACACCUUACCUUUGCUUUUCUUGAUGUUAACCCUCAAGUUCAAAAACAGUCAUUUCAGAAACCAAGAUUUUAAAGUUCAACACGCCAAGGAAGAGCUUCAAAAAGUCAACAAACCAUACUGUCCAACUUGUUGUCUUUCUUUUCUUUUGUUUUCUGUCCUAAGGUGCGUCUCCGUUUCAAAGAGAUCCAGCGCAGUAAGGAGAAGCUGACCUCCCAUGUGACCCGUGAGGAGUUUCAGGAGGCGUUCUGUGAGCUCUGCACCCGGCCGGACGUCUACUUCUUGCUUGUCCAGCUGUCGAAGGAUCGUGAGUGCCUGGACCCGCAGGACCUCCGCCUCUUCCUGGAGACGGAGCAAGGCUUGUCUCUGGCGACCACCGAGGGCUGCUGGGAGCUCCUGAGGCGCCACGAACCCUCCGCUCAGGGGAGAGAGAGAGGGCUGCUGGGAUUGGAUGGGUUUGCGCGGUACCUGCAGUCUCCAGAGUGUCAGCUGCUCGACCCCGAGCACCUGGGCGUGUGUCAGGACAUGAACAUGCCUUUGUCCCACUACUACAUCAGGUGAGGGAGGAGUUUUAGUCCAGUGAGGGAAGGAACAUCAGAUUAACUGCUUAAAGAAUUAUUGUAUCCAAACUUCAGUUUCCAUUUUAUUGUGACAGAGAGACAUUAUGUCCUGCAGUCAAGUGAAAAAUAAACUGUUACUGCGACUGACAAAAGGAUUAAUCAUGCCAAUUACUCAUUGGACAGCUCUUUUUAGAUGAAGAACAAUGAAAACAAAUAAGACAAUGAGCAAAUCAAGUCAGGAUGAAGUCAGGGCUUUAUUGAACGCUGAAAAGCAGAAUUACAGAAAAAAAUAAAGGGAAAUACAAUCUCAGGUUAAACCGUGAAGAUGUGAUUCAGUCCCAGUGUUGUAGAAUUAAAUCCUAUUGGUAGUAACAAGAUUAAAUGUGCAGAUAAAACUAAAUAAAGUCAGUCAGAGGCACUUUUUACUGAUUCAUGGAGAGUGUCAUGGCUCAUAUUGUCUAGAAAAAAGUUGUGAAUUCAGAAUUUAAAAUAAAUUAUGUGUGAAGGUUGAGGAAAAAGUAGAAAGCCUCAUUUUUAUUGCAAAAAAAUAGAAAUAAAAAGACAAUUCUUUGGGAAGGAUUGAUGAAUCUAAGUGAAGUUCGUGUGUUUUCAGUUUGAUGUAAACUUAAGGAGUAAAACAGAAAUCAGUAAACACUGACAAAUGAAAAUGAUCUUAAAGGUUUAUACACUCUACCGACAUCUAUACAACACACUGAGUUAAAAUAAAUGUUGACAAAAAAGCUGAUUUAUUCUCUCUGGAUUUAUUCUCUGAAUUUUGUCUGUUUUCUUUGAACAGCUGUCAAAUCAUCUGACAGAUGGCGCUGAUUACUCACUGCUCCCCGUGUUCACCAAUGAGAUAAAUCUGUUUUUAUUUAGAAUUAGACAUAUGAUUCCUAACACUCAUUCGGUAACAAGCGCAGAGGGCAAUGUUUAAGUGUUGACUUUAGCAGGGAAUGUGCCUAUAAGUGCUAAAACGUCGGCUUUUAGUGAUGUAGAUAAUUUCAGCAGCUCAUAAUUGUUGAUUAAACUUGAAGACAUGAUGAAGAAGAGAGAUAUUGAUAUCAUUGUUUUCGUUUUUCUCCUCAGUACGUCGUACCGCUCCUACCUGCUGGACGAUCAGGUCCACGGCAGAGCGGAUCUUGGAGGUCUGAUCAAAGCUCUGCAGUCCGGCUGUCGCUGCGUGGAGUUGGGGGUGACCGACGGCCCAGAGGGUGAGCCUCUCCUCGGUGUGGAUUACGGACCAGACAUCCCUCGCCACCAUCAUCACCACCAUCACCACCACCAUCACCACGCUCCCGUCACCAUCCGCUCCGCUCUGGAGGUGGUGAAUAAAUACGCCUUCCUCACCUCGCAGUACCCGCUCCUCAUCUACCUGUGUCAGCGCUGCUCUCCGGGGCAGCAGCGCACCAUGGCGCAGCACUUUAGGAAAGUGUUCGGCACACGUCUUUACACGCCUGAGAAACUUCCUGUCAGCCUUGGAGGGCGAGCCACGACUUUACCGUCCCCUGAGCAGCUGAAGGGACGCAUUGUUAUUGUGGGGAAGAAGCUCCCCCCGGACCAGGAGGGGUCAGACGGUGAGGUGUCAGAGGAGGACGAGGAGAUCGGAGGAGGCGGGCCACUAGCAGGUCGCAGGAUGACCAUCCCAGGUGAAGAAGAACUGGGUGUGGUUUUAGUGGUGCCUCCGCCCUCCCAGCCAAGAAAGCUCCGCCUCCAUAAAGACUUGUCCGACCUGGUGGUGAUCGCUCGCACAGGCAGCCGCAGCUUCUACGCCCACAGAGCGAGUCACAAACAGUUGCAGCAGCAGUCCCCGCCCAGCAGCCCCUCCUCCCCCAGCACGCCAAUGCCUCCCGAGCUGCCUUACUGGACGCUGUGCUCGCUGGGGGAAGGAGAGGCGGGGCGUCUGACCACAGAGAGCCCGGAGGACCUUGUAAUGUUCACAAAGCGCACUCUGACGCGGGUACGACCCAGCUCGGUGCGUCUGGACUCAAGUAACCCGAACCCUCAGGGGUACUGGAAGGGAGGGGUCCAGCUCGUGGCCUUGAACCAGCAGACACCUGGUGCCAUGCUGGACCUCCACAGAGGGCGUUUCUCACAGAAUGGAGGGUGUGGUUAUGUUCUCCGACCGGCUGUGAUGAGGGAUGAGGUGUCGUAUUUCAGCGCUCACACACAAGGCUGCGUGCCAGGAGUUCCCGCACAGACUCUGAGGAUAAAGGUGAGGAUGCUGUUUUGUGUUUUGGGGUAAAAAUCUGCAGCUAAUUAGAGAAACGAGUUUUAGUAUUUUAUUAGUUUCAUUAUUUCAAGAUGGAAGUAGAUGCUACAUGUGGGAUGUACGAGUGCAGUUCACCAAAUCAGUCCAUGUUUUCUCCAGAUCUUUAUUUUGCAUCUUCUUCUUCAGCAAAAGACUCAGUUCUUUGUGUUUCUCUUUAGGUAAUCAGCGCACACAACCUGCCCAAACCUCAGGGAUCAGGGGCGAAGGGGGAGGUCAUUGACCCCUAUGUGGUCCUGGAGCUGCACGGCGUACCUGCAGACUGUGCCGAACAGAGAACUCGCACCGCCGCUCAGAACCAGGAUGACCCGCUGUUUGACGAGACCUUUGAGUUUCAGGUGAGAAGCUUCGCAGGGACACUCAGCUUCUGUUUCAGGGUGGAGAUGCUGCUCUGGUUUGUUUUGAAGGUUAUUUUCUGGGCAUGUUUUGCCUUUUAAGGACAGAAGGAGCUGCAGAUAGACAGAAAAUGUAAGAGAAUGAGGGAGGCUGAUGUGCAGCCAAAGGUCAGGGCUGUAGUUAAGCUGUGAGCACUACGCUUCAGGCUGGUGAGUUGUUGUGCUAAGGCAACUCUGUGUGCAUUCAGGUUUUUUUCUGUUUCAUGAGUUUACUUUGAGCUUAACUCAAAAAUGAAUCUUCUACAAAAAGUUUCUACAGCUUUCGUGAGCAGGAAAAUCAGCAGGUCUGGUCUCCCUUACUGCAAACUGUGGAGAGGCAUACAGGCCCUCAUAGUGGUUAUUUAAUCCUUUAUUGCCUUAUUUAUAUACUUCUAUCAAAUCGAUAUGAUUAACAAAUUACUAAAAAAACACCUUAAUACAGUCCGAUAAAUGAUAAAAAUGUCCUCUUGUAGUUUAUCAGUUUUCAAAAACAUCUAAUGAAUCAAACGAGAUUAAUAAAUAUGUUUGUUAAAUUUUAAGGAAAUGUUGAUAUUUUUUUUGGUUUUCAGCAGUAAGUGAAAUAAACAUUUCAGCUCAAAAUUUUUUUUGAAUUUUCUGGCCAUAAUUUGUGGUGUCAGGCAGUAAAGGGCUACAGUAUAAAAGUGUCUUUGUGUUUAUGUGGAAGUUCCCUUUUAUUUGUUUUCUUUCACAGCCAGUAGGGGGAGCCUGCAUCGGUUUACAAUAGAGGUUGCUAUUUUGGCUUAUGAGCCGAUAUGCUUAAGUCUUGUUACGUUUAUUCCCUUAGCAAGCAUUUUAGUGAUUAGUUUUUAGUUAAAGCAUGAAGGGCUUUAGAGACCCACCCCGAUGAAAAUCAUGUUUUUCUUGUUUUUUAUAUGUUAUGGCAUUUUUCUGAUGCUACAGGACAUAUCAUAAGAAAACUAAAUGCAAAAUUGCUUUUCUGCGUAUUUCAUUCAAUCAUUCAAAUUGCUGUGAAUUUCUGGCAGACCCACACGGCAGUUUCAUACGUAACAAAUCCAAGCUCUGGCCCGGAGCCCUGCUAUGCAGGCCACACUGUAGAGGAGAAACACAGAGGACGAUCGUGGAACAACCAUUUGCGUUAGUGGAUUGCAAUGCUCGUAGGAAAGCUAAUUAUGAUAUUAGCUUUCAUCGUGUCCCCAAAGACGUUAGUGUCCGAGAGCUGAAUAGCUCCUGUGUUACCUGCCACUUCUACUUCACCGGCAGUGUUAGGCUACAAGCUAACAUGAAGAUGAGUUUGUGACAGGUGGAUUCCUCAGCUUCCAGUCAACCCAGACUGUGGUAUAGAAAUGCAAAAAUGUGACUCUAUCCUUUAACCAAAUGGUUGCUUCUGUCUCCUAUUAUAAAGGUCAAAUAAAAGGCAUCAAGACAUCCAGAACAUGUCUGCGUCCACUUCCUGCAGUCUAUAGGCAUGACUUAGUAAGCAUGCAUUAUCAUUAGGAAGGAUUUAUUGUUUGGUAAAUGGAUUCGAGUUGGGCUUCUUCGCUUUGGUCGUAACUCAUUUACUCCUCUUGCCCUCUUUGAAACCAGAAAAUAAAUUCCUAAUGGAGGAGGAGGAAGCAUAGUAACCUCAGAAAGCACAAACAUACAGCCGGUCUUAAUGUUUUAACUCCCCCGAAUAACUUCAAACAUGAAUACAAAUCUCUUUCAAUGGACUUAAAAGGUCAAAAAUGUCCCUGUUUAUCUAAUUGAAAAUGUUUUAAAGCAUUAUUUAUCAUAAUGCAUACAAAAAUGCAUGCAUACUCCCAGAUAUAAUAGAAGCUUAAAAGGCUGGAUUGCGCCGGGUUGUUUAUGAUAAUUAGGAGAGAAGCAAUAAACCAUCACAGAUGUUUACAUAACUGCAUGGCAGCUUGUCAUGGUAAUCCUGUUUACUGUUCAUGACCAGAAAUAUAACUCUACUUUUCCACAGAAAAUAGUGUAUCAGUGGAUUCUCUUAAAGACACAAAACCAAAAUAGAAAGGUAGCCAUGAUCUCACUGCAGAAGACAGUAAGAGCUCUUACUUAUUAACGCUCGCAAAAUUAAACUUUUAAAGCGUAAAAUUGACCCCCUCUGAAAAAUGCUCAUGAUCAAACAUUAAUGGAGGAGCUAAAAGAGGAAAAUGUCAACAACAUGAGGGAGGAUUAUGUGGUUUUGGAGAGGUGUGUGUCAGCGCUGCACCUGCAUGAAAGUGAAGCACUGAUACUUAAUUGGGCAUCAUCAGUUUUUAAAUGAGCUGCUCUCAUGAAUUCACUCCUAGCUGCAGGCGAGGUUUGAUAGCUGCCAUGGUUUCCACUUUCCCUCGCUCACUGACAGCUGUCCGACGUGACUACGACUGAGCCGUAAUGACAACCUGUCACAACUGAUGUGGCGUGUUCCCUGUGGCUCUGUCAUGUGUGUGUGGGUGUGUGUGAUAUAAUAGUCUUCAGAAAGACAGCAGAAGACAGGGUAAUACCUGUAAUUUAAAAGAACACGAUUGUAAUAACAUCAGCUCUUUGACAGAUUCGAAAUGAAGUUUGAAAGCACACGAAGUUUGAAGAUGACUGUAGCUUCAGUACGACUUAACCUGGUCCGAGUCACCUGUCUGUGCUGAAAUUAGUCACUUUUUCUGCUCAUGUCCAGUCUUAAAUCUCCAGACAAGAUGUGUCAAUAUGUUAAAAAAGUAACUGAUGUUUAUUUAGAUUCAGUCUCUCUGAACUCAUCAACCAUUAGAAUCACUUGCCGUUCCUUCCCACAACAAACAAACGGCAAGUGAUUCACACAACUGGAUGGCUCAGCCAGGCUACGUUUACAUGGGCACAAAUAAUCGGAAUAAAUGCCCAAUCGGAAUAAACAUGCGUCAUGUAAACAUGUCGAUCUGAAGAUUCUGAUCCAAUUUGGUUCAAUUGGAAAGAAAUUAUAUUCCGAUCAAGAGGGCUGGUUUAUGCCGAUCGUUAUUUUAAAAACACGUCCAUGUUAACAUUUAUUCCGAUCGUGACUCUCUAACCUGACUCAGUCUUCACUCUUUAGCCUUUGGUUUAUUUAUUGAGGUCAGUAAAGGAGGUUUCAUUAUUAACACUCUGGAAUAAAACACAACCACAGUUGCCGUGUCUGCUCCUCUGAUAACAUAACAAGGUAUACAUACAGUGUAAUGAUGUCACAUCUCUACACACAGAGCAACCUUUGACAGAACAGUAAAAUACGUACACAAGGGUGUCAUUUAGUGACAACAUUUAACAGGGGGAAAACUCCUGAAUUGGAUGGAGUGAGACAAUAACGCGUUUGUUGGUUCGUUGACAGCACAGGCGUCAAUACAAUUCUUCUUCUGUGGUUGUUUUAGCGAAAUCAGACAACUCUGCGCAGGUACAAAUGCGUCUAAUCUGUAUAGAACUUGGUGCAUGAAUACACAUGUCAUGAUUGGAUUUUUUGACUAUGCACCCAUAUAAACAGUGAAUUCAGAUUAUCUGACCCGUUAAAUUUUCAUUGGAUUAAGAAAUUUUGCAAACAUAAAUAUGGCUAAUAUCUGCUGAAGAUACAGCAUCUAGGAGUGAUGGUGGACUUUGAGGUUUUCAGGUGUAGUUAGAGAUCAGAGAUGGAGAGAUUAAGACCACUCGCAGUCUGAUAAGCAACCGUCGAAGCGGUGGUGGAGCUCAGAUCAAAAGUAAAGCCAAAUUUCACCCCUCAAGAUAAAUAAAAACAAGAAAAACACAGUCAUUUCUUGGCUCAUUACAUUCCUGGACCACCACCCACUUAUCUGCUUCUGCUGAGUCUCAGUUUCAUCAUCAACAGAAGCUUCACUCUGACUUGGGAACCCGUGUCUCAUCUAAAUCUCAAAAGAAAUUAUGAUGCAGGCUCUUACAUCUGAAGUCUUUUGUUGCUUUAAUCGAACAUUUUGUUCUUCAAGUAUUCAGCCUGUUGGUUGGCCAUCAGCAACUCUGGCAAACCUGCAGUAAUGUGGCAUUAAAGAUGGAUUACACCAGCAGAUUACAGCAUUCAGAGGGAUUUAACACGGAGUACAAGAUUAAUAAAAAGGCACAGUGUCUGCCCGGCUACAGACAGGUUUUUGGCUGCGUGAGUCUCAUUGUCCUCGUGUGUAAUAGAAAAAUCAGAUUCACACACCGGCAUGUGAACACAGUCACACACACACACAGAGUCAGUCGAGGCUGUUUGUUUGAGUGAGUAUCAGCCUGUCGAAGCAUGCUUCACAUGUCGUCAUCAUCCGUCCUCCAGGCUCAGACUCAGAGCGGAGAUCAGGCACACACACUUCCUCAACACACAUGCACAAACGGAGUAAAAAACAAAAACAGUCAUCUUUUUAAUCACUACAGAACAAUGUCUCAGCCGUCUGCUCACAUAAAACUCAGAUUGUGUCACAGGGGUGUGACGGGAGGUUUUCAUGCAAGAGUUUAUGAUGCAAAAACAUGAUGAGAUGAAUCAUUUGAAGAGACGUAUCUUUUGCAUUCCUUGGCUGUCAAAAUUACGAUGACGAACCUAUACUGCCUGUCUGCUCCUGUCUGUCAACGAACUCCAAAGUAAACAGUGUAAAGCUCAUUACGCUUCUGAAAAUGUCCUCAAAAUGUCUGAAUUUUCUAACCCUGACUGUAAGUGGACUUUCUACCCACUGAUACUCGAUGAAAAGUCUGUUUGACGUCUGGGCGAGUCUGACCUUAGCAGUUGUCGACCUGUGAAUGAGAGCGCAGCCACUACACAUUGACAGUAUAAUGUCUGUGAUGGAGGGCGGAGCAGAGUCGCUGUUACGACCAGCAUGUCAGGGUGAAGGGAUGUAAUAGAAGUACUAGACAGACCUGGCAAACGUCAAGUUAUUUAUUAUAGAAGAAACAACAUUUUCAGAGGCAGCAUCAAAAGUGAAGCGACCAGAAAGGACUUAAAUCAAACGCAACAAUGUUUUUAACCCCCUUUUGUAAUGAUAGAGAUAAUGUAGAUUUGUUUUCCUAAUUGUUCAUGCUCAUAGACUGUCCACAAUGUCCUGUGUCUGUGUUAUUUAACUUACAGCCAAACUCUGCAGUUAGUUAGUUAAACGCAGAGAGACACAUGCAUUUGGAUAUUUCCCCGAAAUGUCCAUCAGGAAUCCAUGUGCAGGGCGUAAGUGGUGCAGCUUUCUCUGAAACUGUCACUGUUUCUCUUCACUGAAGCUCAUUUCCUUUAAAUUGUCAAUUUUUUUGUACUAAAGCUGUCCUCUUUUUAUCUAAGUGGGGCCACUUAGAUCUGGAUUUUGUUUUGUUUUUGAAGAUUUUAUGAUAAGAGACAGUCUACGAACACAAGCUAACAUUUUCUUUCAUUACUGUGAGAGAUUCUGGUGUUUGGACAAACGAUGAGGCCCUUUUUUUAAUGAAUGAACACAUUAUUUGUGACUUUGACUAUAUGGAGAGGAAAACAUACAUCAUACCUCAUUAAAAAAAGAGUGUAAUGUAGUAAAAUUCAGGAUGUAAAAAUGAUGUAAAACCAGAGAUUCAGUCUGAGACCGUGUCCUUAGUCUCAUUUUCGAUUCUGGAAUUGAUGAAAUUAUCUGUCAGAGAGCUGCUCAGCUACAGGCCCGCUGCUGAAGAAAUGAGAAUAGGACUGGAGUCAUCAUUCCGCACACACACACUUACACACACUUAGACACACAUUCACACACACACACACAAAGUCUGCCGGAGCUGUCUUGCUGGCUCGCCCAUGCAUGAAACUUCGGCUUUUCCAGAGCUCAGCCCUCACUCUCAACUUAUGGGAGCGGAGGCACAUUAAAACACACACUCACAGACACACACACACAUGCACACACUCUUAGAAACUGGAGGCAUUCUCUUUUUAAUAGUGCAGUGAGUCCUGAGGGAGCAGCUCGGUCCUGGAUGUGGUCUCUGCUCGUCAUCCAUCACCGUCCUCUCCCUCGCUCUGAAAUCAUUUUAUCUCUCACAUCUUCAUAAAAACUGUUUCACUUAGACUUUUUUACUGUUUGUGGUACGACCGCACGACGACGGGCUCUGUGUUUUAUCUCUGUCUGUGUGAUCUUAUUUGCUUCUUGUAAAAUCACAUUUAUGUCUCAUAGUGAGACGUUUGUCCCGACGGCUGUGUCCCAAUUUAGAGGGGACACUGAAGUUUGCAUGUAGGGACCAGACACACCUGCACAGGUCGAGUAGGCUAACCCUGCUGCAAAACCUGCAUGGAAAAGUGAAGCUUUAAGUUCCUGCACAUAAAGACUGUGUUUCUGUGCAGCCUGCAGUUUAACCCCUCGUUGUUAGAUAAAGAGUUAGCCUGUUAUUUGGAGUUACACAAUUUUUUAACCUGUUUGUUUGACCCUGUUGUAACGUUAUGAAUCAUAUUACAGCAUCACAUUUAAAAUAACCAUUUAUAUUUCAUGAAAAAGCAAUUUUGAUACUGUAGAGGCCCCUGCAACUGUCUAAGGAAAUUAGACACACCCCUAUACUUAACUUCAAAUGCAAUCUGUGUUGAGGCCUUAAAGGGAUAUUACGGUGUAAAAUUAACGUAGGGUCAAACACACCAUAAAACCGAGUUAGUCACCCCCUCGAGAGAUGAAUGUUGCCGACUGCUUGCUUCUCUAGUUAUACCAACUUUAGUAACGACCGCACGAUAGCAAAACACAGCCGCAAAUAAUGCUCAGAACAGCACCUAACUUCAUCAACGGUACAUAAAGGGUCCUAGCCACAGCACUAGCCAUCAAACAUCUUUUUAAAUUUGCCAAAUUUCUUUAGCAGAGAGGCUUAACACAACUCACCUACUCUCUUCCAGCAGCCACUUGUUUGUCAGGGAGCCUUGACAAGUGGAUCUGAGCAUUAUUUUAUAGCUAUAGAGUGGCUUUUUGGUUGAGGUUUGCACAUAGAGAUGUAGACCGCUGUGUAUUGCUAUCGUACGGUUGUCAUGAAAGUUGGCAUAACUGAAGAAAGCAAGCGGUCAGCAACAUGCAUCUCUCAAGGUGGUGUGUAACUCAGUGUUACUGUGUGUUUGACCAUAAUUUAAAUCUACACCGGACAGAGAUGCUAAAGUCAGACACAUGCGAACUAUAAUCUCAAUUUAUUAUUUUUAGAGCCUGAAGAGUGGGUAUGGUCUGAUUUUCCUGGAUACACAGACACACACACUGUCUGGGGGCUUGUUUAUUCUCCUCUCUGUAGGUAGUGAUGGAUUGAAAGCGUCUCCUGCUGUAAAACAUGUGUGUGUGACUUAAAGAGGCUUUGUGUGGAGUAAAUCAGGCAUCAGCUGAUCAGUGUUUACUGCGAGGAGCGUUUACUCAUUCCUCUGCACUGAAUGAAUAUGCACACACACAUAUACACACACACACACACAUGCACACGCACACACUUCCUCAGCAUCAUUUAUCCUCCCCCGUACUGUGUGUGUGUUCAUGUGUGUGGACAUGUUUGUGUGUUUAAAGCCUCAUUAUCUGAAGAGAAGGUGUUACUGUUGGUGUGAUACUCACGCAGCUCCUUAAAUCGUCGUGUUUAAUGAACAAUAAAACAGCGUGUAAACAGCCUCAGGAGACUCUGGAAAUGUGAAUCUUCAAACUAAUUGAUCCUUUUUAAACAUUUAAUGCACAUCUUUCCUCAUUAAUAAGAGCUGACUUAAACAUUUCAUAUCUGGAGCAGAUGAAUAAUAAACCGAAACAUUUAAACACCAUCAGAGCGUCUCUGCAGGUGACAAAUCAUUAAACUUUUAAAAGCUGAAAAGUCAAAUAAAUUAGUUAGUACAUCUUGAGUGAAGUUUAUUGUAGCUCUGAGAUGUACAUAUUAAGUUUGAAUGACUUAUAAAUUAUAGGAAUUAGUAGAUUUAUCACACAAGGACCAUCGCCUCUUUAAUUGGGGCGUGCUUAGGUCGCUAGGCCUUUGGCACCUCUUUCUAUAUCUAAGGUCUUUUACUGCACUGUUCAGGACUGAGUUGGGGACUGGAGAGAGAGAGUUGUGGAUGAUGUAAAGCAACAAAUUAGGGGUUGGAUUUGCUUAGAGGUCACCCAUGUUGAGGAUUGUGUCCUCUAUAAAGUGGUUUCGAUUUGACUGAACCAAAACAAUAUCAUUGGCUUUGGAUUUUUUAGUAAAAUUUGCAUCAUCUGCUCUUUUAAGAAAAAAGUCAAACCAGGUGUCAAUUUAAAAGUUGGAAAAGGCAGCCAGGAUGAAAUUUCAUUCAGUAAAGUGUAUAAAUAUCGAAAUAUAGAAUAUCAAAAAGGAGGAUUGCCCUGCAUAGCACAGAUCUUUACAGUGCUGGUGGUGUCAGGAAAACAGUUCCUAAAAAGAAAAGAGUUCCACCGCACACAACGUGUUCAGAAAGAACAACGCGUUUUGCCUCUUUGAAAUGCGAUGUUCUUUUAACCAAUAAUUAACUUUAAACCAAUAAAUAAGUUUACAUUCUGACCACGUUUUGUAUGGUGGGACCAUUUUCCGUAUAAAUAUCAUGUUUAUUUUUGCUCUGGUUGACUUCAGCAUGAACAGGUUUAAUUUUCAUGUUUUUCUCUCUGCAGGUAAACAUGCCGGAGCUCGCCUUGCUGCGCUUCGUGGUCUUAGACGACGACUACAUCGGGGACGACUUCAUCGGUCAGUACAGCGUGGCUUUCGAGUGCCUUCAGCCCGGCUACCGCAACGUGCCCCUGCUGGGCCUGGCGGGAGACCUCUUACCUCACACCAGCCUGUUCAUCCACGUGGCGGUCACGAACCGGAGAGGAGGCGGGAAGGCUCACCGUAGAGGGCUGUCAGUGAGGAGGGUGGGGAGGAGAGGGAGGGAGUACGUCACGCUGAGACACACCGGCAUCAAGGUGGUGGACGAGACCUUCAAACCUGCCAGCGCGCCGAUGAAAGAGGCGACGGACCUGAGGGAGGAGGCUCAGGUGAGAGUGGGGAUGGAGAAGCUUUUUGAUGGUCACUUCUUACGAUAAAGUCACCAGCUGUUUGAGUCAAAGGUGUUUCCUAAAAGUAAAAUUCAACAGGUUCUUGUGAGAUGUGUCUGUAAGGAUGAUGGAGAUGCCAUCCAGGGCAGGCAGAUGUGUGUUUGUAGCUUUGCGGGCUGUGUUGAUAAUCCCUCUGCAGGGGCUUUCUUGCAGAGCUGCUGUUGUGCCAACCUGACACAUCUCAAGGCUGCAGGAACCUCCGAACAAACCUUGAAGCAGUCUGUGGUGCACUCAAGGUUUUACAGCACAAUAUCAAACCAGCUCAAUGUGACUGGGAACAAACUCUUUACUAAUGCAGGCAGCAAAGUCGGUGUUGAGUGAGUCUAUGUUGGAGGUAAACAAGAGGGGAGGGUGUAAGCUACAGGAGCCCAUGGAGAGCUUCAGAGGAAGACAAAAUUGAGAUUUUCUUAUCAAAUUAAGAAAUUAAACUGAUUUACUGCUGAUGCUACAUGUCACUAUAUGUGACACCCAUAAACCCAGCAGUUAGAUCAUUAAGGAGCAAGAAUUUUUGACCAGAAAAAUGAUAAAUAAACUUCUUAAUGUUUGAGUUUUUGCAGAUUUAUUUGAUUUAAAAAGAUAAUGCAAGGUAACCUAACUUUCUUGCAUUUCCAGUUAAUUUUAGAGCGCCCUCUGCUGGCAGCAAAUCACAUUGAUUUGCUUCCUUUGGUUUGGAUUUGAUAAAUAAGACACCAAAAUGUACAAUAGUUUGAAUAGUGAAAAAAAAAAAAACCUGGUAUCCUCAUUUUAUAAACUGAAAGAAUAAUAGGAGAGAAGUGGGGCAGAAAAUUAGGAUUAUAAUGUGUCCAGUUGGACUGGGGGACACUCAACAAACAUGAACACAAAACUCACACAGACUCGAGCCUAUUUUCUCUUUGUUUGCUUACUCACCGGUUAUUUCUGCUCAACCUGUUAAUUGGCUGCAAAUCUGUCAAAAUGAAAAAAAAAUCUGUUUUCUGUCUAGCCAAAAAGAAUAAAAAAUAGAAAAUCACAUAAUAUAUCUCUUAAUUUCCUCCAUGAGAUGAGUCAUCAGGCGACCAGCAUGGGUGCAGGUCUAGUGAGGACAUGAGGUCUGGAGGUCUUUUCUAAAAGAUGAUUUAAGGAUUUUAUUUCUGCAUUCCUCCAAUUUCAAACACUUUAUCUAUCCUUCUUUGACUUUAAACAGAUGUGUAAUAUUUGAACGUAUAUGUUUGUUCUUUCUGAAGCUGGAAUUCAGCAAAUCUCUGAGUUUUUACAGCUCACCUGGAAACCAUUUUCACUCUCCCUCUGCCUGGCUUUAGCUCUGUCACUCUCUCUGAAAGCCAAAUGAAAAAUGUUCAGGGGGGAUUUUGGAUUAACCAGAGUAACAGGACAUUGUUCAUGGGGGGAGAUAUUUGGAGAGUUUUAAAUUUUUAAUGCUCUGAGCAGCACAAACACAAUUUCAUUUACCUUUGUUGAACCGAGCGGAGGCAGAGAUGGAUUUCUAAUCAAACCUGGUGCAUAAAUCUUAAAAUAUCUUCUCUGGAUCUGCGUUUAAGUGACAGAAAACACAAAAACAAAUAUUUUCUCUUUCUCUCUGAGUCUUAUUUUGAUACACAACAAACCUUAACCGGGGGAGUUCAAAUAAGGAGACAUGCUUUUGUCUUUUCUGCUCAGACUCUUUUAGUUAUUUUAGUUUUUAGUGAGAUUUAGGAGGAAUUUUACAGCAAGAGCCCUUUACAUUAAGUGUUACAGAUAAUAGGAUUUAUUUGUUUGGUGCGUUAUAUUAAAGACGAAACAAUAGUUAGAAGUUGACAAGCAUAAUUGGUGGCAAGAUCUCUUUUGUUGAUGAUUGAUAUGUUGAUCAUAAAAAUAUCAAAACAUCUAUUUUUAAUUGUCUUGAAUUGUUCAUGAUUGGUAGAAUUCCCAACUAAUAGUUAUUUUUCAAGAUCUGAAUAUCGUUAUUAAUAAUGGACGGUUGUGGCUUAGUGAUUGUCGGUCCUGCUGUCCUCAUGCUGAGAUGUCACUUGACACCACCUUCGCCCACUGGUGUGUGAUUGGACUUGUCAAAACUGAUCGGCGCUAUACAUAGCAGCCUCCUCUAUAACUGUGUGAACGUGUGAACGUGACAUGAGCCACUUUGAGUGAUCAGAAGUCCAGAGGAAACAUAGUCCGUUUAUCAUCUUACCAUUCGGAGCUUUGCAUGUUAGAAAAUUGAACACCUAAGAGUCUACAAAAUCAUGAAGUUUGAGAUCAAUCCCCAACCACAGUGUUUAGGUGUGAUAGUUUGACUAUGAGAUAUUCAACUGAGUGCUACUAAACCUGAGUAUACUAUUACGCUUGUGGAGGAUAUUAAAGACCAGUUUGAGGCAAGCGUAUGCAACUGAUGGUUUUUAUAAAUGGGCGUGCAAAAUUCAAAACAUGUCGGCCGAAAAAAGGCAAAAUUUUUAAAAAGUAGGUCUUUAAAAAGGAUGAAAUGACACAGUAAAACACAUGUAAGAUUAAUAAUACUGUAGAUGAAUUUAAAGUACUUCAGCAAAGCAUCAGUUCUACAAAAUAUGAUCAACUAUCCACCCUACAAUGUACAGAAAAAGAAAAAUACAAUAGAUUAAAAAAGAAAAAAGAGGGUAAAACAAGCAGAAACUCUAAAAAUCCAAAUCCUGAUAAAUAAAACUCAAUUCGGUUAUACAGGCUGGUUAUGAUUAACUCAGAUGACAUGUCUUCUGUUACUAUUUUGAGCUCUUCAUGUUGCUUUUCCAGUCACAGAGCGAGUUUGAGACUUGGUUGAUGAGAUGUGAAGUUUUGUGGGGGAUCCAGAGAAGCUUUCAUGACGGCGCUGAAAUCGAGCCUCGACCUGAGACUUCUCUGUAGAGCAAAUAAGAAAGAGGAGAGGAGGAGGAGGAGGAGGAGGAAGAAAGGAGGAGGAGGUGACAAAAGAAGAGUCAGGAAGGAGAGUGGAGGAGGAUUAUAAAGCAUCUAUAAAUACCAGCUAAAAAGAGAACCUGGUGGCACAGCACCCACCAGCUUAUCACUGAAUACAAACAAUAGAAGAGGGGGCGGUGUGAGGAGAAGAAGCCUCUGCUGCCGAUUUUAGGAAUAAAAAUAUCCACAAAAGCCAAAAGAGUUUGGCCCUUCCUGUCCUUUACUUUGUUCUGAAGCCAGAUCCUUUUAGAGAUGGUUAUAGUUGGGUGCUAAAGAGCUUGAUGGGUUUAAAGUGAACCUUGAACCUUAGCCUCAGCCAACCCCAUUAGGAUUAACACCAACAUCAGUAGCUGAACGCUGGACGGGAACAAAUCUCUGCAGCUAUGAUCUAAAACCUGAAAAGAAAACAGAAGUUUCAGUAGUAUUUAUAAAAGAUUAUUAAGUAUUUAUAUUCUUUAAAUGCUUUGGGUGCAACAUAGAUUUAUUUACGAUAGAAAGAUUGACUCCUCUCAAGCCGUGGUUAGCCUAGCUGAGCUUAGCUGUUCAGACCAGAAUCAGGAUAUCAGUUAAGUGUUAGCCUGGCUUCAUAACUCCUUUUAUUUCUAUGUUGUAUACAUUGUUUGUGUUCCAAGGCUGCUACACUGAACAAAUCGAGACUGGUUGUGGAUUACUGGUCAUUAUUUAUGGUGCAUUACAAAAUAUAAUAUGAUUAAUACGUUAUGAUGGAGUACCAUAUGAUAAAUAACACAAUACAGCAUGAUACAAUACAAACUUGAUGAUGGGACAUGAUAUGAUAAGAUAUAUGAUAUGAUACAAUACUAAACUAUAUAACAAUAUAUGACAUGACAUGAUAUGGUGUGAUAUGAUACAAUAUUAAACUAUAUAUGAUAUAAUAUGAUAUGAUAUUAUACAAUACUAGAUGAUACAACACUAAACUAUAUUAUAUUAUAUAAUAUAAGAUACCAGAUGAUAGAAUACUAAACUAUACAAUAUGAGAUGAUAUGAUACAAUACUAAACUAUAUGAUAUGAUAUGAUACUAAAUGAUACACUUAACUAUAUGAUAUGAUAUGAUAUGAUACCAGAUGAUAGAAUACUAAACUAUAUGAUUUGAUAUGAUACGAUAUGAUAUGGUAUGCUAUGAUAUGAUAUGAUAUGAUAUGAUAUGAUAUGAUAUGAUAUGAUAUGGUAUGCUAUGCUAUGAUAUGAUAUGAUAUGAUAUGAUAUGAUAUGAUAUGAUAUGGUAUGCUAUGAUAUGAUAUGAUAUGAUAUGAUACGAUGAUAUUAGUUGAUAUAAUACGGUGUGGAACUAUCGCAUGCAGCACACUUUAUACGAAGGAUGUGAUGCAGAAGAAUACAAUAUAAUACCAUAUGAUAGAUUACUUUACAAUAUGAUAUGAUACCAUACAGAUUCAUGGGCCAGUUGUGGCAGUAAAUAAGUAGAUAAUAAAUGAAUAAAAGUACUAAUACUAAUAUCAUCAACAUUUUAUGUUACAUUGUUUGAUACACUAUGAUAUGGUUUGGCCAAGUGGCAACCUCUGGUCUUGAGAAUUGAAGCGGGUGUGUCAGUGCUAGAUACUGCAGUUUGUUGAGUGUCCGCUUGAGGCUGGCUGCAGAAGAGCAGGAAACCACACACACACCAAGUCAAAAAAAAAAAAAAAAAGCAUCACCCCUCUGGUUUAUCAGCCUCCUCUGUAAUAAAGGAUAUCAACAUCACUAUCAGGAGAUAAAUCCUUAUCAAGCCUCUAUCAUAUCAACUCAGAAACAGCCCCUCUUAAUAACUCUCUCUCACAGAUAGAAACACACUCGCCCAUAAACACAUUUUCACAAACAGCUUUUAAUCUCCCCGCUUCAGCUUCAUUGUCCUUUCCCUCUGCCGUCCAUCCAGCUGUGGCCUCAUCUGCUGCUGUCACUUAUUAUGCAUCAUCCCUCCGUUGGUGUGUGUCUAUCCCUUUCACACACUCAUACACACACACACAGAUACAUGCAUGUGAGUCGUGAUAAUCUUUGGUCCACUUGGAGCUUCGCCAGGUGGAAAACUGUGAUCAGUUGCUCAGCAGAGGUCCCUUUUUUGUGUUUGCAUGCACACAAUGACAUUUUAAUUUUAGAGUGACCCAGAAAUGAUAUUUUUUUUCGCAAAUUGACACAAAUUUUUUUAUCCUCUUAUCCCUAUCAGUGCCUGUAACGACCCACUUUUGCACCCACACACCUGUAGCAGAGAAAACUGUGUAAAUGCCACAUUUAUUUCUGUUUCACAUUCAUGCUAUUGUGUUUUUCAUUUGCAAAAUACUCUGAAGUUCAGACUGAUUUCACCAGAUAAAAAGCAACAAUGGCUGCCAUAUUGAUUUGAUUCACAAGAAAAAGAAAACACAGGACGUGCGAGUGUGUUUGUGUGUGUUUGUUUGGGGUGUGUCAACCUCCCCGACCUCUAUUCCAGCCUAAUUUUACAGCCCCGAUGGUUCAUCUGAUCCAAUAUUUCUCCCCUUCUCUCCCCCUGUCUCUGUUUCUUUUUUUUUUUUCCCCCUCAGAGCACUACGGCCAGUUUUAAAGAGCAGUGUGGGCUCCCCACGGUGGCCAAACUGAAGCAGUGCAUCCAGAGUUUGGCCACAAGGCUGCAGAACCCCGAGGGGACGAUGGGAGCGACCAUGGUGCUGAAGGAGGGAUACCCAUGUCUGGAGGCUUUGGUCAACCUCCCAGAGCCGACGCGCAAACUGCUCUCUGCAUACGACACGGUCAGUCUAACAAAAAAAGGAUGCAUGCAUAAGAAUUUCUGAAAUGUUUUUAAAAUUCUGAUGUGGCUUUGGCAUCUUUAGAAAUAUUUGCAUGGUUCAAAAUGGGCACCAAAGGUCUUAUAUAAGAUUUCAGCUGCUUCUCUACAAAAGUCAUUGAGUGGAUGGCAGCAUAUGUUGUUCCUAAACCUGUAUAUAUUGUUUAGCAUUAAUGGAGCCUUCACAGAUGUAGAAGCUACCCAUGACAUGGACACUUAGGCUUUGAACUGAGAGCUGAUAACAAGCCAUGUGGUCCUUGAUCCAGUGUUGAUGGUUACCAAAAAGGACAUCACAUUUGGAUUCAUCAGACCUUGAGAUAGUUUCCUCUCAGUCCACCUUAAAUGGACUCAGGUCCUGAGAAGUCCUUGGUGUCUGAUCAUGUUUAUAUCUGGUUUCCUCUUUGCAUGGCUCAGUUUUAACCUUCAUUUGUUGUGGAUGCAGUGAUGAACUGUGUUAACAGACGUGAUUUUGCAGUCAUUUCUACUACAGCAUCCUGUCUAUUUUAAUGCAGUGAGCCUGAGGGUCUGAGAUUUCUCCAGAUUAUUUUGAUAUUUUUUUACUGAUAUUAUGUACUGUUAUUUACAAGAAUCCACCGCUGUUUGCUCACACAGUCUCUCACAGAGUGUUGAAACUCUUCCCAUCUUGUCUUCUCAGAGACUCAGCCUCACUGAAUGUCUGUUUUGUACCCAGUCCUAUUAUUAGUCUAUUGCAUAUUAACCUCAUUAGUUGGAAGAUCUUUAAAUAAGGAAAUAUUCUAAAUAAAUAACAUUUUCAAUUAUAGAUACAGACUUUGAUUUGUACAUCGUCAAACCAACACCUUAAAAAGCUCUUAUUCUCUUUCAAAUUGUGUCUGUAGAUGUUUUGUCUAGAUUUUGCUUGAAAGAUUUUGCACUUUAAAGUGAAAACUCAUGAAUGUACAACUGAGUGCGCGCAUGCAGUAUGCAAGUCUGCUGUCCUCACUUGUUAAAAAUGCAGAAAACACUCUGAAGUGACAUGAAACACUCAUCUACACUCCUCCUCACAUACGAACACACGGACACUCAUGACCAUCGGCUGUGUCCUCCUCCUCCUCCUCCUCCUUCCCUACCCUCUCCUGCAUCAGAUGAGAGGAUUUUUUCCCACCUGUGUCAGGCUCAGAUUUUACACCUACACACACCUCAGCAUAGAGUGUGUCUUUAAAUGUCACUGUGUGUCCAUGCAUGUCCCUGCGGCUGACGAUGUUUGAGUGUGAACGCAGGAAAUGUGAGCUCAGCGGGUCAGUGUCAUGUAGCCACAGCCGGUGUGAUCUCCAGUUGAACAUCACACACACCUCUUCAAGACUGAGUCACCAUCACACACUCGCACUGUGCCUUCUCUAUCUUCUGUUGCCUUUCAGACGGUCUCUCUGAGUCCUUUCACAAUAUCUAUAGGUUUAUUGUCGCUUAAAAUAAAGAGUCUUGGAUAAAAAAAAGAGAAUAAAUAUAUCAUAAGUAGUCAUGUGCACAUGCAAUUCAAACAAAUAUCCAAACUAGUAGUCACAAGUUUUGAGGAUUUAAACUCCAGAGAAGAUAAUCUGAACUAAAACAUUGUCUUUGUUUCAUGCAGAUGAUUGCAGCUCAGAAACAGCUGAUCGAGAAUGCAGAUGCCGUUCAGGAGAGGAUCGCACAGGUGCAGAAAGAAGGUAAAGAGAUUUUUGUGAUUGCAAAUGAUGAAAAAAAUCUCCACAGCAGGACAUAAAUCAAAAUCCACAGCGGGAGGAACUUUGAUAUGAGCAUCAAACAGCCAGAUCUGAUGAGGCGGCUCCUCUGAGAAUAUGUCCGUUUAAAAAAAUAGAUUAUAAAGUUCAUGACAUUCAUCGUUUAUUCAUUUUUGGAUAUUUUGAAAGAAUCAACUGAGAUAAUCUGUCCAGCGAAAAUCUGUGUCUGUAAUGCGAUAAAAGAUGACUUUUUUAAUCCCAAUAUUGUUACCUCAUUCGCAGAAAAUGUUGCAUAAUCAUCUUUUCUCCUGUAAAACUCCAUUCAUCCCUUUUUCCCAUGUCUGUUAGUUUUAGAGGAUGGUCUUUGAAUAAUAUUUCAAACUCUCUUGUGCUUCAUUUUUUAUUUUCUGUUUCCACUUGCAGUUUUGCUCUAUGAAAGCUCUGCAGCAACAUUUACUCAGAAAAGAUCGUCUUUGGAGCUGCAGGGAAAUAUUUUUAGACUCUUCCUCUACCUCAGACGACUCCUGACCUUUAGCUGCUGAUGUAAAUGUCAAGAGCACUGUUUGCUUUUGUAAAUAUGUAAAUCCACUUUCUGACAAACAAACACAGAUGACAAUUUGUCGACACUCGCCCGGAGACAUUUCGUGUUCAUCACAAAAACAGUCUGAGCGCAUCGCCCUGACAGCUGACAGUUGAUUUCACCUGGUUUGAAGUGUCGAUGUGCGCACACUCUGUAAACCCACGCAGAGCUCAGGUUGGUGUUUGUUUUUUCAGGGAUGGACUUUCAUGAAGAGCUGUCUCGACUCGGGGAGAAGGAGGGACUGAAGGGGCGGAAGCAAAACAAAGCCGUGGAGAGUUUCACCUGGAACAUCACCGUGCUAAAGGUACUCAGACAUGCAUCUCUCAGGUAAAUGAUUUUAAACGGCACAAGGAGACAGAUAUGUUCACUUUUAUGAGAAAUCUUUACCUUUGAUUAGUAAUUGAAUUGAUUUUCCAGGAGCUUUUAAUAAAAAAAAAAUUGGACCGGCUUCUGAAUAAGUGUUAUAUAACUGCUGAAGAGGAAGGUGUAUCAUCAGGUGUGAAGUGGACAAUGCUGCAGGUAGCGCUUUCACACAAUCAGCCCGUUUCUAACAGCUAUGAGCUGUGUGCAAAAACUUUUAUCUUGAUUUUUUUUUUUUUUUUUGCCAGGGUUUAAUUGCUGAAUUAUGUGCAACAAAACUUCAAGUCUGCUACAACUGUUAUGUAAAAUGGAACAAAUAACUGUGUGAAAGAAUAAAAGAGGUUUUCAUUUUGAUAAAAACUCAGAGAACAACAACCUGAUUGUGCGGUUGCCCUCAUCUCACCGUAGUUUGUUGUCUUGUUCUUGUGGUUUUGCAUAUCUUGAUGGCUAACAUUUGUUAACUUGUUUUUAGAUUCCCCCAAAAAUACAUGUAUUAAAGGUGGGGUAGGCAGGAUCUGAAGAAGUGCCAGUUUUUGGGAGACAUCUUGAAUGUAAACUCUACCCCUCCCAACCAGUUUUCCCCUCAGCUCCUCCUCUCCUCUCCCUCUCUGCUCCAGAAAGCCCCGCCCACAAACAGACACUCCUGCUUGUUUCAAUUAAAUUCAGAUAUAAUGCAGAUAAGUACUUUAGAUAAUCACAAAUGGGGCCCAGUCAACGUUAAAGUAAAAAGCAUCAGUGCUACUGUAGAUGCCAACAGACUACCAGCAAACACAAUGUUUGCAGGACUUCCACAACUCGGAUAAAGUGACAUAGUCCAGCCUCGUGAACGACUUGGGGAAGCAGCGUCUGCCUCACAACCAAUCAGGUUGGGGGAGGCGGGGAAUGGCUUUGUUUACAGUAAGAAAGAGCGGGCCACUCAAAAAUGUUAAAAUGUUGACUACAUAGACAUAACAAAACACACCGAUAUUGUUCUAUUACCAAAUGCCAUCGAUAACUAAUAGCUAUUGACUGAUAUUAAAAGCUUUUUUGUAUAUAAACCACAAAAAAAGAUGCUUCUUUAACAGAAUCCUGCCUACCCCACCUUUAAGAUAGCUUUGAACUUCUUCCUCAGGGUACAAAUCCUAAAGUUAAAAGUUCUCACAAAUUAAAGUGUCUCUUUGUGUCCUUCAGGGUCAGAGCGAUCUCUUACGUGGAGCGAAGAUGGAUUCUUUAGACGCUCUGAGGCAGCUGGCUCUUGCGUGUGAAGCCUGCGGACUCACCUCUUCCCCCACUUCCUCCAACUCCUCAUCCUCCACCUUCUCCGCCGCCGAGCUGCAUUACUCCUCUCACCCUCUGUCGGGACGCAGGAGCAGCACGCACGGAAAUGGACGCAUCUGACGCCCGCACUGGGUCCAGCGUGCUGCCAAAGAUGAAUGGCGAGCAGACGGACGGAGUGAUGACUGAGGUUGAGGAGAUGUUAGAGCGAGAGAAAGAGGCGCAGGUGUGAAGAUCACCUGACCACCAGACAGACAGAGGAGUGUUUCCCUUUAUUCAGUGCAGUACGAGUCUAGAUGAGUCUGGACACAGCAGUAAAUCUGUUUAAGCCUUACGGGAGGUCAUUAAUGAAUCGCUGAAGCUCCGGCCUGCACAGAGGCUUUUUAUGAAUGUCGAAAAGACGCCCCACAAGGGUCCUUGAACUACACACGACUCCUGCUUACUUUACAGGGAGAGAACGUCUGUACAACAUAACUCUGCAGUUUUCUCUCAUUAGAGAGGAAAUCACUGAUUUAUUCGUGACAGCAGGGCUGCAGCUGAGCUCACGUUUUCAGCCCUGUUGAUGUUUCAUUUUAGAUGCUCAAAAUCCAGAACAGAGAAAAUUUGUGGUUAUUUCCUGCAGCUGAAUUUCAGCGUCUCUAAGGAAGGCAACUAGACUACCUAUGUGUGCAUGUGUGUGUUCGUGUGUGUGUGUGUGGGUUCACACCUGUCUGCACAAAGGGGAGAAAGAAAAUCAAUUUGGGAAAACACCCAGAAUAAGAGGUUUUAAGUUUGUUUGUUUUUUUUCAUGUAAUACUAAACAUCGAAGUGUUCAACUUGGAAUAAUCUCCAGUUAAUGAAAUGUGUCUGAUGGAGAAGGGUGCAGUCUUGGACCAACAAUUACAGCAGAUUUAGGUCUUAAUCAACUCAGGGUGGCUUUGCCCAAAGCUCUUUUUAGGUGGUUAUGAAACAGAGCAAAAAAAAAAUUUAAGAAUUUGUCCUAAUGAUCAACAAAAACAAAACAGACGCUUUGCAACUUCACUGAAAAUUUCUUGGGGGGUUUUUAAAGCUGGGAAUCACAGCUACCAGGUCAGGCGAAUCGAUAAAUUACAACCUACAGAAGCAGCCUAUGUCAACGUCUUUGCCCAGCAAAGAUGGGUCAUAGACAACCUUUCUUACACCUCUACCAGACAAGAUCAGCAGGGUUCAUACCAAAGUGUUUUUAAGCUUCUACGAGGAGUUUUUAUCUUCUUUAUAAAACAGACACAUUUGUUUUGCUGCCUCAUGAAAUGAGGUGAGGCUAUUAGCAUUCGGUGUUGUCUGUUAUUAGAUCGAUUACAAUCUGGAGAUGAGAAAUCAGAGCUGGAGUGGAGGCGAGACGUCUGCAAAUGGAUCGUUUUCUGUUGCUUACAUCUAAGAUUCAGAUUACUGUGAUUAGUUGAUUAUAAAAUUCUGACAGCUUUAGAUGAUGGAUGUCAUUUAAGUGCAGACAUCCACACUGACUGUUUACCUGAAUAAAACCACAGACAACAAAAAAACGAGAAUUUCCCAGUUUGGGUUCAAUAAAGUACAUCUAUCUAUCUAUCUAUCUAUCUAAGACAUAAUUGGUUCCUUAGAUGGGAGUAACACAAUAACAAUAAAAUAGAAAACCUAAUCGACCGUAUCUGACAAAAGAUUUCAAUGAAAGUUGGGAAUUGGAACAGGUUGACAUCCUCGAUCUUAAUAUUAGCUAAUAUAUGAAAGACUUUAGAACUGAAGCUCUAAACUUUUUUAUGAUUGGUCUGAGCGUCUGCACUCUUAAAAAACUCUGUUAGAUAUACAUGAGGAUUUGUCCACUUUUAAACUUCUACUACAAUACAGAAAGAUCCCCUUGCAGCUCCGAGCACACACACACCUCCCUCACUGGUGUGAAACACACACUCACACGCUAACAGAGGGUCUUGUUAUCUCCAGCCGGUGGCCUUUGAGCCCGUCAUGUUCGCUGAAACCUGAGAAACGAGGCGUAGAAGAGAGAAGAGACUCGGUAAUUGGAGAUGUUGCGGAUGUGUGUGUUGAUACUGUAGUAGGCUACCACGUGUGUUGUAGUACAUUUGUGGGUCACAUAACACUCCUCACUACACCCACAUCCGGGGUUACGGAGUGUGUGCGUGUGUGUUAGUGCGUGCUUAGACCAGAUUGUGGAUGAAGUACACUGUAGCAAUAACACUACUGAUAAAGAAUGUGUACUGACUGAAAGACUGAAAGCUUUUAGCUCAGUGAUGCUUAAAAAUGUGCUUAAAAACUACAAACAUGGCGUCCAGCAGGUGCUACUGGUUGCGUACCUGUCGUCAUUGAUGGCGUUCCUCUAGGCCUUUGAGUGUAACUGUGUUUUUUCUUAGUGUUCUUUCUAACUCUGCUUUUUGUACUCAUGUUCUCGUGUUCAGUAAAAUGCUGCCACUCAACCAGACGUUAUCAAAGUGAUGCGAAGAGAAACCAGGAUUACGUUCCCCUCCCUGAGUAAUAAUAAUACACAUAAUUAUUCUCUGGUUUGUGGCACCUCCUCCAUUUUUGAUUUUUAGGAUUGAUGAAGAAAUAAUUUGAAAGAUCGUCCAGAUAGUUUUGAGAAAAUCCAAAACAUUUGAUCAAUCAACUUAAGGUCCAGUGUCUUGUUAUCUAUAGACUGUAAACAACCACAUAAGCACCAAAUCCAACAUUCUGGUCAUCAUUGUCCUGGUCUUUUGUACCCAGCAGUGACCAAAACUGAAGGGGAUCUUGAUUAUUGUGACCAAAUCCAAACAGGAUUGGCAUAUUUUGUUUCCAGGUACUUUUUUUUCAAGUGACUGAAAUUGGAAGAGAUUUAUAUGGUUGAUGUUCUCAUCUUAGUUUCCUAGAAAAACAGGUGACCAAAUUUGGAUGGAUGACCUUUUUUCUGGUGAUAAACUUGUUUUUUAGAGUCAGAUAAUACCAAAUUUGGAAGGUGCAAGUAUUAUAGUGGUUGUGGUCUUGUUUUUGGGACCAAAUUAUGUUUGCGUUUUUUGAUUUUUGAAGUAACAUGAUACUAAAUUUAGAAAGUAUUGGCUUUUUUGGGUUGCCGCCUUGUUUUGGGGAGUAAAAAGUGACCGAAUCUGGAUGGCUAUUGGAUUGGCUUUACUUUUGGUUGCUACCUUGUUCUGGUGAUAAUAUCAAGACGUUUUCAACUUUAUUCUGGAAAAGCGAGAAAUAUGAAUCCAAACAACAAACCUCCUUUUUUUUUGUACCUUCGUCAUUUUGCAGGUAGAAAUAAUCCGUCUAGUACAUGAGGUUUUUGUUCCAUCUGUAUAUUCAAAGUCCAGUUUGUUUCUCAGCUAAUUCUGCUGCAGCUGAUGCAGAAGACAUGUGAAUGUUUCCUCUGCCUUCUCGAUUAGAUAGGGAGGUGGACCAGAGAAUGAGGAGGAUGACAGCUAAACAUUGUACCAGCUCACCUGCCGAUCUGCCCCAGGUGGCAUUUUACAGCAGACAGGAUGUUAAUGAAAGAACAGACACCUGGGGACGACUCUAAAGCUUCACUCACCUGUUCACCCCCUCCUAAGUGCUCGUGCGGGACCACUGUAUGAUCUGAGUGACAUCCUGUACGUCUGAUUUAUCUACACUCUUCUCCUCUCUCACUCUCCUUCGUACCUUCAUUUUCCUCCACCCUGGUGAUCCCGCUGCUCUUCCGGGGGCUGCAGGUGGGAGCUGAAUCACAGCCACAGGAAGAGGCUGACCCAGUAACAUUUCCAUGUGUGUGUUUGUGUGUGUGUGUCAGAGGAAAGUAGACGACAUCUACUGAAGAGAGAGCAAAGGUUGAAGAGGAAGAUGGAGGAAGAGGAAGAGGGGGGAGUGAAACUGGAUCAACUUUAGGUGCAGGUGUGUUUGUUGGGCUCACCUGCAGAGCUUCAUAAUUGGCCGUGAGCAGCAGACAGAGUGACAGCUCCUGCUGUUUUGGUCUAUUAAUACACACUCUGACUCACAGGAAGUGUGUGUGCUGCUGUGUUUGUGUCUGUCAUUAAAACCACGGUGCCCUAAAUCCCGACCUGAUGAUGCAAACUGGUUCAUUGCCAAAAAAAAAUCUGCUAUGAUUUCUCUUGAAUCAGCAGAAGUUUCAGGAGCUUUUAGAGGAUUUCAGCUCCGAAAUGAAAUUAUCUCACCACUACCGGAGGCGUCCACUUAUGGAGUCAGUAGAGUGCAAAUAAAAGAAAUCAAUAAGUGUGAAACAAUAAGAAAUCAAUGUCAAGUUUUGGUAUUAAAGGAUUUGUUAGUAAACUUUAUAUGUCAGAAAUAAACGAACAAAUAAGAGCAAAUACCAAGAGGAAGAAAAAAAUCAUUUAUUUUCACGUUUAUUAAAUAAUAAGUAAACAUGGUAUAAAGGAAAAAUACUUAAACAACAAUUAUGAGAUGAGAGAAGAUAAAACAACACCCCCUAAAGUAUUUAAAAGAAUGACAGAUUAUGAUUGAAUAACUUUUAUUUUAAUUUUUUCACCUGUUUUACUUCAAAUUCAUAUUAGCGUUCAUGCUAGCAUCCAUGCGUUAAUAAUGAUAUAAUUUUUAAAAUCAGUAAAAAUAUUUAAAAUCUCUUCUAGUGUGUCAGGCUAAACAGACGUCCUCAGGUUGGCAUGUUCACAUCAUUCAUAUCUCACCAUCAUUAGAUAAUUUUUCUCCUGGGAUAAAUCUGAUUGGACGUUUAGCUCAUGUGCUCCGGCGUAUUUUGUAACGUUAAAGUGUUAUACUGUAUCUAUUUAAAAAUUGCCUUCAAUGCAACAUAAUGGAAUUUUAUACCGUACUUGCAAUUAAAAGUGAUAUUAAUCCUGAUUUUUAUCUCUCAGAGGGCAAAGUUGCUCGUCAUUUUUGCCCAGAUUCUUAAAGAAAAGAUUUUAAAAUCAGUAUUAGAUUUAAAUAUAUAAAAAGAUAAAUCUUUUACAAUUUUUUUUUUAAACAUUUUUGUUAAAACACAGGGAGCAGAGUGAUAUACAGCCUAUUUAUAUGGCACAUGAUUAAAGGUUUUACAUUUGAGUAUACAAAUAAACAUAGAGACUAUUUUUACAGUAUCAGUCAGUACUUUGUAGAGGGAAACUUGUGAAUUAAUCCAAAAGUGCAAAUAAUAGACCAAAUUUUUUCAGCUAUCUUUGUAUUUGCAGUAGUAUAAACCAUUUUGAAGUUUUAUCUGACAUGUACAUAUUUCAAACUGUCCUUGUUUCUGUGUUUGAUACUUGCAUAUUUUUAUUAUUUUUCUCUUAGUUAUUCUUCUCUCUAGCCCACUUGUGCCUCCAUACUGUCUGUCAGAUCUGUUUACCUGCAGGGAGGAUCUCUCUGCAUUAAUGUUGCAGCAGCUGCAGUAAAAUAAAACACAGUAUUACCUUUCUGUGUUCCGGUUUACAUACCGGUUGACAAACUGGGUCAAAGAGCGAUCAGGCGAUGAAGCUUUCCUUACCCGAGGAUGUUCAAAACAUCAGGAGUCAGCUUUCAGUAAUGAGAUCUUUUCAUGACUACUUUAACCUCAUUCUUAGAAUAAUUCAUUAGACUUUACUGUAUUUACAGGAAGAGCUCACUUAUUAAGCUUCAAUGUGUCUCCCUGUAAAAUAGAGAAGCAGACGGUGACCAAGCAGCUCAUCCAAGAGUUAGUCGAAUUUAAAGGUCACAUGUUUGGCUAUGGAGUAAUGUUUCUUCAGUAUUUUCCAAUGUGACUUGACUAUGUAUGGUGUCUGGCAUCCUAGCCUGUUCAUCUAAAACUUUAAAAUCAGCAUCUUGAUGCUUUCUCACGUCUGAACUUGGAACUUUUAUCUUCUUUCAUCAUCUAAAAUUUCAUCACCAGGUUUCCAAAAACAGGAUAAGGGCUUCUCAUAGUUUUCAAAAUGAGCACAAAUCAAAAUGAUACUUACAUCUAUAAAGAGGUACUCAGCGAUACAAAAAAAGUUUGCUUUUGUAGGUCAAAAAAGGGACAAACGCAAAAUUCCGUUUGUAUAGUAACCAGCUUGUAACUCCGCACAGGGCUGCUAAGGUACAAAUAUGACUUCAAAUGACAAAAAUAUGAAUUAAAAGAAAUACAAGCCUAUAGAAAAAGCAAUUAUAUUAAACACAUAAUACAUAUUUUCACAUUUAGACAUAUGCAUAUGAAAUAGAUGACUUAAUAAAUGUGAAAACAAACGAAAAUUAUCGUUUUUCUUUAUUUUUCUGCAUAUUUGAUAUUUCAGAUAGCUUUAUUUUUUUAGUUAUAUAUUUGUUUCUGUCUUUAGCAUUCUUCUAUAAGCCCAUAUUUAUAUUUUCUUAUUUUUGCAGUGUUUCUGUUUCAUAUGGCACUCCUCUGACUCUGUGGUGGUCGGCCCCUCUCAGUGCUUUAUCUCAUUCAGUAUCUCAUUUCUUACCCAAUGCUGCACCCUGAUGCCUGAAGUGUGGACUUCUCUGCAUCCCUUUACACCCAACAAAGUAGAAAAGAAAAACAAAGUAGAAGUCAGUCUCUCACUGUGAAACAGUUUUAUUUUGAAAUAUGGACAUUUUAGACAAAAGGAGUGUUUCUUUGGGAUGUUUUGUAUCUCUGUUACCCACGUGUCUUAACCUCCAGCUCGCCUUCUCUGUGCUCUUCAGUGUGUGAUGCUACCUAACUUUGCAGAGCAGUGGUUGUAUAGCGCUUUGAAGUUAUUUAGAUAAUGAAAAGUUUUUUCUAACUGUCACAGUGUGUGGACAAAGUUGUGUAAAACACUUGAACGUAUUUUAGGUUCUGUAUAAUUCGUGGCAUCUGCAGUGUUGGCCCGCUAACCUUUAAUCCAGUGUUUGUACCCUCAGCUGUUCUUACGGUCACUGUAUGUUUUUGUAUAGUAGAACAAAAAAAGACCAAAAGAAGAAAAAUAUUUAUUGAAGUGUGUUUUAAAUAACAUAAAUAUAAUAAAUUAAAUGGACCUUGCUUUUAUUUUUAAAAGCUACUGUGUUUUCUAUUUGACAAAUAUUCAAAUAUAACAAGAAUAUGUAUUCCUGACUAAAUAAAGUUAUCUUUCCUGACCAGA